AUGGAAAAAUCAACAUUGAUCUACCAGUUUCAUUCUUCUGCUGAAUGUAAGGCACAACUCCUGUGCAACCCCCCUGGUCCCAGUUCUCAUAAAGUUCUUGUUCUCAUCCCACUUGUCUGUUACUCCAGCACCAGAAUGAUGAGAACAUUUCUUCACGAUCCCUCACCUUCCUCCAUCAUUGCAGAAUUUGGCGUUUUGUUAUUUAGAUCUGUAAGGCAAGACUAUAACAUCGAGGGAGCUUCCAGAUUAGGAAAAAUUCAGUUUGGUUCAUUUUUUAAUGCAGGCCUACCUAACUAUAUAAAUUCAAUAAUAAUGAUAAUGAUAAUAAUAAUAAUAAUAAUAAUAAUAAUAAUAAUAAUUAAAAAAAAAAAACAUAACAACUGGUGCUUCCCCAAACUCUACAGCAGGGUUUCUAAAACUUGGGUCUCCAGAUGUUUUUGGACUACAAUUCUGAUCAUCCCUGAUCACUGGUCCUGCUAGCUAGGGAGGGUGGGACUUGGGUCUUCAGCUGUUUUUGGACUACAAGUUUGGGAAACUCUGCUCCACAUGAAGCAAAAUGCAGUUAUCCUUCAAAAUUUGCACAUCUCUAAAUUUUGCAGAGCAGUUCUCCAACUCAAAAAUUGCAUAUAUUAGGGGAAUGUGUUCAUAAAAGUGCAUAUAUUGGUAAAAUGCAAAAAUAAUGCAUUAAAUUUGAGGAAGUUGCUUGCAAAAGUAUGUGCAUUAGGGGAAAUUGCACACCAAGAUCUUCAAGUUAGGAGAGGUAUAUACUAAAAUGUUAAGAAGAUCAAACCUAUCCAUUCUUAAGGAAAUCAGCCCUGAGGGCUCACUGGAAGGACAGAUCCUGAAGCUGAGACUCCAAUACUUUGGCCACCUCAUGAGAAAAGAAGACUCCCUGGAAAAGGCCCUGAUGUUGGGAAAGAUAGAGGGCACAAGGAGAAGGGGACGACAGACGACGAGAUGGUUGGACAGUGUUCUCGAAGCUACCAGCAUGAGUCUGUCCAAAAUGCGGGAGGCAGUGGAAGACAGGAGUGCCUGGCGUGCUCUGGUCCAUGGGGUCACGAAGAGUCGGACACGACUAAACAACAACAUACUAAAAUACUGAUGAAUUUUCGUGAUGACUUGUUGGGGGGGGCAGUGAGAUCACCAAUUGAUGCAGUAAUGUGGGAAAUUGAACAUAACACUUGAAAGCCAAAAUUGACAGCUUUUCCAUCCCCAUUUCAGAUGGGGGUAAGAUACUGUAAAGGAGUCCUUGAGGUCAUGCAAAUGGGUUUGUUGUUUUUGUUGUUUUUCAUAUCAGAUCUCCUUCAGUUGUUGGUACUCAGGGAGUUUAAAUGUAGUUGUGCUUUAUGCAGGUGUCGCAAGCCACAGAGAAAGUCAGCAGUGGUUAAAUCAUACUGAAGCAGUGCUUCAACUGUGCUUUAUUCAACCAAGUUUUACUCAACAGAGUUUGAGUGUACAGCUAAGCUCUUAAGUCCUGCUCAUUUCAAUAGGGUUUAAGUGUGCCUAACAUUCUCUGGACUGUACCCAAUGAAAAUAUUGCUGAAAAUACUUCCCUCCUGGAGUCCUAAAGGCUUUAAACAUUAUGGGCAAUGCUGUGGGUUGGAUUAGCUGGACCCCAUUCAGUAAAUUAUCCAUUGUUAUUAAGGCUGCCUUACAUAAAUAGCUCCUAAACAUAUUGUCCUGAGGUAGCUAUGCCAGUGAUAUUUUGACUUUGUUUGGGAAUCAUUUUUAGACUGCAACUAAUGCUCCAAAUGCCCUUGUCUGUCCUGUAGCAGGAGCGUGAGGCAGGUCAAGAUUCCGAAAACAAUUUUUCCCCCCAGUGUGAAAAGCAUGCACCAUUCCUACAAAUUCCAUGAAGCAAUUGAGGCAAGAGUUUUGUUAUUGUUUAAAAAGAGAUCUAUCUAUAAAUUAAGAGAAUGCUCAUUUUUGAUCAGCAAAUUCUGUGGCCAAACCCAAAGUGAGUGUGGAGCACCUUCCACCAACAGCAGCCAAGGUGGCUGGGUGGAGCUGCCUUCUUGGCGCCAGCGUUGCUGCAGUUGACCUGGUUGGGUCUGGGCAGGGUGAAGGCGAGAGCAGGGCUGUGCACACCGACCACUCUGGCAGCCCUGCUGGUGCAUCUGAUCAACCCCAAGCACACCACUGUCCUCUGUAUCACAAGUCAAUCCAAGUCAACUGCAGUGACGCUGGUGUCAUGAAUGUGGCUCUGCCCUAUUGAGAGCCAGUGUGGUGUAGUGGUUAAGAGCGGUAGUCUCGUAAUCUGGUGAACCGGGUUCGCAUCUCCGCUCCUCCACAUGCAGCUGCUGGGUGACCUUGGGCUAGUCACACUUCUCUGAAGUCUCUCAGCCCCACUCACCUCACAGAGUGUUUGUUGUGGACGAGGAAGGGAAAGGAGAAUGUUAGCCACUUUAAGACUCCUUUGGGUAGUGAUAAAGCGGGGUAUCAAAUCCAAACUCCUCCUCCUCCUCCUCCUCGUCCUUCUUCUUCUUCUUCUUCUGUUACUGUCUUCUCCAUCCUCAGAUUAUUGCUUCCUCACUUUCAGCAAAGACUCACUUUCAUAUCACUGGCACAUGCAGUGCUUUCCCCCUAAAAUAAUAAUAAAAAAAUGUUUAGGGGUACUCUCAUUUUCCUACUCAUAUUGAAAUACUGCCCUUCAAUGAGGCCAAACUUAGAUUCACAAAAUGUUUAGGGGUAUGUGUAGCCCUGCAUCCCCCCAGAAAAAACGGCACUGGGCACAUGUAUCCCUUUACCCAGGCCUUUUGGUUGAGUCAGUAUUUUCCCUCCUUCAGUACAGUGGUACCUCGGGUUACAGACGCGUCAGGUUACAGAGGCUUCAGGUUACAGAUUCCGCUAACCCAGAAAUAGUACCUCAGGUUAAGAACUUUGCUUCAGGAUGAGAACAGAAAUUGCACGGCGGCAGCGGGAGGCCCCAUUAACCUAAAGUGGUACCUCAGGUUAAGAACAGUUUCUGGUUAAGAACAGACCUCCAGAACGAAUUAAGUUCUUAACCCGAGGUACCACUGUACUGCUGUUCAUGUUAUGAUUUUGACAUCAUUUGGACUUGUUUUCAUGGUGGCAUUUUUGUAAUCUACCCUGGGACUGCUUGGUGAAGGGUGCAAGUGUAAAUGAUCCGUAAAUAAUCAAUUGGUUCAACUCAUUUGCAUGAGGCAGAGUAAGAAGUAAACAUUACCUGUAAGAAAGCAAAUAAGCACACCCCUGCAAUCGCCUCUCCCCUGUGAAAGAGCUCUGUGAUCAGCUGACAAGGAACAGAAGGUUAAAAAGCAAUUUAUCAUAGGUGUUAUUUCCUGAUAUGAUCAGUUGCACUUUCGCCUAGCUAAAAAAGAAUCGUGACAAUUGAAUUCGGGAAGGAAUGGCUUGACCUUUAAGAACUGAUUAUUGUUGUCAGCCUUAAAAAAUAUGAAAGCAAAGAAGGAAAUUUUAUUCUCAUUUUGCCUGCAUCUAACACUGUAACACAGUUACAUAGCAUAAUUUUCAUAAGGCCUACAGUUUGGUUUUGUGCUCAUAUUGUGGAACUGGCUGUCAUAUUAUCUGCUUGGUGGUUGCAUUUGGAAACCAAAAGUUGUUCUUUUUCUCUGGGUAUUUUUACAGACAUGGAAAAACAGAACAAGAAGCAACAGAAAGCAGGUAAAAUGGCUGAAAACAGAGGCUGCUUUCAAGCCAUGUGGAUAAGGGAUUUUUCUUCACAGCUCUCCACUCUGUUUUGGCUAAGCUGCUGCACCCAAAUGCUGCACUGAGACAAGUGCCACAGGGAUCCAUGAAGCCAGCCUUCAUAUGGAAACCAUUUUGUUUGGGCCUGUUUUGAGGAUCGAUGGAAGGAUCUCUCUUUUUUCAUUCUUUUCCAUUUCUCAUUUUUCCAGUCUUCAGUCCAGUUCUCCAUAUAUCUGCAACAAUUUUGACUCAUUGAUAUAGUUUCCUGAACAUAAUCCAAUUUUAAAAGUUAUUUUAACUAAAUAUUCAUUUUUCUGCAUACUUUCACGAGUAUAUGCAUUUUUGUAAAUGUUGGUUCACAAAGUUAAGUGCAAAUUUCAAAGGAUGGCUGUGUUUUGGUUCUCAUGUUGUUUCAUAAAGAGCAAAUUUGAUAUUAAAUGCAAACUGAAUAGAAUUUCUCCCCCUUUAUAGUUCUGAUUAUGGUUUAAAAUCUUUCCAUGGGAGGCGGCGGAGAAAUGUUGCAACUCACCCUCAAAGCCUCCAUAGCAGUCAAAUCAGAAUCAUCCCGAAAAGCUGGAAUUUAGAUGUAUUUCAGUAGAAAUAGAAAGAGACUUUCAUCACAUUCACUUUCCAGGGAGAUCAACAAAAUGGCAGAAUUAAAUUUCAGAAUAGAUUCACUAUAAAUUCACUGAAAUUCUUGUCUACCUCAAUGGAACAGAUAACCCAGGGGUAGGCAACCUAAGGCCCGUGGGCUGGAUGCGGCCCCAUCACCUUCUCAAUCAGCCCACGGACGGUCCGGGAAUCAGCGUGUUUUUACGUGAGAAGAAUGUGUGCUUUUCUUUAAAAUGCAUCUCUGGGUUAUUUGUGGGGCAUAGGAAUUCGUUCAUUUAUUUUUUAAAAAAUAUUGUCUGGCCCACCACAUGGUCUGAGGGACAGUGGACCAGCCCAUGGCUUUAAAAGGUUGCUGACCCCUGAGAUAACUGGUAAAAGGGGCAUGUAGAGAAAACAGCAUAAUAUUUAAGAACACAUUAACUUUUUGCCUUUCCUCCAUGAAACAUUACCACUCUUUUCCCCCAGUAUUUGCUGGCCUAAUAGAAUUUUAAUGCGGUGUACAUCGUCACAGUUUUAUGACAGAAGAUACCAGUUGAGGCAAUAAAUGGUAGAGCUGAAUUUCUUUGAAAAUUGAUUUGAAAAUGGUGUUUGAAUUUGAGUUUGAAAUAAUUUAAUUUGAAAAUGGAGCCUAACUUUCUUUAAGUGCCAAUAGGCAGCCAUUAUUAGUUGCACUUUUCAGAGGUACAAAAAGAUCAGGAGAAAGCAACCGGUCUAUUGGAGUUUUUUUAUUUUGAUGUUUUGGCAGUUCGUAUAAGAGAUGAUGAUUGGACUGUUAGACAUCAGAUUCUGUGUUGAAGGGCUAAUCGCCAAAUUUAGUCACUCUGGAAAGUGUUGUUAUUGGUCUUCUUAUUGAGGGUCUCCUGUUCAGCAGCCCCAACCAACACAGCCAAUGAUGUGAGUUGAUAGGAGUUGUAGAUAAAAAAAUAUAUAUCAAGGGAUCAAGGUUGGGCAAGGGUGCAUUAGCCCUUUUCAGGUGUUAUUUCACAGGGGCAAUAAAUAUGCACAGGCUCACUAAUGUGACCUUUGCGCAUUUAUUUUAAAAAUCUGUAGAUUGUUACAAGCAAAAAUGCUAGCAGCAUUAGGGUAAGGUAAAGGACCCCUGGAUGGUUAAGUCCAGUCAAAGGCGACUAUGGGGUUGCGGUGCUCAUCUCGCUUUGAGGCCAAGGGAGUUGGCAUUUGUCCACAGACAGCUUUCCGGGUCAUGUGACCAGCAUGACUAAACCACUUCUGGCACACCAGAACACUGUGACAGAAACCAGAGCGCAUGGAAAUGCUGUUUACCUUCCCCGCCACAGCGGUACCUAUUUAUCUACUUGCACAGGCGUGCUUUCGAACUGCUAGGUUGGCAGGCGCUGGGACAGAGCAACGGGAGCACGCCCCGUUGUGCGGAUUCAAACCACUGACCUUCAACAGUACAGUCAAACAUUGGUUCGCAAAUGUUUUGGUUCCCGAAUGCCGAAAACCCAAAGUAAAUGCUCCAGUUGUUGAAUGUUUUUCAGAACCCACUUGAGUGCAAGAAGUUCUUGCAACCAAUCGGGAGCUGAUCCUUGGUUGUCAAACGUUUUGGAAGUCGAACAGUCUUCUGGCGCAGAUUACGUUCAACAACCAAGUUUUGACUGUUUAUUAUAAUAUAUAAUAAUGGAAUAAGGGGAGAAAGUGAUAUCUAAAUGGAUAUAUAAGAAUAUGCAGGAAUGGUGAGGAAAUCAAAGGAACCAGGGAAAGGGAAGAAGGCAAAUCGCUGAAUGUUUUUAUUAAGAGAAAGAUAUUAAUAGUGGGAAUGUUUAUUUGAACACAAAUGUGAUUUUGGCAGUGGUAAUAUUGAAAUUUAUAAAUAUUUUUGUAAAAAAAUAUGUAGAUUGCUCCUGAAUAUAUGAUUGUAUGCACAAAGAGCUAUUUACACAUGAUCUAGAAGUGCCAUUCACAUGUACAGGGCCCUCUCUACGGUCAUUGCCUGCUGCCUUGCUUCCACACUCAAUUUAUUAACAGAAAAUGAGAGAACUAUUCUAGUCCAAGUGUAGAGAAUUCUGGGGUAGAUGGACACCCCUGACCUCUAAAUCUUGGCUUCGGUUUUCAGAAACAGCAAGAAGUGUCCUUAUUUUUCCAUUUUGUUUUCCAUUCAUCUGGACAACAUACAACCACUGAAUAUAUAUAACCCUGAAGGUAGUAAGCCAUUGCAAUAAUUCAUAGAAAGUAUCUGACAAUAGUAUUCUCUGAUGAUGUAUUUUUGUGACAGGCAGCAGAGAAAGCGAGAUAUAUGACUAAUAUGUUCUCCUAAUGGCUGCAAAGUUAGAUAAAGGAGCUCAGUUUUCAUGACAACAAUUUUCACUGUACAUAAGAUAACCUCGAACCUGGGUAACAAACAAACAAAAAAACCUGUCCUGUAUUAAAACAUUAUCAUCUGACGCUCUGUGAUUUCACAGGCUAUCUUCCUUCUUCCACGACAAUCAGCACUGUCAUACAAUGAAUUGUAAUAUACCAGGUAUUAGAAUAAACAUGUAUUAUAUUUUGCUUGAUAAAACAAAGACACUAACCAUUUGGGAUUCACUGGAAGCAGGAUGAAGAAAGUCAAAAUCCGGAAUCUAGCUUCCAUUUCAAAACAGCAUUGGGUUGCUCCCCAUUGCUAGUAAACAUGUAGACCUUAAUUUUCAUUGAUACCAUCGUACUUUGAAUGAAAAUAACUGUGAAUAAGAAUGAUUUAUAAAGCACCCGGCAGGGCUGAACCAAAGUAUCUCAAAAUAAUUUUUUAAGAAUAGAAAUUUUCUGAGAUUUUUCCUACUUCUCGCCACCACUCAUAGAAAAAGAAGGCAACUUUCCAGAACUUUCUGCAAAAAAAGCCCACCAUUUUUUUCAUGGCAGCUGCCACACCCUGCCCACAUACACAAUGCCCCUGAACGAUGCUAAGUCUGGGGCUUUGUCAAAGUGUAUAAAUGACUGUACACCGUCGAAAUAAUCCUAUGUAUCUGUAGUCAGAACUAUGUCCCACUGAGUUUAAUGGGGAUUGUUCUCAGGUAAGCACAUACAGGGUUGCAGCCUUUGUGUAUAAUUCUAUAGUUAAACUAUUAUUUGACCACAAUUACAUUUUGCAUAUACGUGGGUUUCUACUUUUGCUUUAUUGUUCUAUUUAACCAGUUUAGGGAUGCCAUCUUACAAUAAUUUCAAAGCAGUAUUUUGGAUUUAUGUGAUAAUGGCUUUCUCUCUGAAUUACAUUACUGAUGAAUUUUGGAUACAACUCUGUAACCUCAGUUUAAGAUAAUUUAUGAUAAGAGAUUUGUGAAUGGAAGCAACUUAUACUUCAUGUAUCAAAUUGCAGAUGUAGGUGCACAUCUGGAUGCACACUGCCAAUUGCUUUUCCAUACUUACCCAAGCCUCAUUUGAAUAGCUAUGUCUCGUAAGAUGCAAAGGAAUUUGCGAUGUGUCUGUAUCUGGGGCUGCCAGUGGUUAUUCACAACUAUUUCUCUGUGAUUAGACAGAGAUCUGUCCCAAUGCUUCUGACUUUAUCUUCACCAUAUUCAGCCUCUAUAUCCUACAAAAGCAAUACCUUGCCAGGUUUGCUUUUGCAGAGCUGCAAAACACUGGGAUAGGAGAGCACUGGUACAAUCAUUUUCUCUGAUUACAUGCUAGACCUGUCAAUGUCAAUGGAGCUCUUCCUCUUCCCCCUUUGCCCACCAUGGUGUUUGCUCUCCCUUCCCUCCUCAGUCCAUCUUGGUGCUAUGGUGGGAUCAAAGACAUUGCUUUUUCUUUCAGCAAAUGCUUGUCUGCAGCAUUAUUUUGAUGUCUGGAUUACCAUGCUACCAUGAAAGGGACUCUUUGACUUGUGCCGCCUUACAGAGAUCUCACAAGCCUAGCAUACAUCCAAGGCAUCCCAGUUCAGUUUAGGAUUUGGGAUUCACCCCUGCUUAUAACUGCUGUGUAUCUCCAUCACUUCUGGAACCUUCUAUUACUUGUCCUUUGUUGAAUGAAAGAAGGAAAACAUUUCUUAAAUGGCUCAGUUGGAGCUGUAUCCUUCUUGCAGUCAAUUUUUGUUAUGUGACUCUUGAAUUCUAGUUAGAGUCAACUUAAGUGAAUGUCUUUCAGAAAGUUGAGUAGAUAACAGAAGGUAACAUUUGUAUAGAGAUACAUCCCCAGGGAACUAUUCCAAAUGUUUCCUGUGGGCGUAUUGAAAGGAAUCUUAUGGGGUCUGGCAUCCAGAAGAAACUUCUAUUUUUAAUGUACUCUCUCUCUUUAAAACGAAGAAGAAAGGGACCAGCUUUUUUGUUGUUGCACUGUUGUCCUUUUCCUGCUCUGCAGGAUUCACAGUUAUUAAUUAAUACAGCAAUGUCGUUUAUAAGCCAGCACCCACACAAAUGACUGUGAAGCAUUUGGCACAGAAUUGAGGAGCAGUUGGCAACCCUAUUUUUGUCAAACAUAGCAAGCUCAAUCACCUUCUUUACUUUUUAGUGUAUGAAUUGAGCUGCAGGAUGGCUUCCGAUCACUGUUGCCAGGCCACCUGUCCCUUAUAGAAGAGCAUCAGUCAUUAUUUCCAAAAAUACCAAUGCAGCUUAGGUCAGAUACUUGGCUGGAAUGGUAGGAAAGCCUUAAAAAUUUACAAUCUCAUGGAGUCACACAACAGAAGCACGAGCUCUAUUAAUGAAUGUGGUUUGGCAGUCUAAAACCACACACAGGAAAUAAGGGUUCACAGCCAAAACCAGAAUGGUCCAGCUAAAUCUACAUUUCAUAGGCUUUUUGUAUACCUAAGACUAUUAAAUAAGUUCACUUGAGGUUCUGUUAUUGGAAAAGCAGAAUGAAUCCUGAUCACAAAGAUGGAUUUUAUUUGUUAUUUGUACUUGUGCCUGCCCUUUUUACUUCCAGCUUUCUGUUUUCAGCUUUUUGGCAGGAGUGCUGGUAGCAGAAAGUUCCAUUAGUUUUUCUGUUAAGUGACCCACACUAGACUUUGAGCUGUUGCAAAACGGUGGGCAGCUAUUCUGGGAUCAGAGAGCACAUAAUGGAAUUGAAGUCACAGGGCACAGGUGGAAGAGCUGAGGUCCUGCUGAAAUGAAGUGAAGCUCCUCAUAUAAUUUCUAGUUGUGGGAGUAGCUUGCCAUAAAUGUAACCAAAGCAGAUUGCAAGAGUAACAAGUAACUCACAUUGUUUUGGUUUAAAACAGCGACAUGGAUCACAUCAAAUUCAUGUGUGGGUGUGUGUCACAUUUUACAGUAGGGAAAGACACUUGUUUCCUGCAGUUCUACUUCACCUCUUGACAAUACCAUGCUAUGCAGCAAUGGGGCAUUACAGGUCAACAAGUUUUUGAAGUGUGCUUCUGUGCUUGUGACUGAAUGCAUGGUGGCUUGGGGUCAAGGCUACUACAGGCUGUGAGCAAAAGAAUGAAGUGCCAUUGUGGAAAGAAACAGAGCACAGUAUUCAAAACAGCUAGAAAAUUAUUCACUAAAUAUAGGAAGCUGAAAUGCUUGUUUCAAUGGCAAAGUGCUAUUGAAUACCUGUUGCUGGAAAUCACAGGAGGAGAGUAUGCUCUUGUGCUUGAUUCCUACUUGUGGGUUUGCCACAGGCAUCUGGUUGGCCACUGUGAAAACAGGAUGCUGAACUAGAUGGGCCUGAUCCAGCAGCCCUCUUCUUACGCUUUUAUGCUGGGUGGAACAGGGCAACCUUUCCAUACCCAUGUUUUGUUGUUGUUGUUGUUGUUUAGUCGUUUAGUCGUGUCUGACUCUUCGUGACCCCAUGGACCAGAGCACGCCAGGCACUCCUGUCUUCCACUGCCUCCGGCAGUUUGGUCAAACUAAUGCUGGUAGCUUCAAGAACACUGUCCAACCAUCUCACCCUGUCGUCCCCUUCUUCUUGUGCCCUCAAUCUUUCCCAACAUCAGGCUCCUUUCCAGGAAGUCUUCUCUUCUUAUGAGGUGGCCAAAGUACUGGAGCCUCAGCUUCAGGAUCUGUCCUUCCAGUGAGCACUCAGGGCUGAUUUCCUUAAGAAUGGAGAGGUUUGAUCUUCUUGCAGUCCAUAGGACUCUCAAGAGUCUCCUCCAGCACCAUCAAAAGCAUCAAUUCUUCGGCGAUCAGCCUUCUUUAUGGUCCAGCUCUCACUUCCAUACAUCACCACUGGGAAAACCAUAGCUUUUACUAUACUCAACUUUAAAAUGGUCUCCUCUAAGAAAAUGUUGAAAGUGGGAACUUUCAAUAGUGAAAUGGUCGUGGGUGGUACACUGCUGAACUAUAGGAGUGGUAAGAAAACUCCUUAAAGGAGGACAUUUGCCUACAGUAUUGGUGCAUGCCACCCCAAUGUCUGAGCGGUGCGAGAUUCUAGAGGUUUCAGACACUGACCCAGGGCUUGUGUUGUCUUCAGGAAUGAAGCACAGUGGAGACUGUGGUAUUUUUAGGACAUAUGGGUUUCUUUACACAUAUAUAGAACCUGCGCUUACGAUGGAGGGGUUCACAGCAUCAACACCACAAAAGGGUUUUGUUUCUCCCAUAGUCACAGCCUUGGAUUAAAAAAGAAUUCAAUUAUUGCUCUGGCGCUCUCUCUCUAGGUUGCUGCUUCACUUCUAGGUCACAUCACUGCUGUUCAACUCUAAACUCAAGCUUUGCUCUUCUAACUAUCUAUGAGGGAGUGCCUCCACCCAUUUGCCCUCUCACACAGAGCCCCCUUCCAUUAAUGGCUCAUUGCUCAGGCAAUAACCUCAACACAGGAAGCUAGCAUGGCUUAUAUUUUAACACUUGCUGGAUCCAGGCGUUAGAAGGGUCUCGCAUACAGCCUACUUCCUGCCCCCACAAUCUCAUAACACAAUAUAUAUAUUCUUAGUCACUUCUCACACAAAGGGUAACCAAAUGACUUAUGCUGAAAAAAUAUACAUAAAUACAUUAUAUCAAAGGAGGGGGAAAUAAUAUAAAACAUUAAUAUUUCAUACAACACAGUGGGGUGUGGGGGCGGUGAACCAGCCAUCCCAUAACAGUAAUAGAAAAUGUUGGCAGCACACAUAAACAAAACAAAGCUCUCCCUGACUAAACAGGAGAUAAAAAUACAAAACCAACACCAACACCACUCCUCCCUAUCCCAAAAAUAAUUCAUGUCAACCUGGUUUUGUUUUAAGUCUCCCCACCCAGAGGUCAUCAAGUUAAGCUGCUGCACAUCAAUGUGUGUUUGGGGUGUGUGGAUUGCCCAGAGGCUCUCCUUUCCCCACAUGGAAAGCAACAGCAAAAACAGAGUAGGGAGAUGGCAAAAGUUCACCUGCUCUGUAGUUGCCCCAGCUGCUGUUCCUCUCCUUCAACUGAUGGGGUUCAUGUACUUUUCCCUAAAGGAAAACAUUGAUUCCUAGUGGUAUUUCCCAUUUCAAUAAUUUGCCUCGAUCUGUGUUGUCACUGAAAUGCCCUUCAAGGGGGAUGCAUUGCAGGGAACUGUGAGAGGCGUGGUUUCAAGCCUUCUGUAUAGGAAAUUACUUUUCCAGCAACAAACCUUUCAUCAGGAUCGGCACAAUAUGAUGAUACCUCAUGGCAACCGAGACACAGAAAACCUUGGGGGCAACUUGACUGACAUGCACAGUCUGUUUUGACUUCACUGUGCCAAAGGAAAAUGAAACAAAUGACGUCUUAUCCUUCAAAGAGGAUAUACAACUCUGAAUAUGUAGAACUUGUAGCAGUUUAGGUUUUUUAAAAAAUCAGAGCUCUGAGUUCCUCUCAUUUCCUUGCUAUUUCCAAGGUACCGUAUAUUAAAAAUGGGCCUGUUGAGGCCUUAUUUAUAAAGCCAGAAUUCUGCCAGUCAGCUGUUUGCCAAUAAGAAGAAGCAGGAGUGCUAGAGUCUAAAUCCAGCCCAUGAGUUCAAACUUGAAUUCACUUCAGAGGAGAUGGCUGAUGCAAAAUGACAUUGCUGGGAAAGCUCAGUUGAUGGAGCAUGAGACUCUUAAUCUCAGGGUCAUGGAUCUGAGCCCCACAUUGGGCAAAAGAUUCCUGCAAAGCAGGAGGUUGGCUUAAAUGACCCUAGUGGUCCCUUCCAACUCUACAGUUCUAUGAUUCUAUGACCAUUUCUUCUGUCUUGAUAUAGAACUUAAUAAAAUAAUAAUCAAAUAGUAAGAAACCUGACAGGGAGGGCUGAAAGGCUGUUGGGCUUUUCCACACUUUUGCCUUCAUAAUUACCUCUUGCGUACAGAGAAAGCUUCCUAUUAACUGGGAUGCAUUUACUAAUGAGAAUUCAGCUGCCAGCCCAUAGCAAAUCUUUUCACUACUGGGGGAAAAUGUGUUCUUUUAACAGCUAAGGCAUUGAUUUUGUUUGUGUUUUCAUCCAUCACGAGGCUGUGGUAUGCCAAGAAUUCCACACUUCAUAUCAGCCCCAAAGAUACAAAUGGCAUGAUUUCCAUUUAUUUAUUUAUUUUAUUUCAUUUAGCUGCUUCUGUGAAAAUCAAGAUUACAGCCUCAAGUUCUUCUCUGUGUCCUCUCUCCCCCCCCCCCCGGAUCCCUUAUGCUUCAAUUAAGGCCAUUUGCUUCAUUAUAUAUCUCUGGCUGCAUGUGAGAAGUAGCUAGGAAUCUGGAGGGAAAGCAGCUCUUUGAAAUAAGAUGAUGUUGCUGGGGUGCUGUAAUCAGGGAAGGUCCAAAACGUUGACUCAGUGAAUCCAACGCAAGUGGGAAUAAGACAGAGCCCGUUUCAGUUACUGGAAAGGAUUAUAUUUAUUGGGUGUGGGGAGAUAUUCCUGGCUUUUAUUUUACAAAAUUGUUGUAUGAUUGGGGGUAUGAAUAGAAGAGGGUUUGUGGACACCACUUUAAUAGUUCUAGCAAUGCUGCCAACUCCUUCCCUUUUCUUGGCCUAUUGAUCUCAACAGCUAGUCUUGGAAUGGCUAGAAAAUACCUGAAAAGUGCAUUUCCUCUGCUAAAGAUCAUAUUGUCUAGAUGAAGACCAGCUACAGUUUGAGUGAGACAGAGAGAGACACACUGAAGCAAGCUGGGGGUCAUGUAAGCAUCUCCUUAGAGAUCUGAUGUAGAAGCAGUGGAUUUUGGCUGCCUCUUGGAAGGUUUAAGCUUUGCACCCAUCUAUGCUCAACUUGUAUAUCUGUAAAUAAAAAGAAGUAUAAGAAAGUGCCGCUAUGCCUCCCUUGACCCAAACCUGGUUAAGCACUGCACUGACUGGGAAAAGUGGAGUGUGUACAAUUUCUACUAAGGGUGAAAAGUGUGGGGUGCGUUUUAAUAGGUAGGUGAGGAUAUAUUAAUUGCAGUUAAUCCACCCAGGGCCCCAUGUGUGGGGGUUGAACAGAGUUUCAAAAUCCAAACAUUGGCAGCAAAAUUAAAAACAUCCGAAUUAGGUGCACGGUUAAAGCGGGAUACCUGGGAUUGGGAUUGGUCGUUUUGCAUGUCUGGAAUGUGUUCUUGAGUCCAGUAACAUUGUUUGUGUGUCUGGAUGGAAAACAGGGAGGGUUGUGUGAGUGUGUGUAGAAGCUAGUGUGCUGAUACAACUGUAAAAAUAUGUAUUUGUUGCAAGGCCCACUUUUGCCCCUGGCCUUGCCCACCGCUAACCAGAAGGUUCUCCAAAACUGAAGAUGACCCUCAUGCCUGAUUUAGAGGCUUUCCUCUGUAUUUGCCUUCUAUCUUGCUAGUGUCACUGACUUCAUUCCUGUGGAUAUAAAAGUUGCAUGAGAACAUAACUGUAUCAGGUGGAGCUUCUCCACCACCUAUACCUUCACCAGGAAAGGCAUCACCUAAAUAAUGCCUGUGUGCCGGGCACACCUGUGAAAGUUGCAGGAGCAUGGGGGUGGCGAGGUCUCCUCCCUUGUGGUCUAUCAUUGUGGCUCUCAGGACGUGAAAGGAGUUUCUUUCUACUGCUUUUAUGACAGUUUGUUUGUGUCCAUGUCUGGAGUUCUACAGAGUUUUCUAGAAAAUGAUAUAAUCCAAUUUUCUCCCAGCAACAUUACACUGAGAAUUGCAGGUGCAUUUGCAAAACUAAUUUCUUCCUUUAUAAUACAAAUUGGCUUUCCAUAACUUGUCAAGCAUGAAUACUAACUGAGACUACAGACAGGCCAUCUGCUGCGUGUCUCCUCAGAAGUUCCACCGAGUUCAGUGGAGCUUACUCCUUGGUCAGUGUGUACAUAUGAAUAGAUGGCAAUCAUUUACUACUUGCACCAGACAUAUUACUUGGGGAGUAAGCUCAAUUGAACAUCAGGACUUACUUCUAGGUAGACAUGCAUAAGAUUGCACUAUACAAAGUAAACACAUCCCAGUUUAAUGGUAUUCUCUGUGAAUUCUAUAUUUGAAACACUAUUCAUUCUGUAAUAUAUGUCUUUUGAUGCUGCAUUGUGAAUACUGGAAUGCCCAUAUUUUUCCUGGAAGAGCUGUAGAUUUUGCAAUGCAAAUAUGAGAAGAGGAAAUAAUUUUAAGGACCAGCAGAAUCUUUAAAAAAUAUCUUGAGGUGCUAGAUAAAAUGCAGUAAUCAAAGAAUGGGGAGAACCCUUGACUAUUGAUCCCACUUCUAUGUGUUUGUAAGCAGGUCCUGCUGCAUUUGAAAUACAGUGGUGCCUCGCAAGAUGAAAUUAAUUCGUUCUGUGAGCUUUUUCGUCUUGCGAAUUUUUCGUCUUGCAAAGCACGGUUUUAACGGUAUUAACGGUUUUAAGAAAAAGGAAACAAACUCGCAAGACGUUUUCAUCUUGUGAAGCAAGCCCAUAGGGAAAUUCAUCUUGCGAAGCAACUCAAAAACGGAAAACCCUUUCGUCUAGCGGGUUUUCCGUCUUGCGAGGCAUUCGAGGCACUGUAUGCUUUACUCUUUUCUGUUUUUGCAUUUGAGUCAAAGGUAGCAUGGUUAUUUCCAUCACUGGGAUGAUUUCACAGUUUUGUAUAGAAAAAUGUUUUGUGGGGGAAAGGUGCAUCUCCAUGCUGGUGCAGCUCCAGACAUUUCCCUGCCUCGCUCGGAUGGCUUCCUUAGGAGGAAGGAUGACUCAUCACAUUUUGAGAGGGAGGCUGUUUGCCCAUUGAAAUUAGUGCAGCAGCUGUUGGAAGGGAUUUGAAAUAUUGUCCUCAGGUGAUUUUUUAAAAAAGAAAGAAAGAAAAACCUCCUUACACUGCAGGGCCAAGAAAUGCAGUAAUCCUUGAGAAGUAGCAUACAUCUGUGCAAAGACUGGCAAGUAAAUGCCAUUUUAGUUGUGCUAUGGGUAAAAUCCAGACACAGAAACACUUCGGGAAGCAGAGCUAGAUGGUGGGAUGACAGAGUGAUAUGAUGGCAGCCAUGCUGUGGACGGCUGGAGAAAAAGGAAGAAAAUGUAAUGUUCAUUCUCUCUCUCUCUCUCUCUCUCUCUCUCACACACACACACACACACACACACACGGAGAAAGAGAAUUUGGAAUAAUGCAGAGAGAUAAAAAAUCCUGCAGUUGACUACCAAAAGUUAGAUCACAAAACUAGAAAGUGGAAUUAGAGCUGGGAGUGAAAGGUUUUUGCAUGGGAUCCAUGUUGCUGAAUUUAUAUAGACUUGAAUGUAUGGAACAUGGUGUCAGGAAACUGACAUCGGAGCCAGAGGCGGAGGCAAGGCUCUCAAGCGAUGCUGGAGAGGGGCCCAGCAGGGAGAGAGGCAGCUCAUCAGCUGGGGAAGGAAAUCAGCGUAACACCAGGGAUAAAGGGGGGCAGAUGGGGGAAUCGGCGAGGGGGCUCCAGGACUCCUCGCCGGAGACCAGCGGGGAGAGCACGGGUCCUCCGCUAUCCACACCCUCCCUGCGCAGAAGACUUCCGCGCAGGGAGAGUAGGAGGAGACUUGGGGUCAAACAGCUUUUAUGCUGGAAAAGGUUUAAGAAACACCCACUGACGGAUUCUGCUAGCGACUGAGGCAGCCACGAAGUGAAGGGCUGUCCAGACAGAAAAGGUUUAACAAGGCAACCUAGCCAGGAGUGGUGGCAACUUACGCACGAGCAACCCCUAUAUUUAUGACACGUGGGAAGCUGUUUUAUAUCAGGUCAAACCACUGGCCCAUCUUUAAUCUCAGUAUAUUCCCAACCUGGUGCUUUCUAGAUGCUAUUGAUCAUUCUUGACCAUUUGCCAUACUGGCUGUGGCUGGUGGACGUAACAAUCCGGAAUCAUUUGGAGGCCACAGGGUUGUGUCAACACUGUCUGGCAGUGGCUUUUGAGGGUUUCAGAGAGGAGUCCUUCCCACCCCUACCUGGUGAAUGGUACAGACUGCACCUGGGACCUCCUGCAUGUAGAGAAUUGCUUUAUCUUGUGCAUGGGACAAGAGUGCUAAUGGUCAAAAUUAUCUUGAGGCUUCCCCAUCAAAGUGUAUUCCACACUUUGCCUAACACAAUUGGCUGCUAUACAUCAUGGCAUAUAAUUCACAGAAGUUCAAAGGGCCUAUGGAUCUCAGUAGGGAAAGUUUACAAUCCCAUUGCAACCUGCUAAAGAUGGGGAAGAUAUUGAAAACGGUAGGUGAUAGAUGGAAAGAGAAAUGUUUAGGUUUGGUUGACACUGCAAAAUUCAGCUCCCCUAUAAAUAUUAGAUAAUUGGAUUUCUGGGCAAGGAAAAUGUGUAGAUCUAUGGUACUUUGAUACACAAAGUAUAUAUGCUAUGACAUUUGAUACAGUACGUCUUAAAAUAAUAUGCAGAUUGGAAAAUUGUAUUUUAUAAGAUGUUCAAGACUGGCUAGAUAGAAGAUAUUUUGCUAAAAGGCAAGUCUUUCAGCCUUUGCCAAUGUUGCAAAGGAAAUACUGGCAUUUCCCCUAAUAUAGUACAUUUUAGCCUGCUAUUUUCAGUAAUAUGUGUGUUUAUAUGCACUUUACACUAGUUGGCUGGAGAGCUGCAUUGCAAAAUUCAAAAAUGUGCAAAUUUUGAAGGAUGGCUUUGAAGGAUGUUUCCAAAAACAUGAAUUGAAUACAUGCACCUUUAAAUGCAAUCUGAGUCAUAUUUCCCCCACUCCUAGGACCUGCAAAUCAUAAAUGCAGAGUGGGGGAAAGGUGUAUAGGAAGCAAAGGAACCGAACAUGGUUGACACACAGGAACUGAACAUGGUUAAUGCACCAAAUUUUUAACAAAAUUCAGAAAUAAAAAUGCAACAGUGGAGACUCCCUAAUGCUUGAGAUCGACUUUGGACACAAACUAGAUAAUUAGGAUUUUUUAAAUCUGUAGAUAAAUUCUGAUGGCUACGUUUGGAAAGAAGUAACCAGAAAAGUCCUUCAUGGUCCAAUUCAUUCAAUAUUUUCCCUAGUAACCAAGAGAUAAGGGUGUUGGGAGUGUGUUGAUAAAUUGUGCAAAUGAAACUGACCUAAUAGGUGUUACUAAUAUAUCAGAAAUUUAUGCAUCAAAAAAUGUGUGACCUCUGGAGGUCUACAUCUAACAGAUGUAGAUAAUAUUGAAGUGGAGCAUCAAGUUAUACAUUCUGGGAUAAAAUAAGUUCAGGAAGCUGAAUUUGACUAUUGGCUCAUUUAGAUUUGCAAAAUGUGCACCAGCAUUUGUUUCAUCCCUAAAUAUUUUGUACCCUCUUUCUAUAAUACAUUGAGUUCUCAGUGUUCUUUAUUCACUGGGAGAAUUAAAAUCAUUGCUGAGAACCACAGAGAUGACAGAAGGUUAUCUCACCGCAACCUCUGCGUCUGCCAGCACAGAAUAUCAACAGUGCUGCCAGCUUGAGGGAUUUUGUGUCUUGCACUUUUUCAAGCAUCCUGCUGUAGCUGUCUUCUUCCUGGGCUGCUCACUAUCAAGUGCAUCAACUGAGAAGGUACUUGCUAUUAGCACAGCAGAUGUCACAAUGACUGACAGGCAGGCUUACCUCUCCACAGGGAAUAAGGAGGAGCUCGCCCAUCUUUUAUUGUGAUUUUUGCAAAAGUUAAGUUUGCAGCCAGCAUCCCAGGCUAAACAGGGGGAAUUAAAUCAAGGCAGGGUGGAAAGUGGAAUUAUAUCAUCCACUUAAAUUUUGAUAGCUUUCUAUCUUUAGGGUAGCAGCCAGCUUUAUGUAUUGUUUCACAAGCCUUUCAGGAGCCGGUUUGUAAUGUCUUUUGAGAGCAUCUUCUCACUCAUAACCGCAACAAAGCUUUUCUUGUAACACAAAGCCCAGGCCUCUGUUACCAAUGCAUUAAUAUGUCCCUAAUAACAUUUACCCUUCUCCUCUAUCUUUCCAACAGUACUCUCAGAUUUGAAAUGGAAUCCAUGCAAUACAUUUUAAGCCACCUUCAAAGUCAAAACAGGAUAUCUGUUGUGGUAUGUCAAAGCAUGAAGGAAGACAGACACUCGAAAAUUAUAGCUAAGGACUGCACUCCAUGUUAUGAAUUCCGAGCAUAGGACUAUUUCCACAAAUUAUCCCGGUGUCCAAAAAUAUACAGUGAAAGUAUUAAUUGUAUGUGAUUAGCUCUGAGACAGACCUGGAUGCUGAUAAGAUUCUGUCAGGGAUUUAAGCUCCAAUAUAAUCAGAUCUGGAAGCUCCCUUUCAGUUCUCAGUUUUACUAUCCAAUUGUUUUUGGUCAGAAAUUUCUCAGACUCAAGGCUUCAAGUGGUAAAGGCGAAGAGGCACCCAGGAGGUUUCCUUUUACAUAAUGCAUCAGAAAAAUGCAUUAUGCAAAAAGUAAGAAAAUGACUGUUAUCAUACAUGAAUGUGACAAAUGCUAUCUCAGUUUUGAUCCAAUAUUAACAAUGUCCACAACUGAGCCCAGAGGACUUAUAUACAAAUCUACUGCAGACAUAAGGGACCUGUUGCCGGUAGCAGCCGGCAGAGUGGCGAGGGUGGAGCUGCUCAGCUGAUGUGUUUUGCCCAAGCUGUUAGUCACUGCCAGUUACCGAGGGAGAAUGUAAGGCUUUUAAAUGUACUACUUCUGAAUAGUAUUAUGAGCUGAAAGGUUCAGGUUUUCUUAUUACUAUAAGGUUGCUUGAAAAGUUUUACAUUUAAAUAGAAUUGCUGAUGGAUUUAACUGAACUGAACUGAACGGGAAGGAGAAGAAAUAGAAAAGUUUUCUGAAAGGCAGACACUGUGGAUCAGUUGCCGGGAUGAGGGCAUAAGCAAAAUUACUGAUAUCUGAUCAGCAUCACAGAGCUGAUAUCUAUAGCAUCACUAAUGCUCAGGUAAAAAGGUAAAGGCAAGUGGGAAAUUGGGUACCUGACAGGACAUGACUCAAGGUUGCAGUUUUAGAUAGGACAUGGAGACAGGAUGUGGGUCUGUCAUAUUAAGACAUGAAAAGGGAGAAGCCGGCUAGUUUUGGACCAUCAGCAGAAUUGGGGGUGGGGAACGGGCUAAGGUGUGAUCAUGAAAUGAGGGCUGGGAAGAUGGUAGUUCUAUGCUGGUACUAAUUUUAAAGCAGGGUGAGGCAGUUUCACCCUCUACCACCCACCCAAUGUAUUUUUUGAGGUGGCUGGCCCCCUCAAUGUUUAAGAGGACAUUCUGCUCUGCGACUGGCUACUCGUAAUGUCACGCACGUGUGAUGUCAGGACGUUGUGUUAGCCCCUUCAGUUACCUUGAGAAAAUGGUGCUUCUGCUCAGGAUCUUUGGGACUGUCCAUUCAGAGAGCAAAAUGUCACUGUGAAAACUGGCCCAAAGAUGUUUCAUUUUAAAAAGCAAAUUAUGCAACCAAUGCAUGUUGUCUAUUUCUGUUUUCAAACGGUGAUGCCUGUUUUUGAAAAAAGCUGUUCAGAAUCGAAUCAUUUUGUCCUGAGAAACUCAUAGUUACUGCAUCUUAGUUUAGAGCAUAUGAUCACAAAUGUUGCAGCACCAGCAACCUUUCAUCUACCUAUGCAAAUUCAUUGGACAUGAAUAUUUUUAACAUUCCAAAGGUUAUUGCAGUGAGAAGAUUCCCAAAAAUACUGCUGAUUGGGGUGAAAAGGGAUCAGGCCUGGUAUCCUUCAGUUUGCACUAUAAAAAUACAUCUAGGAUAUCUACUACUUUAGGGAGUCUUAUCCAUAGUGAUUUAAUAUCCCUGCCCCCCUAUCACCAUCCAUUUUAUGGUUCAUCCAUGAGCAAGUGUACCAAGUCUAAACACUUUUCAGUUAUCUAUAUUUCAGAUCAGCAGUAAGCUCCCUGCUCUUAGUUGGCCCACAGAGCCAUUUAGGAUACAAAGCUGGUAAUAAAUUCUUGAAUUCUAUGUCACCCUUUCCACUAGUUAUUGUAGUUGCAAGGGGACAAGUGCAUGCCGCUAUAAUCAAGCAGAGUUGAUAUUUCUUCAGUACAGAGCCGAAUUGAAUUUAUAACCAAGAGUUGUUAUCCAUCAAAAAUGAUUCAUAUGAAUAGCUUGAAUCCAGAAAAGGUCCUCGUUUAUUUUGAUAUUCACACACAAGCAUGUGUUCUUUUAUGAGUUUUUUCCUGUAAGCAAAUCUCUUUAAUGUUUUGUUUAUAGUGUGUCAAAGAGAGUGAUGGAGAUAUUUGCCAUUUGUCCAGCAAAACAUGCCGCACAGAAUAUACGAGCAGAUCAUUUGAGUAAACUGAUUAGUCAUUCAACAGUGUUAUGAGUUUUUGGGUCUUAUGAGAAUUUUUUUCUCCUGAUGUUGAUUACUCCUGAAUUUUUCCUGAAUUGGGAAAAAUUUGAAAGGCUAUGACUAGGUCACGAAUUUUUGCAAAUGAGUAAAAAUAAACAAACUGAAGACGUCCCCUUUUCUUCAGGUUUUGGAGACUGAUAAGCUGAGAGCUGUGGGUCUGCUGCUGGUGAGUUCUAUUGGUUUCUUUUUUUAAACGUGGUCAUUGGUAAUGUUUUUAUGAUAUUUAAUGCUUUUUGCUUAUAUGUUGUAUUUUAUCUUGAAUAUUGCAUACCUCCCUAGGAACCCUUGGGUUAAAGAGUGCUUCAGAAAUGAAUGAAUAAAUAAUAAAGGCAAUGACUUACAGAAACGGGUGGCAAUGUAACAAUGAUUGGUGAAGUCAUUGUGGUCCAGCUUGUAGCAGCACUACAAGGAUUUUGUGUAAAAAGACUUCCCAAACAGGACUAUCGGUUAAGGGGAGGGCAAUGUGGAGCACACACCAUACACUGGAUAAGAGUUACUUUACUUUCUGGAGACCAUAUUGUGCAACUUUCAUUUCACAUUUGAAUCAUGGCAGUGUACAGCUGCUGAAAAAUGUUCAUUGCCUAAGCUGUCAUGAAAAACACUGUAGUGUCAUCAGUGCAAUGUUUAAAAGAAUGUGUUAGUGCCAACUGAUGUCAGCUCUUGCAGGUUAUGACAUUUUUAUGGGUACCUGAGUGGGAGGAAUGAAUUCUAUUGCAAAAAUGAAAAUACUAGCAGUAUCAGGAACAAACUAAAGAGGUAUUUACUAUACUAAAGAAAGCACAGCAGUGAUGCUACUGCCAGGGGAGGUGGAGGGUUCCAGGGAGAUCAAAGACCCAUCAUGAUUUCUGCAGCAGGGUCUGUUUCUUCAGCUGCCCAAGAAUUAUCCCCACCCUUUGUAUGGAUAAGAAACCAGGAAAAAAAUGUAGAGUGACACAAGCAUUAACUAUGGCCUCAGAAACAGCUUCAGCAUGACCUAGGAAGUCAAGAGAGAGACUUCAGGGUCAUUUUGAAUACAUUUUGGGCUGAGCGGGGGAUUUGAAUCUGGAUCCAUUCAGCGUUACUCUGACAUGCUAAUCACUACAAUAGGCCUUUGUAGAUGACUCCUUUCCUGUAUAGUUCCAUUUUAGUAUACUAUGAGAGACCAGUUACUAAAAAAAAACAUAAAAAUGGCAGAAUGCCAGUGCUAUAUUGUAAAGGUUAAUGGGCAAUUAGCCUUUACAAUUAGCCAAGUUACAUGGACCCAGAGCUAUGGAUCAUUAUGGCCCAUUUAACGAAAAAAAGCUCUUCUUCCAAUCAUUGCUUAAAAACUACACAAGAUGGAAAAGAUAAUGGGAUUCGUGCCAGUUCAGCAUGACCAGUGGCAAAUUCAGGGGUAAGAAAACCCUAUUCUACAAUAACAGUCACACAAUAUCCCAGCUCCUUAACUAGGAAUCCAAUUAAGCAGAUUACAAAGGGGAGGAAAUUAUAAUUAUCAGUUCAAGUAAAAUGAUCACCAUUAGGAUUUAAUAUUCUCAUUUUGUAAAAAUUUGCUGGUUUGCAAAGAAAUUAAAGCUCAAGUUAAGCAAUUAAAGCCCAUGUUCUCCAGAGAUUGAUUCUCUGAAAGUACUGGUACAUCUAAUGCCCCAUCUCAUGUAGUUUUAGAUUAUUGCCACUUUUAAGAAAUGUAUUGCUGUUUUGGAAGUUCCAUUAAUAUGCUUUCAGUGGGAGAGUUACAACCCAACACACUGUCGAGCUAAGCAUGUUUUAGGCCAUUGAAAUCAAUGAGGCAUGCCUAGCACUGCAUUAGGAUUAGGCAGCAAAGCACCUAUCUAAAUCUCUCCUGUUGAAAUAGAUGUGUCCUGAACGUGCUUAACUGGCUGAAGGAGUUGUAGUUCAGUGCUCUAGCACACGCUUUGCAUACUAGAGGCCCUCAUGUUAAUACCUGGUAUCCCUGGACAGGGUUGGAAGAGGCUUCUAUCUCAGCAGUGCUUGCCUGUCUAUGUAAACAACACAGAGCUAGAUGUAUCAUUGGUUUGACUUGACAUCAAGUAGCUUCCUAAUCGUGAUACACAUUUUUGUAGCAAAUUGUAUUUAAAUGGUACUCAAAAUAGAGGAAGUGUGGGCAGUUUUCAUGUACUACGGUUGGAUCAGAGGGCAAAGGGGUCAGAAAUAACAUUAGUGGCAUUUUCUGUCUUUAGCAGUAAAGCCAGGGGUACCAUCACCAAGUAAUAUAUUGCACCCCUUCAGGCAGAGGGCUCUUCAUGCUGUCUCAUUUUUACUUUUCCAUUUUUGGUGCAUCUGGAAUUGCAACAAAGUUACCGCACUAGUGCAAUUCUUUAUUAAAUCAUUUCCAGAAGUUGUGCUCACUUACCAACAUGAGAUAGUAAAGAAGCUUAUGCAGAGUGACUUUCCCUUUGGGUGUACAUUCUCUGUGCUAAAAUAAAUAAAUUGAUUUUGUUUGUUUUUUGCCUGAUCUGAAAUGGAAAUUCCUUCUGUGUUUGCAACGAGAGGACUUGAACACACAAACACACACUUCUAUAUUUUGGGACCAAUCAGAUUAGCAUUGGUGGAAUGAGGAAGUAAUUAAUCAGGUAGAAAGAAUCAGGCAGAAGGAACUUUUUUAUAGGGAAUAGUGAUGAGAAAUUCCACAUCUGUGGACUUUCUGGUACUGUUCAAUUACUUUGUUAAAACUAGAAUUUUCUACAGUAGUGGAGAGUGUGGGAUAAUCGCUAGGAAUGGCAAAACACAGGCUGAUUACACAAGGGUAGUGGCAAAACUGUCUGGACCCACAUAAAAUGUGAAUGAAUGAGGCACAGCUCAUCAGGAAGAGUCCACAGUCUUCCACAUGAGGAAAGAGUAAAAAAUUACAGUACUUCUUUUUUAACUCUAGGAAUAUAUAACAUUUUGAUGGUUACCUUUGAAAAUUCCUUAUGUGUUUGGAUUUUUAAAAAUGUCAUUCAUUUGAAAUUGCGCAUUACUGUAUUUUGAUUAUGCGACUGAAUUUUCCUUAUUGUAAACUGCUAUGAGAUCUGUGGGUUAUAAGCGGUCUAUAAAUGGGCUGAAUAAAUUAGUGUGGAAGCUGUUUGUUUCUUAUGCAAUAGACAUAUUCAGUGACUACCCAGUGUUUUACAUGAGGUUAAAUUGAUGUGAUGCCUAUCAAGUGUUGCUCCUUUUUAUUAAGGAUGGAGGAGAGUUUCACUUGGUUGUCCGUUUUACGUGAACUGACUUAAUCUGCACCUCCAGGACUAAUACAUGGAUCAGAACUGCAUUAUCUCUUAUUUAGCACUUCCCCAAAUUUUGUGAGACAAACACAAAAACAAUCAUGGAUGUGGAGGGGGGGAAAUGCAUUUUAGGGGGAAAAUAUGUUUAGAAAUGCAUAUAUUGAGGGUUUUUUCCCUUCAAAAAUGCUGCCAAUUAAUGGGAAGACAGGACAGAACAGACAUCUGAAUGAAUAGUUUGUGAAACUGACAUGGAGCAAAAAUAGACUGGUCUGUCCAUCCCUGCUUAAUAAAUUCAACAAAUUUGCUUACAUCUACUGGGAACAACAGCAAAGCGGCCCUUACAAAACCAAAUCCAACUGGAAUCAGUAACAUCUUCAUUGCCUCUUUUUUCUGCUGGUGGUUUGUACAAUGGUCAAUGUGUGGUUUCUUAUGAAUAUAUUUGCUGCCUAUCUAUGCAGCAGUAACCCCUAAUAAUGAUAGUAAUAAUAAUUUUAUUAUUUAUAUCCCGCCCUUCUAGCUGGGUUGCCCCAGCCAAUCUCGGCAGCUUCCAACGCAUAAUAAGAACAUAAUAAAACGUCAAACACUAAAAACUUCCCAAUACAAGGCUGCCCUCAGAUGUCUUCUAAAAGUUGUGUAGUUCUUUAUCUCAUUGACAUCUGAUGGGAGGAUGUUCCACAGGGAAUUCAGAGGAACUUACCUGUGAAUAUAUAUUGAAAUGCAGUCAAAGCUGUGCACAUUCCCCCCCCCCCCUCAUUUUUUAAACAACACAAAACUAGGUAUUUGUAUCUUUUUUUUCCCAUGGAGGAAAAACAGCUGGGGGCAAUUUUAUGCAGAAAGCCAGUAAAGGGGGAAAGGUUUGAAACCCCACUCCUUUUUUCUUUUUCCCAAGUCUUCUGAGGCAGAUUGCAACUGCCUCUUGUAAAGGGGUGUUAGUGACCUGAGGAAACCAGAGUUCUAUCUAGCUCAGUGUUUAUUUUAAUUUGGCCCUCAGAUAAACAUUCCCUGUUGUGGUUAGUAAGGCAAAAAUAUUUCACCUUCUUGUGCCAAUGGUACAUAAAAGUGCCACUUAUAUCUCUAUUCCAGACAAUUUCAAGCGUGUGUUCUGCAGUACCAGCAGCUUGCAAAGUGCGGCCCAACCUGACCAGAUUUAAAGCUGCCAUAAGUCAUUUUAUCAGCAUUGUAUAAAGUUGGAGUGCAUAAUAAACACUGCUUAGGCAAGACAUUUAUAAAGAUGACUUAAAUGCAAUCCCUUUUGUGUUUCUACACAUAGGCCUUCCAAUAAGAUUUGUUACGAUUAUGCGGAGCCGCUUAAAUUGAGACAAAACUAACUUUGAGCAACGUAAUUCAAAAAUGUCCAUUUUUUAUAAAAACAACAACAGAAAUCUAUACCACACCUUAAAAUAUCUCUGAAUAUGUUCAAGGCGUCAACACCAAAUACUUUCAAUGCCCAUCCAGCACUGCAUAAGGACAGCAAUUGUUUUUCUUCCCACUUAGGAUCCUUCAACAUGAUUAAAGAAGCCACCUCUAUACAUUCACUGCUCUUGCAUAAUUGCCUUUUCAAUGUCAAUAGGGUAAAGAACAGAUGGAAUGAGGAAUACUUAGAGCAGGCAGGUUUGCUGCAGUGGGGGUAGUACUGCUGAUGGGCAACAGUGGUUUAAAUUGGAGGUUUUCAACCUUUUUGAAUCCACAGCUCCCUUGACCAGCUACAUUCUUUCUGUGGCAACCCGGUAGGGCUCAGUAGCCCAGUUAUGUCACCCCUUUCCUGCAGAGCUGGCAGCCUCUCACCCUUUUUCAAACACCCUCCCUUGUGGAGUGUUCCCUCAGCCUCCUCUCUCCUCUGGGGAGUCCUCUGGGCAGCUGCUGCUGGUAUCUGAGGUGCUUCUCAGAUGCACCAUUCACCUGCAGAGCUUAUAGCCAGGGCUGCUGCAAUAAACAGCUGUGCAAGCCUUGGGAAGGCAGAAACAUGAGAGGGCAUCAGAGGAGGGAGGGAAGGAAAGAGGGACAGAGGCCUGUGUAGCCCAUGGCCCCCCCUGAUCAUCAUUCAAGGCAUCCCAGGGUGCCAUGGCACACUGGUUGAAAACCACUGGUUGAAAUACCUAUAUGGCUACACGUGUUCUCUAGUAUAGACAAAGGAAAGUACAUAGCUCCAGAAAAUAAAACAAUAUUGAACAAAGUAUCAUGGAAAUUGUUCAACAUUUUUGUCAGGAGGGGAAGAGGGGGCAGGGUUGCUGACAUCCAUCCCAUUAUUCUUCUCUAAUUUUUUAAUUCAGUUUCAGUCUGAACAUAAAUACAUCUGAGUAAAAGGCAGAAAUAGAUAAAGGCAUAUAUAAACAAACAAGGGGAUGGAAAAGCACAGGAAACAGAAGGAAAGAAUAAGGAAAGGAUAGACUGCAAUUAUUUGCAAUCAACAUACUGCGAAGUGAGCAAUGUAAUGUUUCCAUAGGUCAAUUAAAUUAUUUUUGACAUUAUACAGGUUAUUACAAGGUGUAAAUAGUCCAAGAUGCCACCCAUAGUUUCCCAUCUUACCAGUCUUUUCUUUUUUAACAACCAUAACAUCAUAUUUGGAAUAAACACACUUUGCCCCCUUUCUGAUUCUCUUUGUGAUAUUUGCUGACCCCAAUACUUAGGAUUCUGUUUUACACACACACACACACACACACACACACACACGUAUGCAUAACAUUUUGCAGCAGACUAAACCUUAGCACAUAGGAUUCAGUUCCAGUUUACAGCAGAAAACUGAGCAGAGCUGACUGGCUUGUAGGAGAAAUUGUUUAGACAAGCAACUCUGCAUUAAAAGGUAGAGAAAUGGGGCUGCUCAAUUCUCCCAAUUAAUAGAACUUUUAAGUGCUUGACUUGGGCUGGACUAUGCCCCCACUUUGCUCCCCCUCUCUCAAAAAGCAGAAUCCUCCUCGCUUCUGCCUGGAAGCAGGCAGGUUGGUUGCAACUUUGCUUGAUCAUACUAAGCAAGAAAACUAAUAGAGGCAAACAUUCCCUCCAACCCAUACUCAUCUUACCUCUAGAGCAAUGUAAAUCAAAUGCUCUCUGCCUGGCUGAUAAAUUCUUGCCCAAAUAGAAGUCUGCUCUUACUGUACAGAAGGUGGCUAGAAUAAGCUGGCAGCUGCUUAAGAUUGCAGUAAAGAUAGAAAUGAAGCAUUAAGUUGAAGUUGUGCUGUCCUGAUAAAGCUGAUCCUUGGCAUGGGGACAUGUUCUUAAGGCUAUUUAGCCAUUUGUGAGAUUAAGGAACUUUUGCAGCUAAUGAAUCAUCAACCCUUACAGGAAAUAAUAUCAGUAAUAGUGUAUUCUCUUAGGUUACUGGAAUUUCCACCAUUCUCCUGAAUGACUGCAGGCAUUGCAAUAUCUGGAGGACACAUGCAGGACUUGUAAGAGGCUGUCUUGUUUUAAAAUAUGCUUUGUUGGCCUCUUAGGCUGCUGUAACAUAAGAGGACAUCUAAUGAGGAGGCUCAGUUGUGGCAACCUUUUCUAAGGCAAUGCUUGACAGACAAAAUGUUGAAUCAAAUGCACUACUCGUUUGCCCAGAAUAGUAAUUCCUAGGGCACAAGCAGAAGCCAUCUCUUGAAACAGAUGGUCCAGUCCCAUAUCUCCUGAACUAAUGGGAAUAUUGAGGGCUGGGGGCACUUCUAAGAACUUGUAAGGAAAUAUCUAUGGGCACAAGAGCUGGUUCUCCAGGGGCAACUCUAUAAUUGAGCAGAGUGGGCACCUCAGGUGCAUAUGGUAUGUGAUAGAGAGCUGUGGCAAGUCUCCAGAGGACAGAGCUGUGUGUGAUGACUAGGGAUGAGGGAGAAACGCAGUUCAGGUCACACUUCUUAAUGCACACCUAAUUUGUAUCUUCCAAAUCAGUAUAUGAACUGAAACAGGGUUAUCCUUCAAAAUGUCCAGCGCUGUGAAUUUUGCAGUUUUCCAGCCAAAACACUUGCAGAAAAAUGCAUAUGCUGGGGAAAGUGUGUGUAAAAAUGUAUGUAUUGUGCUUAUCUACAUGCACAGGGUGGGAUGGCGGCAAGGCCAAGGCCAUAUAAACACGCCAGUGGAGCCAAUCUGUAGUGAUGCCAGUAUUGAGAUAGUGGGUUCAUGGCUUCACCCCACAACACCAGCCGCUAUGACACAAAGUGCCCACAGCCCACUUAUUGGGACACACAAAACUGCACUAUGCUUGUUCACAUAUAGUUAGGAUUAUAAUUGCAGUUUAAACCUAUUUAGACUUGUUAGGCAUCUCACAAAUGAACAAGUUCUCUGGCCAUUGAGAAGAAUGCUGCUUUUAUUUCUAGCUUCUGAAGAUAAAAUGGCUUGCUACUGAGAUUCCAGACUCUUAUGGAAUGCAUCGCACACAUAAAUUCUACCUGAAGCCACCCUUGGGGAGUACAUUAAAGGGAGUGCUUGUGCCUGCUGCUAUGCUGGUCGUCUUUGGCUGGUAAUCCUAGUCCAGACCUUCCCUUCAGAUGAGGCUUUCAUUUUUUGACAAGAGUCUGUUAAAAAAGAAAUUGUUGGGGGUUGGGGAGUGGCCGUUCCAUUGAUAGGUUGGACAUCCUCAUAAUAAAAAAGAUUUUUGACAGAACUUUAUGAAUAGUAAAAAAAGAGGGCCCUUUUGAAGGACAGCUAGUUCUUUUAUCUGUUUCAUCUGACAGAUGGAUAUGACUUAAGAUGUCAUGUAAAUGAAUAUGUGCAAUAAAGGUAUCAUUUUAAUGACAUGCUACUUGAAGGCAACUGACAAGAAUAAAUUACCUUUCUCUUUUGAUGUAAAGGGAUGAUAACCUCUUGCUAGAAGUCAAAUUCCCCAUUGCGCUGGGGUGGGGAAUCAUUGUUUAAAGAUGAGCUUAUAACAGUGCUCAUAAUAAUGUGAACUGUUAGGCCUGUGGAUAUAUGGAAAGGCUAUGCACCUUUCUGUGCAACGGAGUAAUCCUAUGCUCACAUCAUGCCAGGACAGGAGAGGUACUGUUGCUAAACUGGCAGAAUGGCACCCGUAUCUGAUGUGUACUUGGCCUGAGGGGAGAGAAGAUAAUUAAACAAAUAACCAGACAAUACAGGAAGGGUUAUGAUGGACAUCCUACGUUUGCCCACCAAUCAGGGAUGAUGCCUUGCCUGUGAGUGAACAUUUAUAGGAUUGGACUGUAAGUGCCAUAGUGAAUGGGGAUAACACAAUAGUAAUAUUGUGCUCCAUUCCAUAAAUAUGGGAAUAAUUUGGUCAGUGAGGAGGAUCAUGGCAAUAGCCACCUGGCAGGAUUGAGGUAAUGACAAGAACAAGGCUUUGUGAAUGCACUGGUGAGAGAACCAGAAUGGCUAUGCCACAGGGCCCACACAUAUCUGACCUAUGACAGCAGAUGCACCUGAGUAAAUCUAGUCUUGAAAGUAUUACAUUGGCUUGCUUAUUUCUCCAUUUAAAAUCAGUACUUGAAAAACCCAUAGCUUCUGGUUCUGAUACCCACUGGCAGAGGAAGAGGAGUGGGGGGGGGGAGCACACCCGGGGACUGUGCUGAGAGUUGGCCCCUGUUCCCCUCACAGAACUUCAAUUUCCACAGUUCUCUGGGAAGAGUGGAUUGCUUGUUAACAGGGCUAGUCCAAUACAUUUUGAUACCGAAGGCAAACCACAAAAUGGCACCCUCCCCACCAGGUAAGAAGGGGUGAGUGAAGAUCUACAUCAAGAACAAGGGGGGGCAUACAGAUCUACAUUGGGACAUGCUGUUCCUGUUGAUUCUGCUGUCUGAGGCAGUCACCUCAACUUGCCUCGUGGGUGGGGAAGCCCGACAUGUUAAAUCACUUUGGGAAUUGUAGCUCUGUGAAGGGAAUUUGGGUCUCCGAACAACUCUCAACUCUCGGGAGAGCGCAAACCUCUUGCCAAAAACCAUGUCGUUCCUUCACAGAUGUGAGCAGGCCCACCUGCCCCGAUGGAUUGUGAGCUUGCAAUAUUAAUAUUCCUACAAGGCAAGAGAGUCUCAUGAGUGAGCACAUCACACUUUGUCUUUAAAACCUUGACAGGAAGAGCAGGGAAACUUAUUGGGAUCUCUUUGGCACUUGCAUCCAGUUCUGCACUUCACUCCUUAAUUGUUUCUCCUGAGUGCUGUUUUAGCUGCUGAGCCUGUACCAUAACUUACCUGAAUAAAGACAUCCUGCUUGCUUCUAGGUAAGUGCCCUUCCACCUGUGUGUGUUGGGUGGGAGCCAGGACAAUAGCAUCUUUUCUUCUGAAUUCUUGUAUUUCAGUUCCACUCCAAAACUCUUCAGAUUCAGGCCGCUAUGCGAAAAUAAUAUCUACCUUGUCCAUCCCUGGAGGGUCUAAUUCUUUGUAGAAAGCAGACUGUAGGUGUAAUGGAGGACUGGGAAUAUGAAAAGAGAAGAACGUGUAGGGCAAGUGAAGAAGAAGAAGAAGAAGAAGAAGAAGAAGAAGAAGAAGAAGAAGGGUUUUGUUUCAUUGAGAUGUCCUCAAUCAUGUUUUCAGUCUGUGUUCUUAAUUAAGGUGAUGGUAAAUAAAAUCAGUGCUUCAAGAGUUCUCAACAUGUUCCAAGUACUUUCUCUGAACACUGUUCCACAAGUACUACCAAAUCACCAGAGAGACAGUCAAAGGCUUUUAAUAUCAAGGGUGUCUUUACACAGAAUGACUAUAUGUUUCAGCUUCACUCUAAAUCUCUUCAGACCUGGGCACCUUACAAAGCACCCUUUCAAGGGCAUUUUCUUAUAGACAAGCAGAAAUCCUAAUUCAUGAUUUGUUGUGAUGGAAGAAGCUUGGGAGAUCCCAGUUGUAACUGGAAGUGAAAUUAUGCCUUGUAUAUAGUUUUGCUGGCUUUGCUUGAAAAUGGAACAUAAUUCUUAGUUAUUCUUUAUUUUUCUGCUAAAUUCUACCCCCCUUUGUGAUAAACAAGCUCUGUCAACUGUGGACGUAACCAAAUAACCUUCUCCAUUCAUCAUACUAAUUUGACUUAAUGAGCAGAGGCCUAAAGCUGGAAGACUUGUUGUCUACUCAGUACAUUAUUGGAGUGUAGCUCCUUAAGGUAAUUAGUACAGUCUGCAAUUAUUAGGUCUGUUAGGUACUGUAUUUAUCAUAAAGAUUUAGUGCUACAAAAACUCUUCUUCCUGAAAUGGUUAUACUGUUCAAUAAGAACUGCAGUUUUAAAUCUCAACAUAUCCAGGGAGUUAAUAAAUGCAGUGUUUAAAGACCUCUUAUCUGAUGCCUUGCUUAAUCAAGGAGAUCUGAAUUAUUGGCACAUUAUGUUAUGAAGUUAAAAGGUGUUUGAUUAGAGGCAGCAUAAUAACAAUUACAUCCUACAGCAGGGAUCAUCAGCUAGAAGUUCCUUGGCCAAAUCUGGUUCCUUGAGCAAUACAAGAUGGAGCCCCAGGUAUCAGCCCAGAGCAAGGUGUGUGGAUACAGUGGUGACUUUUGUGAGACUCCAUUGAGAAGAGGCAGGUCCUUUGCCCAUCUCCACCCUCUCCUCCUUAACAUGGUCCGGUUGUAAAACUAGUUAACCAAGCUCCUAGGAGUUACUUAAAGCUGGCAUUUGGCUUUAUUUGAUAAGAAGCUUAAGUUCCAUUUACAGCAAAAUCUCCAGAGCAGUUUUGCACUGAAACCAAAAGAGAGGAGGGAAUUCAAAUCUUGGAUUUGUGCAGCUGAUCUUGACUGAUAUCCUCUUUUCUCCCAAAGGGAGAAAUUUAUUUUUAGGAACAGCGGAGUAUCGGCACUGAGAUCUGCUCUAUGGAGGUGAGAAAUGGCUUUCUCCUCCAGAUGCCAUCAACCACCUGCUUGUCCUAAGAUAAACAUUGUUCUGCAACAAUUCACCUCAAAAGCCUUCCCAGUUAUUGGAAAAAGCUAACAGUUUCCAUUGGUUUUUAAAACUAUGUAGCCUAUGCAGAGGAAUAGCAAAAGUGAUGGACUUAUUACAAAAACUUGCUUGGGUGACCUUAGGCAAACCUCAUGGUAGAUAUAAAUUGGUGCAAGUAGACUCUUUGGGGAGCAAAGUCUCUCACAUGCUACCUUAGGGAAAGUAUAAUGUGCUCAAACAGUUUCCUAAUUGUAAUCCCCUCCUGUGAUUUUUCCAAAACUUUUUUCAAAACAGUUUCACCAAUGGAAUCUUAUGUACUCAACCCCUAUUGAAAACAAUCUGAUAACCCACUGGUAAAUAGUGAGCACAAACCUGCUGCUCCUGAAUUGCAUUUUGGGAAUUCUUUAUUAACAGUACAAACUUAUAGGUGUCACUUCUGAAGUAAGUCCUGUUAGGUCCAAUGGGGCUUACUCCCAGGUAAUUGGGUAUAGGAUUUCAGCCAAAUGAAUCUAAAAAUUACAGAGCUCAUAUAUGUUUCUAAAAUUGAUCAAGGCUUAUUCUUAAAUGCUUCAUCCAUUUUACAGGCAAAAUUAGUUUGGAAUGCUAAUUUUAAACCUAUAGUUAUUAAACACAAAACAUUCAAAUAUUAUCAGUGCUGGGAUUCCAGAAUUUCCCAUUAUCAGUCAAUCUGUGCCGUUUGCUGGCUUCCAGCAAAUAAAAAAUAAAAUCCUCUUUCAAGAAAAUAACAGAGGUAUAGCCUGAAGGGAACAGAGUUGUUUACAUUUAUCACAGGAAUAUUUUUCCUGGAUGCUAACAGAAUUUUAAAGAGACAAGUAGAAGAAAGAGAAAGGGGGGCAAUUAUAUCACUUUUACAAUACUAAAUUUACUAAUACUAAAUUUACAGCACUGUCCUAAGCAUGCCUAUUCAAAAGUAAAUUCUGCUGGGUUCAGUGGGCCUUACUCCCAGAUAAAUAUGUUUAGGAUUUCAGUCUUGCUUUUCUACCACCUCUUUGUAGGCCAGUAGCACAGGGUGGUAUGGAAGGAAGAAGAAUCAGCAAAAAUUGCAUUGAAAUGAACAUCCCUUCCAUUCUAGGAAACCUCCACUCACUGGUUUGAAAGGUCUUCCUUCAGUGGAAGGGCAUGACUGGAUACAGCCCAAUGUCAGAAGAAGAAUUUAAUCCAAGGAAUAGUCUAUUUGAUUACAAAACCUUGUUCUCUUCUUGGCAUUGGACUACAACACCAUUCACUGUUUUAGCCUUAGGUCUUCUCUCCCUGUCAUUGAAACAUCUCAUCAUAGAUAGCUGAGGUUUUAAGAGGAUAUAGCUUCAUCACUGGAGUGUUUGACUUGAAGACUACAACAAUUUUCUGACUUUCAUGAAACUCUGAGGACCAAUGUUCUGUUCUGUUAAAGAAGAAGAAGCAAGAACUGAUUUCCACAGUUUUGUGGAAUAUAACUGUAAUAUCUGAGUGGCUUUCAUAUUUGUAGAGAAUUUGUAGAAGUCCUUCUUAAACGUCCACUCCAUUGUGGUCUAAUAAAGCUCUUAAUCACCACUUCUUGAUUCAAAAUGUUAUUUUGUUAGGAACUGCAAAUAGAAUUUACCAGAACUUAGAUGCUUAAACAGGGACAUGCAAAUUAAACUAGCUUUCCCACCCUGUGGAAUAUAUUUUGCCUUAUGGGCAUCCACAUGGUGUUAAGUUUAGUGCUGUUUUAAGUGUAUGGAUGCAUGUGCGAUGUCUGUUUUCUCUAAAUAGCAUUUCAGUAAAUGCAGCAUGCUGCCACCUGCUGAAUUAAUACUGCAGCAAGCCUGUAUUAAUGGCAAAUGUUGACACUCUAGAAGCAGUUGAAGUGCUGCAGUUAAUUUACAGCCCUAUGAGAAAUGCAGUUCCCUCACUGAAACCAAAAGAGGCCCCACUGAAAAAUAAAUACGCUUCCUCUACAUAGCAUUGAAAUAUAUGUUGUAUGUCAGAAUGGCAUAAUGCUUAUUUACUAUUAGCUCAUCUCCCUGACUUUAUCAAGAGGUUCCUCAAUGAGAAGAUCAGUCAUGGCUGACAAGUUUUCUGGAAAAGAAGUAGCCUACUACGGCUUCCCUCAAUAAUCUCCCCUUGUAAUGCACAAGUUGCUUAAGGUAUGGUCUAGGUCACUCUGAGCAAUGAUUGUUGUUGUUGUUUAAGACCCAGCAAAUGGGGCUGAUGCACCACCUAUGCUAAGACCUGAACUAAAACUCCAUCCUGAAAUGUUUGAUCAUUUAAUUUUUGUUUUAUUAUUUCUACCCCACUUCCUUGUUUAAAAUUAACCAAAUAUGAGUCUGUGCAGUAGAAGGAGUAUCUAAAAGCAGAUAGGCAGAAAAGCACUGGAUUGUUUUAUGAAUAUACAGGACAAUGCUUGUGUAACUUAGCUUAGCCUGGAACUUAAGUGAUAAUUAACAUGUCCCAUUAAUGUCUGUGGGACCCAAGUUCAACUAACCUAGUCAGGAUUUAAGUCAUAUAGAGUGGAUAUUGGUGGGAAAUGGCACGGGGUACAAGAGACAUUGAGUAGCAAUGAUUGCAUGUAUUUGUGGGUGAGUUUCCAAGUCCCUACACCUGUUGUUGUUAUUGUUGUUGUUUGGAUGUUGGUCCACAUGUUAGUCGUAUCUGGCAUUUUGUAUUGUGUGGCUUGAUUCACCUGACUCCAUAGAAGCAGUUUAGUUUGCAUCCACUUUAAAGAAGUGCACCUAUACUCCUCAUUGUCUGACUCUGAGGCGUGGCUGUUUUAAACCAAUAUAUUGUAUGCAGAGCACCAUUUAAUUCAACUGUGACACCUGCCUAAAAAUUAAAUAAGUUUGCCAUCAGCCUCAACAGCAAGAAUGCUGCUUCACUAGUUCAUUUUGAAAGACCUCAGAGAUUUCUGUCUGCAACCAUUGCAAUGCUCAGAGUUUCCUGCUAAAAGUGCUUCUUAUCAGUCUAUCAGGUGUUGUUGUUGUAAUGGUUGUUUUUUCAAUAGGCACCAUCCUUGUGUAGUAAACGACAUCUUAUCUACAUUUGCAUCUUGGCGAGUACCCUUGGUUUUGACCUAUGUCAGUGAGGCUGGCUUAUUGCAGAAGGGUAGAUGGUAGUGAAAUGUUGUUCCUCUCUAUUUCUGACUCUAUUCAUCAGGCUAGCUUUAUAGCGGGUUGACGGAAAGUCACAAAAGUAAUCUUUCAUUCUCCUCUAGAGCCGUUUCCCCACCCACCAGUUGCUUUUGGUGUUUUUGCAAGGGAUGCAUUGAAAUAAUACCAGACUUAUUUAUAGCUUCAUCUUUCAUGGUAACUAGAAAGGCUGGGUUAUUGUGACAUCGACCUUAAAUUAAGCCUGUUGUGUUGUCACUGUUGUUUCAGUGCAAGAUAGCAAAAAUGUUACAUUUUCAGCAUAGGUUCCUUAAAAGUUACACUCCCAAAAGGAAUUUCUUUCUUUCAUUGCACCAGAAGUUCAGCACUAAUAUGUGGGUGGCUGCAGGGUCUGACUGCUGGGAACAUGGCAGAGGGGGCAAGACCAAGAACCACCCCUUGCCACUCUUCCUCUCACCAGCCCAGAUCUCCAUAUGUCAGAGCUAUGGUGUGUGGGAACUACUAUGGUAUGAUUCUGGUAUUGUACAACUACUCAAAAAACACAGAGCGUAUUUCUAAACAUUACAGUGAAGCACCGCCUGCACAAACUCCUGGUUUGCCACCAAUCAUGCCUUUUUGUGGAAAGGGUUGUGGUGCUUACAGCUAUCUGUGAAGACCCUUCUACUUCACCAGAGAUGGGGAGACUGUGGACCUCAAGCUAUUGCUGGACUCCACCUCUCAGGAGUCCCAGCCAGGAUGGCCAAAGGUCAGGGUGAUGGGAGCUGUAGUCCAGGAACAUUUGGAGGCCACAGGUCUCCGAGCUCUGAACUCCAUAGAGUUGGAAGGGACCCUGAGGAUCAUCUAGUCCAACCCCCUGCAAUGCAGGAAUAUGCAGCUGUCCCUUGCGGGGAUCAGACCUGCAACCUUGGUGUUAUCAGCACCAUGCUCUAACCAACUGAGCCAUUCAGAGAUGUUGGCUCUUUGUCAUUGGUAAUCUAUCUGGUACAUCCAGGUAGUAAUAAACGGAAUAGAUGUUUACCCGCAUACCAUGAAAAUAAGUUGCCUUUCUGAACCUGCCCUGACAUGAGAGUAUCCUUUAUUGUUAAGUAAUUUCAGAUAAUUCAGUGUUAUACUGAGUCAGACUAUCUAACUUAGUAUUGCUUACACUGACUGGCAGCACCUCUUCAGGGUUUCAGACAGGAGCCUUGCCCAGCCCUAGGGACCUUAUGCAUGCAAAUCUGAUGCUCUACUAAUGAGCUAAGGCCCUUCCCCAUGUGUGGAUGAGAAGGUGUAGGUUAUUUUGUAGCAUUUUACUGUACUGUUAUAUCCAGUCUACAGCAAAGAUGUCUGAUUCUUGGCUUGAGGUGGGAUGGGGAGGGAGAGACUACACAAAAGAAAAAUCUGCAGUGCCUGUCAGAUGAGCCCUUUUCUGCUGUAAGAGACACUCCUCUCUUUUCACUCGUGAAGAUCCGUAGAAAAUAAAUAAUGUGCCAGAGGUUUAUGUAAACAAAUUCAAAACAACGAGCUAUCUGAUUGUGUGCCUUAACAAGAAGUCUAAUUAAAAGCUUUGUUUAAAAGCAAUCAAGAACCCGAGGGUGGGGGAUUUUUCUCAAUCCAUACACCAUUCAAAUCGAGAAAUCCCAGAGCUUCACCUUCUAAGUCAAAAUAAAAUCCUUGAACAAGCAUACAUUUACUUUCUGAAUCAGGCAGCAAUACAGUUAAUUGUUUCUUCAAUUAACCCCUCUGCCCUGAAAAAUAGGAUUAUGCUGCAUAUACAAUCAGUAGAUUUGCUGCCAUCAUAUUGUCAACCCUGCCCCCAACUGAUAAUUGCAAGGGUUUUUGUUAGUCCUUUUGUAAAUUGAGAAUGGUUCCCUCUGAGCACAGUGUAGUAAUUUUAGAAGCUUUGAUUGAAGUGUAUUGUUUCCCCUGCCAAAUUAAUUGGAUGCAAAACAUCAAGGAAGCCAGUUAUAGAAACAUGACUUUAGCAAAUUUUGUUAGACUAGGAAAACAUCUCCUCACUGUCCUUCCAUGUAUGGACCAUGCUCAUUGCCCACAGGUCCAGCCCACUCCACUACAUUCCAGACUCAGCUGCUGAGAAAGCGCUUCCACACAUCGCCUGCAUCUCCAGUGAGUUGCUUACUAUCUCACUGUGUGAGAUGACUCAUUCCUGAAACCCCGGGAGUCGUAGCGAGACAGUGUAGAAAAUUUUGGAUGGUGUGGCAAGCCAGUGCUGCUCACUCGCUCUUCUGUCAGUUGAGUCACUGCUGCUUAUUUGGAAGGACAAGGGGACAAGCAAGGUGGCAGAGAGAUCGGGGCAGUGCAGAGCCAAUCUGGUGCUGCUGUGUUUACACCGCACCAACCUCCCUGCCACCUCCUUCCUGGUAUGCAGCAGCGGCCCAGCUGCUAGGAGCUGAGGUCAGCUCUGCCAUCCUACCCCACUGUGUGCUACUGAGUGCAGACAACGUCGAGCUUGAUGGGCCGAUGAUCCCAGGAUUGGCCCAAGAAAUUUUGUUGCCUAAUGCAAAGGACAAGAUGGUGUAUCUCCUCCUACCAUUCAACAUACAGAAGCCAGAUGAACUAGCGGUUGGAUGUUAUUUUGACACUGCUAAUGGGAUUGUAUCCUCACCUCACUUGAGGGAAGGAGGCUAGCUUAGGGCUGUAGAACAGGCUGUAGGGAAAGGGCAAGUAGUCUGAGGAGGAAAGGGUAGGGGGCUGCCACCUCUGCCUAGAGCAUCUGCUUCCUGAGCUUGUGGCCUUACUCUGGCUAGGGAUGGAACCAGCCCUGAAUGGUCCUGUUUCUUACGUUUCUUGUUUCUAAUCUUACCAACAUGUCCUGUUCUCAGACCUAAUCCAGGGGCACACCAGUUUAUGACUUCCCUCUUGGGACUCAGUCUAGUUCUCACUCUUUUCUACGUUGUACCAUUUUAUUUUAUUUUUUUCAAAAAAAAUUACAGUGGUACCUCGGGUUACAUACGCUUUAGGUUACAUAUGCUUCAGGUUACACACUCCACUAACCCAGAAAUAGUGCUUCAGGUUAAGAACUUUGCUUCAGGAUAAGAACAGAAAUCGUACUUUGGUGGCAUGGCAGCAGCAGGAGGCCCCAUUAGCUAAAGUGGUGCUUCAGGUUAAGAACAGUUUCAGGUUAAGAACGGACCUCCGGAACGAAUUAAAUACUUAACCCGAGGUACCACUGCAUUUUCACAAGUUCAAAACACACAAACAUACAUACAUACAUACAUACAUACAUCCUGUUUAGGUCUUGGUAACAUUAUUAAGUGACUUCCUCAAAUCCCCUUGGUUGAAUUUCAUUAUAUCUCAUUUUUAACAGUUUUCCAAAAUCGAUUUUCUCAAAAAAUUAACUUGGUCACUUAACAUCUUUCAUUCUUUCUAGUUUGACUUCAAACAUCUUAAAUCUUAUCCUUACAUACUUAACUCCUAAGCCUAUCUAUUUAUUUGCAAGCUUUUCCAAUUAAGUUAUUUUAACAUAUUUAGCUAAGUAAUUUCUUCCAUUCUUCCUGGUACUCCUCCUCCUUCUGGUCACAGACUUUUCUAGUCAGGUCGGCCAGCUCUGAAAAAUCCAUCAUCUUCAUCUGCCAAUCUUCCACUGUUGGUACUUCCUGUGUUUUCCAAUUCUUCGCUAAUAAAAUUCUUGCUGCAGUUGUGGCAUACAAAAAUAAUUUAACAUCUUUCUUGGGCAUUUCCAAACCUAUUAUUCCAAGAAGAAAGGCCUCUGGUUUCUUAGUAAAUGUAUAUUUCAACAUUUUUUUCAGUUCAUUAUAAAUCUUUUCCCAGAAGUCUUUCACCUUGGGGCAAGUCCACCAGAUAUGGUAAAAGGUACCCUCCUUUUCUUUACAUUUGCAGCAUAGAUUAUCACUGUUGUGAUAAAUCUUUGCUAACUUUACAGGGGUCAAGUUCCAUCUAUACAUCAUUUUCAUUAUAUUUUCCUUUAACAUUGUACAUGCAGUGAACUUGACCCCUUUCCUCCACAACCUUUUUCAAUCUUCAAACAUUAUAUUAUGUCCCACUUCUCUUCCCCAAUCUAUCAUUACUGAUUUAACUUGCUCAUCCUUUGUAUGCCAUUCCAACAAUAAAUUAUACAUUUUAGACAGAUUUUUAACUUUGGAAUCCAACAACUCCGUUUCCAACUUAGAUUUUUCUGAAGCAAAACCAUUUUUCUUAUCUAAUUUGUACAAUUCAUUAAUCUGGUGAUAAUGUAACCAAUUUAGCUUAUCUUUAAUUUGGUCAAAUGGUUUUAAUUUGUAACCUUCUUUAUCCUCCAAUAACAAAUCUGAAUAUCUCAACCACUUGGUGUCCAUAUUUAACUUUUUCUGGGCCUACACUUGCAUUGGCGAAAGCCAUCUGGGUGUCUUCCUUUCCAAGAGAUAUAUUUUAUCCAUACAUUAUACAAAGAUUUUCUAAUUACAUGGUUUUUAAAAGCAUUAUGGAUCUUUACCUUGUCAUACCAUAGAUAUGCAUGCCAUCUGAACACAUUGUCAAAUCCCUCCAAAUCUAAAACAUCGGUAUCUUCUAAUUGUAUCCAUUCCUUAUUCCAGCAGAGUGCAGCUGCUUCAAAGUAUAUUUUCAAAUCUGGCAGGGAAAAUCCCCCUCUUUCUUUAGAAUCUGUAAGUAAUUUAUAUUUAAUUCUGGGCUUUUUCCCCUGCCAGAUGAAUCUAGAUAGAACUUUCUGCCAUUCUUUAAAACAUUUCACGUUAUCUAUAAUUGGGAGGGCUUGGAACAGAAAUAACAUCUUCGGCAAUACAUUCAUCUUAACCACUGAAAUCCGGCCCAUAAGUGACAGUUUUAAAUUUGACCAUAUCUCUAUUUAUUUCAUUCCAUAAUUUCUCAUAGUUUAUAUAAAUUCAGAUUUUUCCCAGACAAGUUCACUCCAAGAUACUUAACUUUUUUCAAAAAAUCUAGGCCCGUCUUUUCUUGUAAUAGUUUUCUUUCAUCAUUACCCAGGUUUUUCUCUAAUACUUUAGUUUUGCUCUUCUACGUUGUACCAUUUUAGACUGCAUGAGGGACGCAGGUGGCGCUGUGAGUUAAACCACAGAGCCUAGGACUUGCCGAUCAGAAGGUCGCGGUUCGAAUCCCUGUGACGGGGUGAGCUCCCGUUGCUCGGUCCCUGCUCCUGCCAACCUAGCAGUUCGAAAGCACGUCAAAGUGCAAGUAGAUAAAUAGGUACCACUGGAAUAGGUACGGCGGGAAGGUAAACGGUGUUUCCGUGCACUGCUCUGGUUCGCCAGAAGUGGCUUAGUCAUGCUGGCCACAUGACCCGGAAGCUGUACGCCGGCUCCCUCGGCCAAUAAAGCGAGAUGAGCGCCGCAACCUCAGAGUCGGUCAUGACUGGACCUAACGGUCAGGGGUCCCUUUACCUUUUAAAGGCUCAUGAGACUGAAAUGUUCUAAUGUAGUCCUCUUCUGGACAAGCUAGCUUUCAAUGUGGAGGAAUGUUAGGUAGAUCAAACUCAUAGGAUGAUUGAGUUGGAAGGGACCCAAAGGGUCAACUAGUCCAAUCUUUUUAAAAUGUGAUUAUUAUUCUUGCUCAAAUGGGUAGCAUUUUGCUGAGUCAGUGUUUUCUUCUUGUCUAUGACUUAUGAACUUUGUUUGGAUAGCAGGUAUUGAUUUGUCUUUUAAUGCACCUGUCAAUUUCAUGGUGUCACCUUCCGCCUGAGAAGCAAUUGUUAUUUUGUGGCACCAACAGGUAUCAAUCUGUCACCUCUUUUCAUUAUAUUUCAUUCCUUUAUGAGCUGCACUCUUCUCCUCAGUUUUUCUGAACUGCAGUAUGUACUGUAACCUCCAGGCCAAGUGUGUCUUCAUAACUCACACCCCAAGCGCUAAAUCAUUUAUGUUCCUCUCAGCUGCAGCCCCUUCUGCCUUCACCAGUCUCUCUAUGAAAGCUCAAAUGGAACAGCAAACAAUGUCAGAAACAGAUAACUCUCAUUAUAACUCGUGCCUGGUUAUAGACUAUUAUACUUCAGAACUCCCAAUGGAUUUACUGUAGGGAUCCAAUUUUUGCUAAGUCCUGCUGACCAUCACAGGCUUUUAAUUCUAAAAUCCAUACUAAUAUUAGCCACAGGGACAAUAUUAGCUAUCUGGAAAUAUGCAAAGACACACUCUCCUGCUGUUUUGCAUGAGUAACAGAAGAAGAAAUUCCAAAAAGCCUUUUCUUCUUUCAGUGAGACUUGAUGUCACCAGGCUGAGACAAAUGAGAUAUGGAAGCCACUGUCCCUGUGUGGCUUCACCAAAGUAUAUACAAUUUAUUUAUUAAGAUUCAGGACAAAUCAUGGACAAUAAUGUAGCCAGGGAAGCUUGGUGAAAUAGGACAUAGAAAACAAAAAGGACCACUUAGGAAGAAGCUACCUGAGGGAAGGGAGAAUUUUAGAUGUUGGUUUUGCAGUCUACAUCUAUACAGAAUAAGUGUAGGUUUUUGUGGACUCAAUGGGAAAAGAUUGACAAUUGGCUUUCAUGUUGCCUGGCCCCGUGGCCACUUCCCAAUAGAUACAUCUCGCAUGAGAACCACAUGCCAAGGAACAAGGGAGAAUGGUGUUACUGUGAAGGCUUUCUUUCUCUACGGACAAGCGCGAGUCUCCUCUCAAAAUGGGUAAUCAAGUGAAAUGGGCCUAGCAGCAGAUUUGGAACAAAGCAAUUUAAACCAAGAAGUGCAGAGUUUAAAACUUCAAUGUCAAAUUAAAACUCAGUAAAAGCCAAGUAGAAUGGGCAUGUUUAUACUGCCUGACGAAAGGUCAACAGAGAUGAGGUCAUUGUAACAUCUCUAGGGAGGGAAUUCCAUAACUAGGGUGCUGCCACAGAAAAGUCCUCUCCCACAUUCCUGCCAACCAGAUCUCUUAUGGUGGCCAGGGCCUGAGAACAUUUUGCUACCUGAAGCAGAGAAAAGGGACCCUCUCCACAUUAGUCAAGGUAUGGAAUUAAACAUGGUGCUAAAACUAACAUUCAGCUUGCCAAAUUGAAUGAUCUCCCUCUCCUCCCUCAUGUGCUCUUCUGGUGUUCCCCAACUAACCCCAGAGCAAAUUUUAGUGGGGUUUGGGGCACAAGGUGAAAGAAGGAAGCCCCAUUGUGCAAGAGGAAGUGGUCAAGGUACAUAUAGUAGGACCUCAUAAGACCAAGACACAGAAAUUCAGUAUCUCACUUAGCUAUUAGGUUACUUAGCUAAAAUUUUCAUGAGAGUUCACCAUAUGUGUUUUUGUAGCACAGUUCAGAAAGCAGUGCCCAGAAGUUAUAUUGUUUAUAAAAUUGCUAAACAGUUGAACCACUGUUUAUUUUUUUUUCCUGUUCUAUAUCUUAUCUUAAACCUUGAGGAUAUUCUUAUGUUCUCCUGCAAACAAAGAAAUGGACACGCCAGUGAUUUUCUAGGCAGUUCACAGAUAAGGAACUGCAGGCAAAUACUUUGCGGUAUAUGUAAAACUGAACUACAUUAUUUCAGUACAAACUCAGAUAUCCAGGAAAAACAAUUAUAUUUAAAACUUUCAGUGGCACAGCUAUUUAAAAUUGAUCUAGGGGGAAGGUGAACCUUAUAUCAAAUAAAAUCCCACAAAAUAAAUGCAAAUCUCUUUUUAAUUCCCAUUUUCCUUUCAAGGAAAAAAUCCCCAAGUGAAAGACUGGGGGAUAUCCAAGAUCAAAAUAUGUAUAGCAUAGACUCAAAACAAUUGAAAUAGAUGGUGGCAUAUGGCAAACUUAGGAUAUGGAUCAGCUCUGUGCGGUAAAUGAAUAAUAAGGUGAACUGGAGUGAUUCAGGAAUCUUUCACCUUCUCCUGAGUCUUGUUGUUGUUGUUUAUUCGUUUAGUCGUGUCCAACUCUUCAUGACCCCAUGGACCAGAGCACGCCAGGCACUCCUGUCUUCCACUGCCUCCCGCAGUUUGGUCAGACUCAUGUUAGUAGCUUCAAUAACACUGUCCAACCAUCUCGUCCUCUGCCACCCCCCUCUUCUUGUUCCCUCCAUCUUUCCCAACAUCAGGGUCUUUUCCAGGGAGUCUUCUCUUCUCAUGAGGUGGCCAAAGUAUUGGAGCCUCAGCUCAGGAUCUCCUGAGUCUUAGCACAAUGCUAAGACUCAGUCAGAACAGGGUUCCAGGAGAAGCUCCUUUUAUGGGCAAAGUGGGGUCUAGUUCAGACCCCCAUCCCCCCGGCGUGCGUGCACACCCACCCACCCACCCACCCACACCCCAUCUCUAAAGCCAUGGUCCAGUCUUUGUCCUAUCACCCAGAGUAACUCAGAAACAGCAGAAUUUUUAAAACAAGGCAUAAAUACAGACACAAGGCAAAAGUUGGGACACAUUUACAUCCCUAGUAUAUAUGGCAGAUAUGCUAUAGCAUAUAUAUGGUAUGCAUGUUAAAUUUAUGGCUAGUUGUUUGGAGUAUGGCCCAUAAAAGGAGUGCACCUGGCCUCCCAUCAGCUGCAUCACUGUGCUUACUGGGAGGGAUAGUAGGAGAGGCGAGGAGAGUGGUGCUGUGCAAUCCCAGUGAAAGAGCCAAUCCAGUGCUCCCACCAACUCUGAAUGCACUGCACUGUUCUCCUGCUGCCUCACACCCUCCUCAUUGGCUGCCCCUGGAGCUCUCCGAUGUGUUGUGUGUUAUUUCAGAGUUUGUGAUUGCACACCUCAAAAACAAACAAAAUCAAAUUGUUUGAAAAUCAGCAGAAGUUUCCAGGAUAUUACAGCAUUACAUAGCAUGGACAUUGAUGGCUACAGUAAGUAUGACUAUUGCCCCCAAAGCAUAGACAUCGCAUAAAGCCGAGAUUUAGCAUAAAGGCUGAUAGUCACCCAGAUGUCUCAAAAGGGUGGGAAGAAAAAUACCUUGUUGGCCUUGAUUGUCAUCAUCAACAAAUUAAAAGCAAAGAAAUGGGCUCUCUUGCUGAAAGCACAUCAGGCACACGAGAGUCUUCAAGAAUUCCCUUUUCAUUAACUACAGGCCUAUUUCUCCAGCCCUCCUUUGGCACUCAGAUAAUGGCACUUGGAGUGGGGGGGGGGCAGGAAUCCAUUUGUUGUGAAUAAGAACAUGAUCUUGAUUGUUACCUGUUAAAAUGUUUCAGCAAGUAAACAUCAAGAUACUUAAAUUACUGCUCAGUAUUUCCACUGCCUAGGCAAAACAAUUCCUUGCUGAAAAGUGGAGCUCACUGUCCUGAUAUAUAAAUUGCUGUGCCUCAAAGCACAAUAGAAAAUUCAUUCUGUGCUAUCACAGAGGCAAUUCAGACAAUGCCACUAAAAUUUACCUUCCACAGGUUAAAGAGACACAAUUGAGGUUUUUGCAGAGAUGAAAGAUAAACAGAAAUGCAUUCUGGUGUACAAAUCUUAUUAAACCCCAAGAAAAAGUAAAUAUAGUCCCCCCCCCCUUUGAAUGGCUAUUUUCUUUCAUCUGCAGUAACAUUUUGCUGAAAUGCUCUGUGCUUCCUGUUGAUAUAUAGUCAAUGCAUUUGGCUGUGCACUGGAACGAAGUGCCAAAUGUGGCGAUUACUGUGCUUGUACUAUAAGCGCAACCAGCAACGAGUGCAAUAUAACAUAAAUUAAAUGUGUAUCACAAUUUCUAUGCCCUGGAGAAAAGCUGAGCAAAGUUAUCCAGUGAUUACACUUCUAUCAGCAUGUCAUUAACAACUCCAGAUGGCAGUACUUUAACCGCAAAGAUUGCCAGGUGUAAUGAGGGGGCUAAAAAUAACUAAAUAGCAAAGUGUGACCUGAUGACAAACUGAUUUGCAAAAGGAGGUUCUUAGUACCAAGUAACACUGGGCUGUGGAGGUUUUUUUGGAAAUGCAUGGGAAAAAAUAGUAACCAAAAAAAUAACAUUUCAAGUGAUUAUUGUGUAAUUGUGUGUGCAUAUUUUUUAAAAAAAGUUCAAUAUAAAAUCCCUUGUAUUUUCUUAAUGGAUCUGCAGGCCUUUCCCCUCUCCAAAUGCUUUAUGUAUUUUCUCUUGUUUCCCUCACAAGGAAUAAUGCUUAGGAAACAGAUGCUGGGCUUUCAAAACAGCAGUAAUGUUGGUUGGCGUAUUCGGUGAAUACAAUGAUAUCCUAUUGAAUUUCUCUCUUCUGCAACAUGAAAGCAAUUUUAAUAAAGAUGUUGAUGAUGAGAAGAUUCAAAUUCAGCCUCAGGAUUCUAUUUCCUUCUUGGCAAAAUGACUUAAUGGCUUCAGCUGACCACAAUCAAUGGCAAGGUGGGGCAAGGAUCUGACCAUGAGCUUCUGAAUUUCCAAUUAGUUCAUCAAUGCCAACUUUGAAUUUGAAGAGUGCACAGUGUAGGCCACAAGAGAAGGUCCUGUCAACCGUUCCAUUGCAAGGCAUUUCUGCAACCACAAAGAAGAGUGUUUAGCAAAGUAUUCCAAAACAGAGAGAAUAGCCAUUGAUUGCAGGUUGGAUCUCAGAAACACUUUGGCAUGCUGCCUUAUGUCACAGAGAUUUGCCAAUGGCAGCGAGUUGAAAAUGAGAGACACUUCAGUCAGCUGCAGGGAGUGUUUCCAAUAAUAGAACAUGAAAACCAUUUAGUACCUAACCUCAGGUUCUCUUUCACACACACACACACACACACACACACACACACACAAGCCAUUUAUGGAAAAUGGUAAAAUAUGUAUCUCUAAUGAAAGAAGGUUUACUUAUACAGUUGUGCUGGUCCCGGGGGCUAACCAAGAGGCGAGGUCCGAGUCCAGUCUGAGGUCGAUGGUGCAAAAUGAAGGCAGUCUGUAGAAGUCGAAGCUGGGUGCAGGGCAAGGCAUCGGGUGAGGUCAGGAGCUCCGGAAGGAAAGCAGGUCAGGGAUCAGGCUGGAACUGACAACCAACAAUGUUGCUUCCGCAACUUGGGACUGGGGCUGGCUGGCUUUUAUCUGCCCCGAGGCAUAGGGCGGCCCUGAUCCUCAGGUGACUUGCUUCUUCAGGCCUGGAGGCGAGCACUCCUCCUGCGGGAACUUAGUUCCCUCCGCCUCUCUGCCCUGAGCCUCUGCAGCUCAGGAGAGGCUGGAGGGUUACUGGACCCAGAGGCAACCUCAGCUUCCUCUGACGGGGCUGAGAAUGGAGCACUUGCAGGCAAUGGGUCCUCCAUCCCCUCAGGAGCCAGAGCAGACUCAGCUGAUGCCUGCUCUGAGGAUCCAGCACAGGGGAGGACCCUUCAGACUCAUGCCCCAGCCCCGGCUCAGCUGGAUCUGGAGGCGGGGAAUCCUGUGCAGGCUGGGAUUCCUCAGGUUCAGCAUCCGAAUCCAAUUCCCAGGCCAUCACAACAGUGUUGCUGAUUUGUUUUUAGCCACCAUCUCUUGUUCUAGAUCUGUUUUAAAGUAGAUUGCUCUUUUGAAGGGACACAGAUAUUCAUGAAGGGUAGUUCUGCUGCCCACAAUCUGUCCCCACCAAGAUCUCCAUCCCACUCUGGUCUUCCACCUGCCCAUUUCUGCCACAAAGAUUUCAUGGCUGGACAGGUACUAUAUUCUAUAUCACCUAGAUAAAAUGUAUUGAUAGUGUUAUGUGCACACCACUUCUCCAAGCAGUGUGAACUCCAGUGUGUAUUUAGAUCCUGCUUCUUUUGAAUGAGAUCACUGGAGAAUUGUGGUUCUGUUGAGAUGUAUAGAGAGAGAGAGGCUGAGUGUUGGUUGACUCCAACAGAUUUCCCAAAAUCAGCCUCCUCUUUUAGAUUCCUUGGGGAACUUCCAGCACUGCUGGGCCUUACAGAAAGCAACUCAUCCAUCCGUCCUUCUCACUGCCUGACCUCAGUCUGAAUUCAAAGCUCAAGUCUUUCCUUUCCUCUCUCCUUCUAACCAUACAGAGCACAAAAGGAUGGAUAGUUUCCCUCCUUUUUAGCCUAUACUCAAAGGUAUCAGCUGAGCCAAUAACCAUCCAUUGUGCCUGGGCAAGACCUAACCAAACUACAAACAUACAGAGUUAUUGGGGAGAUCCUUGAGAUAACAUUCAGACCUCCCACCCUAUUUAGUUGAAUGGGCAUGUUUUUGUUACACAAUGUGGCAGCUGUGUUUGUUGACCUCAAAUUUCAGUUCACACUCCACCCACACUUUAUUGCCGACAGCAUUAGAUUCCUCAGGUCAUUGCUCAGUGGUGGUUUGGGAGAGGAUUCAUAAUGUAGAAGAAACUUUUUUCCCUAAUGAAAAAUGAUCCAAGAAAGCCAUCUUUGUGCCAAAAGGUGAAAGACCAGACAGUUGUAAUAUUACCUGAGCACCAGGUUUUCAUUGCUGAAUGUGGCUAUGUGCAUGCAGCUACACAGAGAAAAUCUUAUGGGACUUGGGCUGUAUGCAUAGGGCAGGAAUAGCCAACAUGGUGCUCUCCACAUUACUGCACAUUAGCCAUGCCAAUUGGAGCUGAUGGGAUUUGUAGUCCAACACAUCUGGAGAGCACCAUGUUGGUUUUUCCUGCCAGAGUGAGCAGGCAGCCACUUGCAUGCUGGACAAGUAUAGCAGUGACUUCAAUCAUGAUGGCCAGCUCUCAUAUGGUAAACACUAAUCAUUUAAACUGUCAUGUAACAUAUGAAACCAUAUGAUGAAAUUUUACCGUGUGAGUUAACCUUAGUGUAGUUUUCUCUGAGGCCUGAUUCGUGAUGAGAGUGGCAUGACUGCAUCUUUCCCAGUUCCUCAUAGAAGGAGCAGGGUUGCAUGGCAAGAACCACAGCAUGUGUUGUUAGGGUUGAUCUAUCUUAGUAUAUCACUUUAUCCUAAGAAUUCUCAAACCAAUUUAUAAUAUAUAAUGCAACAAAACAUGAAGACAUAUUAAAACAAUAUUCAUUUUUGAAACAACUGCAAUUGUAAACAGAAACACCCUAAAUCCUGGACGAAGUAACUGCAUUCAUUGAUUCAGUUAUUUGUUCAUGACAGAAUAACUGUAGCAACAAUAUCAUUAUAGCUGCUCUUAUGCUCAGGAAAACAACAACAACAACAACAAUUAUUUUAUUAUUUAUACCCCACCCAUCAGAUGGUGAAAUGAUAGUAAAGAGGGUUGCAGCAUUGGGAGGAGCUGUUACAGAGAAGUCCCAUUCUCUGGUCACUAUCCUCCAAACUUAUUUUGUGGGUGGAACACUAGGAAAGACCUCAUAUGAUGAUUGCAGUGACCCGUUUGAAUUGAACCCAGAAACUAAUUGGCAGCUAUUGCAGUCAGGUCCAAACCAGUGUUAUAUAUUCACGACUUCCUAUUUUCAUUAAGAGUCUGGCUGCCAUGUUCUGUGUCCAAUACAACAAAAGAACUUACUUUCCUAUUAUCACCAACCACCUUUUUGGCAAAGGAUUAUGCUUUAUACUACUAGGCUUGCAUAGGUCAUAUAAAACCCCACCCUCUCUUGUCAUAGCCAUGCAAAAGUAACCAAUAAACAUUUUUGGUCUGAGUGUGGUGAACAUAUCCAUGUUAAUUAAGAAAGGGUGUUUUUUAUAUGAUUUCUUCUUAGGCUUUUGCUCACUACUUUGAUUCUGCCUUCCGCAUUUUCUGUUCCCAUAGAAUGCCAAGAAACUUUCCCUGAAUAGCCAGCACAAACGGUGCUGCCCCAAAACAUUUUCAUCUAUAUUUUUCAAGUCUUUUCCUAGCCCAAACAUAAUUCAUAUCCCCGCUCUCCUAAAAUAGGGUCAUGUCACCAUGUUCUUUCCAGCUACUCAUCCCUUGCACAGUUUUGGAUGUGCUUUUUGUGAGGAAGGUAAGAUUAGAACCGCACAUGGCUCACAUUAUCCUUUUUAGUUCUGGAAAACGGUAGGAGCUUUUCCAAGAAGGACUCAUUAUGAUCUCUGUCUUGCUUACAUUCUGUCAUAACAGUCUUCUGCACUUACAGGAAUAUGCUUCCAAGUAGACAGAUAUGCAUAGAGAUGUGAUAAAAUUGCUAGCCUAAGAAGCAUUGUACAACACAAAUGUAUUGUGCCAUUCAGCUGAACGAUAUUCCUGUAAAAACAUCUCAUGAUUUAAGUAGAAUGGCUGUGAUUUAUUUGGUGGAUGUAAGCAAGUUGCCAGUGUUAGGUGGAUUUGUAGCUGGUUGACUGACCAAACCCAAAGAGUGCUUUGCUAAUGGUUCCUUGUCAUCCUGGAAAAAAGUGACAAGUGUUCUGUCCUGGCCCCAUUGUUGUUCAACAUCUUUAUAAACAACUUGGAUGAAGGGGUUGAGGGGAUGCUCAUCAAAUUUGCAGAUGACACCAAACUGGGAGAGAGAGCCAAUUUUGUGAGAUUCAAGAUAACCUUAACAGAUUGGAGAACUGGGCCCAAACUAACAAAAUGAAUUCCUAUAGGGACAGAUGGGCAACCAAGAUGAUCAAGGGUCUGGAAAUCAAGCCUUGUGAGGAACAGUUGAGGUAGUUGGGUAUGUUUAGUCUGUGAAAGAGGAGACUGAGAGGAAAUAUGCUAGCCAUCUUCAAAUAACUAAAGGGCUGUCACAUAGAAGAUGGAGCAAGUUUUCUCUUGCUCUGGAGGCUAGGACCCAAACCAAUGGCUUCAAGUUACAAGAAAGGAGAUUCUGACUAAACAUCAGGAAGAACUUUCCGACAGGAAGAACAUUUCAACAGUGGAAUGGCCUCCCUUGGGAGGCAGUGGACUCUCCUUCCUUGGAGGUUUUUAAGCAGAGGUUGGAUGGUCAUCUGUCAUGGAUGCUUAAGUUGAGAUUCAUGCAUUGCAGGAAAUUAGUAUAGAUGAUCCUUGGGGUCCCAUCCAGCUCUACAAUUCUAUGAUUGUGAUAAAUAGAUAGAUGAUGAUAGAUAGAUAGAUAGAUAGAUGAUAGAUGAUAGAUAGAUAUCCAACUAGACAUUUUUACUCAAAACAGUAAUCACUCACAAUAAAUGAUGUACCAAAACCCAGAAACCUUUUCUCUUUGUAACUAUUAGUUGAAUAUUUAUGCUUAGGAAGAAUAAAAUAUUUAUUUACACUGUGAAGUGCUAAUGACUGCUUUCUAGACCCACAUACUCUAUUAGUAUACUGUAUUCCAUAUAUUUUGGUGGUAACCAAACAAAAGAAGAGUGUUAAGAUUACAUUUGACUACUUUGGACAGUGCAAAGUAUGAAUUUUAGUUUGUUUCUUAGUUAUAUUUUAUCAGUCAUCUCAUGUGAUGAGCCCUGAGGUGACGUUCAGUAGAACACCAGGGAAAAUAUUUUGAUGAUGGUCAAGAAAAGGUCAUACUAUCAAGGUCAUGCAUAGUUCUGGUCUGUACUAGAGAUAGAUGAACCUAUUUCUGGUCUGCAUCAGCUCUUAAUGUGUUCUGACUUUAGUCUAUUCCAUUUUCUUUUUCCCUUAGUCUAUUUACAUUUAAAUAUGUAUUUUAAAUAUACUGGCUAUUAAAUAGGCAUUUCUGAAUGUGCUUUCUUUCAAAAUAUCAGUUUUUAAAAUCCACAACUGCAUUGCAAUAUUUAGACAACCAAUCCACAUAUUCAUCAGAGAAGGUCGAGUUCAGGUGAGUUAGAAUUAGAAUCCACAAAGAUCAAAUUCCUCAGGCACCUCUAGUCAGUCAGUAUCCGCUUCUGUCCAAGAUGGUCAGAAGGCAAGGAGAUUAAAUUUGAAGUGAGAUUCUGUGCAAGGAACGAUGCUAAGAGUUUAGACCCAGAUGGAUUUAUGCAAUGAUAGGGUGGCAUAGAAGUCAAAAACAGCCACGAGACCAGUGCUGAUGGAUGAUUUUCUGCAGUACCCAUGCAAAGUUUUCAGGAUCAAGAUGCCAGCUUGUGUUCCUCGCUGCCCACCAAUUUGAUCUGGAUUCGCCAUUUCCAGGGGAAAUCCAGUAAGUUAGAAGAGGCCUAUUGCUGGAUAUUUGACAACCAAAUGACUCAUUUACAAUAUCCACAGUCUGGAAGUACCCUUAUACAAGGUCAUACUCUGAUGAAGAUCCUUCUGAUAAAAAUUAUAAAAUUCUAAUUAUACGGGGCUUAGAGAAAAGGCAAGGGCUGCCACUUCAAUAGGAGACCAUAGAUACUGGUGAGUAUCUUCUUUCAUAUCUGGAUAGGUAACAAUGGCAAGGGCUCUUCAUUCAAGGCCCUUAAAUUUUACAACCUGAUCAAUUUGGUAUAUGUCUGCUGGAGUCCAUGUAUCCCAUAUUACUAGCACUAAGUCCCAGGCUCCCUUUAAAAUACUCUAUCAGCUCAUUAUAACAGUGAUUUUCCAUCACCUGCUAAGAUGUAGAACAAUUUAUGAGAUUGUCAAGUUCCAAUUUGGUGUAGCAAAUCGUUUUCAUUUCUCAUUAUGGGCAAGCAUUUUAAGGAGACUUACUUCACUGUUCUCUUACCUCAGUAUUAAUUCAUUUUAUGCAGUGUGAGGGAAAACACCGGAACAAUUUCAGGCAAAGUCCACCGAUAUACACAGAGCUACCAGAAUGCUGUAGAUGGUCACCAUAGUGACUGCAUAUUUUUUCAAAAAUUAAAAGGAAAGAUAAUUCAUAUUUGUCCUCUCGGAAACAUGCAGAUUGGAAUUUUAAGAAGCACCUAAUUUUAGGAAUAGGAUCAAUUGAUAGGGAGCACUCUGCCUUUCAGUGGUAUUUCAGUUUCUCAAUAGAUAACGUAAACUAUACAUAAUUUUUUGACAAGCAAAGCAAAAACGGGUAUAAUUGACUAUUGAUUAGACACGCUGGAAACCUUUGAAAACUCAUGCAUGAAAAAUCAGUUUUCAGUGUCAACAGAAGGCAUAAUGUUCAAUAUAUAAAAUGACAUUUGACAAGGCUCUGAAGAACAUCUUGCCUACCAAAAAAAAGCCAAACAUUCUUCAGAAAUGUUAACACUGAUGCAGGCUGCCAUAGGCAGACUUGACAUGCCUCCUUUGGAAGGAAGUACAAACGCAAGUUCAUUUGGUUCUGGAUAAAUUAUUGGAUUUCGGGUUUAAUCAGUUAUAUACAGCUGCAUACCUAUCAAACUGGGAGCUGUCAGAAGGGUAGGAAAGAUGGUUGUGUUAGACCACCACAGCAAAUAAUCUUAUGACUUUGGAAGCCCCAGGCCACACCAAGCAUAGAAGGUUGGAAGCAGGAUCUUCUGCAGCUGCCAACCCACGAGAAAGUCCUGUUCAACAACUACAAAAAGAAAAAUGCUUUCAGGAGAUUUGGAGUUACUUUUUGGAACUUGAAGACCAAAGGAACCUAGACAUCUAACACAGAAACUGGAACUGGAUUUUGCAACACUCUGCAGUUAUCUAUUUAUUAAAUUCUUUCUCAACUGUCUUAUUUACCUCCUCAUUCGCAUGACUUGAUAAAUGGUCAAAGGCAUAAGGAGAAGUGUUGCACUGCAUUAAAAAAAAUGAAAACUUGAAUAAACCAUGAUUACAAAUUCACUUUAAAACCAAUUGAAGUACAAUUUAGAAGCAGUCUGAUUCAGGAUGCAGUAUGUCGGAUGGAUAGAUUCAUGGGUUGUCUCUAUACUGGAAAGAGGUUACUGUUUACAGAUAAAGUGUGUAUGGAUCUUAUGCAUGUAAAAGCUACUCCUUUAAACACAGUAUUAAUUUUUUUCCCUAAAGAAAAAAUAAUGGAGAGGAGCGAAACCCUUCCCACCUGCCUUGUGGUAUACUUCAUUUCUUUAAGCCAAGAGUGGGGGGACCUUACAUGCAGGGGCCAAAUGCAAGAACCCUCCCCCAAGCCACAGCCCUUCUGUAGCUACACCUCCUUUCAACAAGCUACUGCUCCUCACCGGUCUUGCUACAAAUUAAUAUUUUUGCCUGGCUGGAAUGUUCUUGAGUUCUGACAAUGAUUCCUGUUUGUCUGUGUCAUGAACUGGCAGAACAACCGGGAAAAGGAUCCCGGUGAGGGGUGGGACUGGGACACACUGGGGCAAGCAGGGUGUGGGGAAGGGAGUACUCACAGGGUGAUGGAGGAUGGCAAGGAGCUGGGGGCCAAUGCACCUGAGCAGCAAGAUCCAUCACCAGAGCUGGAGGGGGCCCUGUCUCUAGGAACAUGGUGGGCUCUGAGGUGUAGGGGGCAGUGAGCGGGGCACUCCAGGAGGCUGAGGGCCCACAGCCCAGCUCAUUGGCUGGCCUGUUGAGGCUUGCUAGUUCUGGGAGGAGGGGUGUGAUUUCUCAGCUGAAAUAGGCUUGGAACAGGUGAGGGUCACAUGCGUCAUCAAGCCCAGGUGCUGCAAUCAGCAUGCAAGGUAUAAAAGGGAAGCAGAGCUGAGGUGCUGUGUCUCUUCAACUGUCCAUAUUGAUGGACCUUGGUUUGGGUGCUCUUGGACCUCUAUGGGACUGUGCUUUGGACUGUCUCCUGACUGUUGGACUUCAGACUUGACUACUUGGAUUGAUCCUGGACUGUGUUUCCUGUACUUUGGAUUUUGCUUGUGUGGCUUGACCCCAGGACUUCGGACUUGCUGCCAGGUAGGCCAGGGAUUCAGGACAGUCUGGUUGGAGGAUAGAGAAGGGGGAAGGGAAGCUAGCCUCCUGAAGAAAGGUAGCUAUUCUAUUCAUUGCUCUGUCAGCUUCUGUUUCUGGCCCUGCCUACUACUGACAAGUGACACACACUGCUUUAAGCAAUUUCCUUUCAGUCCAGCUUAUUUUUGAGACUUAUAAGUAACAGUGAGGGUUAUGUUCCUGCCUCUCUCCACCAGGCCUAGGACAGGCCCUGACUGCUGCUGCCCAGCAGAGAGUACUGUCUCAUUCUUUCAAACAGCUUUUUAAUUGUAUUUUUAUUUUUAUUUAUUUUUUAAGGGGACCUGUACUUGCAAAGCACAUUGCAGGUAUGGAGCCACCAAUCUGGAUAGGGACCCCAGCCCCCUCCACACUACAGAAUCGAUCCGAAUCACACCCUCUGCUUUGGCAUUUUAUGGAAGGAAAGCUCUCCACAUAAGGGCAGAACUGUGCCAUUAAUGCUUGCUGGCAAUUGUGCUACAGUCUUGCACAUGGAUAUUCUACUCCUUAUGGGUGAAACUAGUUAUGCCCACAACUAGUCGCCAUGUGUGGGUGUGAAUUCUGUUUUUAAAGCAAAGCUUGCAAUAAACUCCUCAAAGGUCAUAUAAAUUGCCCAUUAUAGGCCAAGGGAUGGGAUUGCAAACGUGAAGUGCUGAGGAGCACUAAAAGCUUUUGACAUUAAAUCUGUCGCAGUCUGCCAGCAGGCACCCGUGUCAUUGACAUGGGCACCUCAUUAUUAUUAUUUUGCUUACCCACCAAAAUUCAUUUACGCCAGUCGAUUUUUCUAUUUGUUCAACACAAGUGUUGCGCUUACUACAGAGGUUGCAAAUUAAUUCCCUUGGGUUUCUAAUGCUUAAUCAGAGCUUCAGGUUCAGUAUGAGUAGCUUUGCAGCAGUGUAUUCAUUUAGCUGAAACUCUCUAGCAUAUAGUUCCAUACAUCAGCAAACCGGGGCAAGUUGGAGUUCCGGAGUCCCAGAAAAUUCCUGUGGAUUUAAUUAGAAUUCACUUUAUCUAUCUGAUACAGCCAACUUAUACAAGGCAAUUUGAAAUAUCCUUAUAUAUCAACAUGUUCUGUUUUAAAUAUGCCAUUAGCAUUUUACCAGGUGGUUGUCUGGAAUCCUUGGAUUGGUUUUCUUUGAGUUUAGACAUGCUUGGAGUUAUUUUAAGAGUACUUGGUGUGCAUAUAAAUAGGAUGCAUUGCUACAGCCAAGAAUAAAAAAUCACUGUAAAAGGCAAUGAUUUUUAUAUAAGUGGCAUGUUAUGGUAGUAAAUUCAAAACAUGAUGUAUGCAGCCAUCUGACUAGUGAGAAUAAAUGUCUUAUACUGAACUAAAUUGGAAUGUUGAAUUUCUUUUUAAAAUAAUGCUUUAAUAGGAUGAGAAGCUUCUGGGUCCUUUUCUUGCACCACCAUUGCCUUUUGCAUGAAAUAUAAUCCACCAUAAUUCAACUAUUGUCAGGAUUCUUCCAUCAGCACCACACCCCCAGUCUUGGGGAUGAAAUGAAGUCUUUGUUCUGUUAUUUUGGCACUUUGCCAUCCACUUUUUAAAUCUACUUUUUAUUUAUUCUUUUCUUUGCAAUGUCUUUUUGACGUGUUUACUGCUCCUUUUACAGGAAUACAAUUGUAGACUUUAAAUUGUUGGUUUUUUAAAUAUAUUUUACAAUUGGUUUCAUACACUUUGUGAGGACUCAUCCUGGGGGGGAAAGGGUGAGCUCGAUAUAAAACUGUUGAUUGAAUGAACAAUCAAAUGAACCGCAUAAAAAUGUAACGGUUUGAUGGUGGGUCUUUUGUAUAACCAGCUUUUAUGUUAGUUUUGAAGUGAGGGGAAUGUAUUAAGUUUGGAACCUAUUAAGUUUCAUACCUCAGGAGAGAACAGGUCAUGAAAGGGAAAGGGCCUCCUUAAAGAGACAUGGCGAGGAAUGCCUUCCACCAAAUGGGCUGGCAAAGCAGGGAUGAAGCUGGAUGUGGAGGAAGGAGCUUUUCAUGGUUGGAAUGGAUGAGCUUCAGUUCUAUUGAGGACAACAUGAAAAUGAGGCUGGCUGGUGUAGGAGGGAGUGCACUUUCAGCCUGAACCAGCCAUCCCCAUUUUCAUGUAGGCCACAGACACUGUGAUGAAGAAAAGGUCUUCUGUGAUCCUCCUACACCCCACUCAAUUUGUCAACUUUAGAAAAUCAAUUUCUUUUUUUUAAUUGACUGCUUCCAUCAGUCAUUACUCCAUUGUAAUGACAAAAGGGAUUUUUGAGGGGAGCAUCUGAAAUCUGUCCAUUAAAAAAAAAAAAAAGUUUUACAGGUUACACCCAUGGUCCCUUCCUGUGAUAACAAAUGGCUUUUUGUGACAGCAUGCAUGGGUUGCCAAACAAUAACAAUGCCACAAUUGCUGAAGCUACUGGAAACCAAGGUUUUGGUUGUGUUAGUGGUUGAUAAGCUUGAGGCUAGCAUUCUUUACUCCUCAGUGAGAAAAACAACAACACAGUUGAAUUGUAAAGUGUUUAAUGAUGUAGCAUGAAAGAGAAGAGAUAGGGAUGAUGCAGUUGUAUCUUAUAUCCCUUUAAAAAAAAAGAAGCACCUAUAUAUUUCAUGAUAUUGUGCACUUAUUUUUAUUUUAUAGUAUCUUAGAGUUGGAAGGGACCCAAGGGUCAUCUAGUCCAACCCCCUGCAGUGCAGGAAUCCCAGAUAAAGCAUCCAUGACAGAUGGCCAUCCAACCUCUGCUUAAAAACCUCCAAGGAAGGAGAGUCCACCACCUGUCAUGGGAGUCCGUUCCACUGCCAAACAGCUCUUACUGUCAGGAUGUUUUUCUGAAUGUUUAGUCGGAAUUUCCUUUCUUGUAACUUGAAGCCAUUGCCUCAAGUCCUACCCUCCAGAGCAGGAGAAAACAAGCUUCUUUCCUCUUCCAUGUGACAGCCCUUAAGAUAUUUGAAGAUGGCUAUCAUAUCUCCUCUGUCUCCUCUUCUCCAGGCUAAGCAUAUCUAGCUCCUUCAAGUGCUCCCCAUAAGGCUUAGUUUCCAGACCCUUGAUCAUUCUCUGAACACGUUCCAGCUUGUUAACAUCCUUCUUAAAUUGUGGUGCCCAGAACUGGACACAGUAUUCCAAGCGUGGUCUGACCAAGGCAGAAUAGAGUGGUACUGUUACUUCCCUUGAUCUGGACACUAUACUUCUGUUGAUGCAGCCUAGAAUAGCAGUAGCGUUUUUUGCUGCUGCAUCACACUGUUGACUCAUAUUAAGCUUGUGGUCCACCAAGACUCCUAGAUCCAUUUCACAAGGACCAUUUGCAGUCAGCUUUCAAGCUCUAUUCUGUAAUGAUUACACAGUUGCAGCACACUGCUGAAAUGUGCUUGGCCAUACACUUUCCUUACACUCCAUUGAACCCUAAACUCCACAUAUCUAAGGUAAAUGUAGUUUUAAUGAUAUAAUAGAGUGGAAUCCACAAUUUCUGUCAGGUGAUGGUGCAGCUGAAAAUUAUACAGGAUCCAUAUUUCUAUUAGUGCUAUUCCUUAAACAAAAUCUCUUCAGUGCAGUGUGAUUUUUACGCCCACAAUUGGAUCUAAAAAUAUCCCCUGCAACCUUCAGUACUGUCUGUAAAACAGAUGUGAUUUUUUUGACUUUAGGGCUGGAGUUUCAAUUUCAAAUUCUGUGACCUGUGCAAUCAAGGUACAGAUCUGCAAUCUGUCCAGCAAUUUUUAAUGGCAUUGACUGAUAUCGUGAUGUAACCAAUGUGAACUGACUAUAUCUACAUUUUUGUUUCAUAGUCCUGCAAAAACACCUUGGCACCAGUUUUCAUCCUAAAGUUCUGCUGAGUCCACACCCAAGACAUACCCUUCAAUAUUUCUCCAAUGAAAAUAGGGACGUCCCAUUUCAUAAUGAUAAUUUUAUUAUUUAUACCCCACACAUUUUAUUGGCUUGCCCCAACCACUCUGGGCAGUUUCCAACAUAUAUAAAAACGUAGUAAAACAUUAAACAUUUUUUUAAAACUUCCCUAUGCAGGAUUGCCUUCAGAUGGCUCGGGGGUCAGAUAAUUCCGUACUCUCCAAAAUUUCUCCAAUGAAAAUAUGGAUGUCCUAAGGAAAACUGGGACAUUUCAGGAUCAAAUCAGAAACCGGGACUGCUUCUCUAAAUCAGGGGCAUCCCUGGAAAACAGGGGCACUUGGAGGAUCUGCCAGCAAAUAGCCAUUUGUUAUUUGUCAGUGGAGCAAAUGGCCCACUAUUUGUUUCCUGGUUUGGAGUCUUCUAUAGAUGCAGCUUGUUUCUAGUAAUGUGCAUGGAUCUUCAGAGUAUCCACAAUGAUUUUGCAGAGGCUUUCUUGUAGGGGAUGGGAACCUCAGACCCUCCACAUCUCUCAAGAUGGCCCCCGGGUCUCUUCUUAAGCCUGGCCUCACUUGCUAUUCAGCGAGUUCCCUCCCCUGCUCUUGUACAUGCAGAGAAUUGUGGCCUAUAGAAGUUUGCAGCACUGGCAAUUAAAUCAUACAUAUAAUAGCCCUGUGCACUUAGCUUGUGUGUUUGCUGAGCUCAGUUUGCUGAAUAUGGCAUCCUUUGGGAGGGAAUCUUUGGAACAUUAGAAUGCUUACUAUUCAGUGCUUUGCAACUGGCAUUAAAAUUCCUGGGAAAGGUAUUGACUUCAAUUUUGCUUUUCCUAUGCCCUCCCCUAUGUUUUGUCACAGACUAGUUUGAAUUGCUGUUGGAUGAAUUAUAAUAAGAAUUGUUCAAAAUUAUUUGGGCAAUCAUUUGCUAUGAACCGUGCAUCACAUUAACUAGGUCAUUGUAGUUAAUAAAAUGCAGUAGUAAAGUAGAGAAUGAAAGUUUUAUGAAAGUUUUAUGAAGUAUAUGGACCUACUUUGCAGUAAAAAGAAAAGUCCAUUAUUCUUGUUAUAGAGUAUUAUAGUAUUAGGUUUUAAAAUCAAUGCUAAUUGAGUCUAAAUUAAAGGUGGUAAAAGGUUAAUAGUUCAGACAUAAGUCUAAUUCAGGAUUAAGAAAGGCUCUUGUUAGUAGACCUGUUUCAUAUUAUGCUUGCUUUAAAUUUGUGAGAGAACUUUCUGUCAUGGUGCAUAUUAAGCAAUUCUUAAUGUAACACUUAUGAAAUACGUAUUUCCAUGACAUUUUAUUUUAAUUACUGAGCAUAUGCACAUUUUUCAGAUGGAGUUUCUGGAUCAUGCAGAGUGUUUGAACUUGUGCACUGAAAAAAAGAGUUGCAUGAGGUUAGUUUGCUUACCAUGACAACAGUAUUUGGGAUCAGUGAAAACUUCAUUUUCCUCAAGUAGAAAACACAAAUGAUCAACCUUAUGGCCCUGUAAGGUAUUGCAGAUAAUGAAAUACUCAUUCAAAUGUGCUGCCUCCUCAGAGGAAAUCAAGUAUCAAUAAAAUGCAUACAAAGAUGCCUGUCUUCCACCCAACUACCAAACCAGUAUUUUUACCAUUUAUAAAAUCUUACAUUAACAAAUAUGUGAGAGGUCUAUUAAAAAAAAAAACCAUACUCAUUAUGUUUUGGAAAAUUGCAUAAGGAUGCAUGGAAUUUUUAAAAAUGCAUAGAUUUCCUCUGCUUUGUGGAACGUGCGUGCACUAAACACUGGCACUGAAUUACUGGGAAAAUAUGUUCUUCAUACUCAUGUAAAUGGAAGCAAGAGUCAUUCAUGCUGUGCAAACAUGUCCCACAGUGUUCCAUGGGGCUUACUCCCUAGUGAGUGUGUUUAGGAUUGUAUCCUAACACUCUAGAAAAGGGGAGGGAUGGUUACAUGUUUGAUGAUCUUUCCAUUAUAGAUAUAUGGUACUUUUUUGAAAUCACAGAAUUGAAGAGUUGGAAGGGAUCUCAAGGGUCAUCUGGUUCAACCGCAGGAAUCUCAACUCAGUCAUACAUGACAGGUAGUCAUCCAACCUCUGCUUAAAACCCACCAAGGAAGCAGUGGCGGAGCUGGCUUCAUGGGUGCCUGGAGCGGCAGCCAUGCCGUGCACCCAGGGGAGGGCGGGGUGAUGCGCUGCAUGGGGGCGGGGCAAUCCAUGCGUGGCGGCGGCGCGAUCCUCCUGCCUUUUUGUCACCCCCCUCAGAGAUGGCACCCGGGGCAGACCACACCCCCGCACCCCCUUCCUACGCCCCUGCAAGGAAGGAGAGUCCACCACCUUCUGAGUGAGUCCGUUCCACUGUUGAACAGCUGUCACUGUCCGAAAAUUCUUCCUGAAGUUUACAAUACUAAUGGAUACAAUAAACUCCUCUGCUACAAGAAGUGCUGCAAAACCAAUUUCUUUGAGUCAGCAGAUGGUCUUGCUCCUUGCACAGUUGCUUGCAUCUCCUUUGUAGCUUACCUUUGCUGCCUCCACCACUCUGUCACAGAGAUAUCAAAAACAUUAUGUGCGCAAUCAAUCUGAAAUGGCAGCGAUAAAGGGUGAAGCACUGGUGCUCCCAGUUCUCCGCUUUGUCACUGCCACUUCCCCCUACCACCUCUGCCAUCUCAGAAGCACUGCUCCUGCAUGCCGUGCAUAUAAAAUAGCCUCAGUAUAGAAAGAAAGGUGUGUUUAAUUCAAAUUCAAGUUGCUGUUGGGGAGGGUAUGCUCUCCUGACCAAUAUGGUAAAAUGGCAAUCAUGCUGUUGGUGUGAGCAGUGAUAAUGGUUAUGCACCGGAAAGGCAGCAAAGGUGAGCAGCUGAUGUCGAGAGGGUUCAUAUUGGAUCUGAAGGCAUUUUGUGCCUCUUCGGGUCUUGCCUAAAGCUGCAAAGUCCAAUAGAUUGGGAUAUUGAAUGAGUGUUCUCUUUAAAAAGGGCCAUUGGGUGGCUUCCAAACAACUAUCAAACAAAGCUGAUGAGAAUGACCAAUGAUGAAAUAUUCUUAGUGGAUGGAACGUCCUUGCCACACACUUGCGUCACCACAGAGUUCUUUUCAAUGUGCUCCACUUUUGGAAUGGAACAAUUAGCUUCUGCUUAAAAAUACCUACCUCAAAACUGUGGAUGCAGAUGCUAUUCACUGGAAACAAAGAGAGGGAUGGAGGGAUAGAAAGGAAGGAAAAUAAGAAAUCAGAUGGACUUCAGAGUGUUCAAGAAAAUAAUGUUACCUGUUUGAGGCAAGCUAAGUUAGCACACCUGCCUGCACAGAGAGGGCAUCAAUAGCUAUUGAUGUGGUUGUCUCGAUGUCUGUUUGCAUUCUGACAAAUCAAACUGCUUGCAAUAUGAUCGCAAAGGCUUCCUGUGAAAGAGAAACCAUGGAUUUCAGCCUGAGGGAAGGGAAAGUUUACCAGGAAAGAGGAACCUUAUCUUCUAUAUCAGAAAAAUAUAUUUUUCUUUCAUUUUUUAAAAUGCCUGUAAGUGAAUAGCAGACUGAUUGUACUCAUGAGUUAUGAUAGCUUGGUGGGAAUAGGAUUGUUGGGAAUCAAACCCAGCAUGAUUCAGAGUGCCCCCCAUGGCCUUUGAUUCCCGGUUCAACUAUUGGGUAAGGUUGAUUUGAUUCCUCCCUUGUUCCUGAUGUAGGUCUCCACUCACCCUUUCUUCCCUGGUGGUGGGGAGGAGCGGUGCCAUUUUGUGUUUUACCUCAGGUGCCAAAAUGUAUUGGGCCAGCCCUGGAUUAGGCCAAGAGUCACCCUUUGAGCUUCAUGGCUGAGUGAGGAUUCAAACUCUGGUCUCCCUUGUCUUAGUUCAACACUUUAACCACUACACCACACUAGCUCGCACAGGAGAAAAUACCCUUAACAGCAAAGAAAGGCAAUUCUAUUUCUUAGCAUUUAAAAAUUAUGUUUGUUUUAAAAUAAACAUGCACGUGUGUUGUUAUUUUUUAAUGUUCUAUAUCCUGGAGUUGAAUAUAAUUGUUUCUGUAUCCGACAGAAGUCUUUGCUUAGAUGCCUGCUGUAGCUAUCUAUGGGCUGUCAGAUUAUUAUGGAAUGAACAUAAGCUGGUGACAGGUAGAUGGUUGGAAAUAAGAGUUUGGAAGCUGAAGCUUUGAUAACAGUGGCAGAAAAGUGUCAACAGAAAAUGCAGAGAAGUCCCAGGUGAAUUGCCACACCUGCUAUAUAAAGAAAGAGGAUUAAACUUGCAUUUCUCUUUAGUGCACUGACCUAGAAAAACUUGUUAAUUUUUGCUUCAUAGUUACUGGAAUUCAAAUGUGAUCUGUGGUAUAAGGAGAGCCUUAACAUUUUAGGAAGAAAAAUUAUAUGAUUUUUAAAGGCUGAAUGUUCAGAAAGGCAUUUCUUCCCUUCGCAGCCCAAUGUGAAAAAUAGUCACAAUCUCACGUUCAGCUGAAUCCUGACUUUUGAGGUUAGAACUGUUCUCAAAUCAGUACCAGUUGUGUGCUGCAGAGUCAUCUGUUUUCUGGAAAGUGAAGCCUAUCUCAAAUUUGAAGCCACAGAAAGGUUUCAAGUGGGACCACUGUGUACUUAAUGAUGAAGCACUUUAACAUUUGAAUGAGAGACAAGUAUCUUGUAACACAUAAGGAUGUGACACGCUCAAUGCUGCAGUUGGCUGGAGAUCCACAUCCGCUACCACAUGUGUGUGUCAGCAAAUUUGAGUUUAACCUCAUGGUCAUAUGAUGGGUACAUUGAAAACAUGGCAGUAAAAUACUGUGAGGGGCACUCCAUGAGGAGAGGGAAAGAGGAAGCAUUGUAGAGCAGGAACCUUUUGAGUGGGCAAUAUAACUAGAAGUGUGGCGGAACACCUUAAACAUUAUGUUAGAAUUUUAUUUUGUUUCUUUAAAACUGAUUUCCUGUUCAUGAAUGUGCAAUCUAUGCUCCCCGGCCAGCUUCUAGCCCACUGCUUAAUACAUUGUCCGAUAACAUAAACGUCCACUGAGUAGCCAAGGAGCAGGAAGUAGUGGUUGGGUGGGUGGACACAAGACAAAUGCAAUUGUUUGUUUAUUCCCCACUUUUCCCUCAAGGGGACGUUUUUUCCUGCAGUGCAGCCCCCUUUUAAACACUCCUAGCUGUUCCCCAGUAAGGGAGAUUGUGAGUCGAGGACCCGCCACCCACGUAGAGAUAAAUAAGACACAAGGACACGGUAUUUUAGGUUAAUGGGUUAAAUAAGGCCACAACUUUAUUGGUUACAGCAUGUGAGUGGUAUUGGGUUAGGCAUUGGAUCAAACAAUCUAUACAUGAUUCCAUCCUGCUCAGCGGAGAGUCAUUUGAGGAUUAACAACUAGUGGGAGGAGCUUAUUGAUGCAAAUACAACUGGAAGCUUCCCCUGAUGUCACCAGGGGUCGUGCCAUGGCCCUAGCCACCAGCAGAUCAUCAGAUACAACCACUGGAUCCCUUUAACAGAAUAGCCAAACAAGAUGAGGGGUAGGUGAUGGCCACAACCUGCCCUCCAACACACUACACAUAUUCCAAUGCCUAACCACCAAUACCAGAAAGUUGUGACAAUUUGCUACAAGGUAGGCGAAAAGCCAAGAGGCUGGUGGCAAUUUGCCAAAUGGAUAACAAUUCCUACCAGGCCCCCUGGGCAACCACGGCAACCAGCCAAUGUUCACAGAAGGUCAAAAGCAAAGAAAUGACCUGGAGGGAGGGAGGGAGGGUGAUCCAUUGAAAACAGGAAACGAAUGGAGGCCCAGCGCUGCCGCGGCCGCUUAAAUGCGGCCAAACCCUGCCCACACACCAGCCCUAUUGGCUAGCUGAAAGGGCUUGGAGCGGCAGCUGGACAGAGCUGACACAGGAGGCCAACUACUCCCCCCUGCCGACGCGGGAACCAGCUCCCACUCACAACCCUUCCCCUCUGGAAAGAGGAGAGGCCUUGCAGGGAAAAUAGAGAUGUAUCCUCCCCUUCCCACAAUUCUGAUGGAAGUCACACCCACCCCACCCGCAAGCUGCUACUAAUCUUAGGGAAAAGCUAAACAGCAGUGUGGGGCUGAUCAUCACGGGGAUCACAGGAGAGGGAAUCUUUAGCCACAUCUUUAGCUUUUUUUAUCUCAACCACUCCUUUUUUGUCUUGAUUGUAUAAAAAUAAUAUUGCUUGAAGGUAUAUAUAUUACAAAUUAAUCUGACCCAAUUACAGCAGUUCUAGUUGUAAUAUAAUCUUAAUCUGUGUUGACAGAAUGUAUUGGGCAUGGCUUUCCCUUGGAUGGAAAAAGGGAGUUGAUUUUCAUGCAUAUCACAAAAUGCAUUGCUUGUUUUGCAGUGUUCAGGGAACGAACAAUUUACAUCCAAAUUCACUUUGUUUUCUGUACAUAGUGAACCAUUCAAAAGCACCCUUUGGAUCAAAUGACAAGGACUUCAAACUUUGGAUGUUCAAGUACUUGCUUUUUUCUGAAUUGAUUUAUGUAUUUAUAUUAUGUUUAUGGAUGGAUUCAGUUGUGUAAAUCCCAUCAACAGACUGCAGCGGCUGCCAUUUCAUAUGCUAUUUCUUAGAAGUAGGUGUCAACUGUUUUUCUUCUGGAUUCAUGUUUAGCAUUUUCCUCUGAGAAAGAACAUGGAUAUACAAAGCAUGUUGAUUAACCAAUUGGUAAUCCACCAUGUUUCACCCAGUGGCUUUACUUUCUCUCCACUCACCUGCUGUGUGAUGUUGCUCACCUCUGUUUUCCAACACAUCCUGGAAGCUACUUGGAGGUGGAAAACAAACUUCAGACAGGGACUGAAGUUAUCAGCUUCUCCACUAUAUGUAACACACACACCCUCCCCAAAUUAUUAGGAUUAGGCCCUUUGCAAUGAGUCUUAGGUCAACUCGUUUGCACUGCUAGAUAUGGGCAUGGAUCUAGACUAAGGUUGACACUCUAAACCUGGGAGUAAGCCCUAUGGAAUUCAGUAGAACCUAUUCCUGACUAGGUAUGGUUAGGAUUUCAUGUUGCUCUUAGGUCCCAUUGAAAUCAGUCUGAAAAGUCAACCAUAGCUAGCUUAAACCUCAUUAAUUUCAAUGGUACCUAAAUAUAAUUUAGUUUGGAUGCAACUCAUCACAAUGUUCAAAUUACUACUUCUGAAGGUUUGAUGAAAGAGAUACUGUAAAGUUUCAGACUAAAGCACAGAACUUCCCUGCUUUUGUUGCACAUGGGGGAACAACCAAGGCCUGUGAAGAAGUUUGUUAAAAUUCACAUAUCUUUGAAAGGAAGGUGUGUGAUGAAACUUCACAGCUUUUACUGGUGCUGUUUUCAGGUAUCACCUUGAUUUGAAGCAAGCUGAAGCCUGAAGCAAAGCUGCACAAGAUCUAACAGAAACUUCCAGCCAAACGCUUUGAACCCUAUUCAGUGAAUUUUGGGUGGACUUAAAUUAAUCAGAAUAAUAACUGAAUUAAAAAUUUAUGCUAGAAUCCACAGUGGUAUUCUUUGAUACCGUCCAUGUUUCUUCCUGCUCUAGGCAACAGGGUGAAUUUAAUAAGGUAAUGGGGUUACAAAGGCAUGAAUAACAUUGCAGUGCAAUCCUGUGCGUGUUUUGUUGUAAUGCACCCUACAUGGGGCUGCCUGCCUCACUGUUUGGAAGGUUGCUUGCCUCCCCCCCCCCCCCCGAGAUUUAUAACUUGCUUGCUUGUAAUAAAACCUCAAUGUGGUUUACAAAAAGAGUAAAACAAUAAAAUUAUUGGUAAAAACAUUUAUUUAAAUCAUUCAAAUAAUUAAAAACACAGAUUAAAACAUAUGUAAACUUAUCUAGGUAGGUGCAUCUAAGCAAAAAUGUGCACAAGAUUCCUACACUGCAGGGGGUUAGAAUAGAUGGCGCUUGGGGUCUCUUCCAGCUCUGCAAUUCUUGGAUUCUAUGAUACUGUGUUUUUAGCAGCUUCCAAAAAGAAGACUAUGGAGGCACAUGCCUGAUGUCAAUAGGCAGGAAGUUCCAAAGUAAAAGACUGAUUUCUUACAAAUGCAGAAUGAGUAUUACGUAGCACCUGUAACAGAGCCAGUUCCAUAAAAGGGAAGUGGCUUUGGUGGCCCUCAGGGACCUGCAUAAUGGAGUGCUUUCAGGCACAAUUGAGGAGCCACAGAUCAGACCAUAGUAAUGCUUGGAAGAGACACUGAAGACUUUCCCUCAUCUCUUUAGCGUCAUCUUGACUGUCAGCCAAGCAGAAGUUCCUGCCAAACUACCUAGAGGGUUUGCUAGAAGGCACUGCUCAUCCUCAAAACUUCUCCAUUUGGCCUUUGAGGGGGGAAAUGUCUUGAACUUAAAGCCUCGGGGGGAGUUUUCCAGAGUCUUGUUUCCAUUGUCUGCGGUAUUUUUUUUAGUUCUCAUUGCCACACACUCAAAAAGGAAACAAAAUAGAAGCAGCUGAAAAGCAUCCUUACUGAAAUGCUCACACAUUUCCCCACUCACUCCAACAAACAAGGCUUCCCCAAUCUCGGCAACAAACCACUGAACUUAAAUAAUUAUUAUUGAAGAAUAUUCGCUUGGGUGUUCCAUGGGGCAUGUCAAAGUCAAAGGGCAGACAAGAACAGGACCUUGGACAGUUCCUAUAUAAGGCAGCUACAGGGUGAUGCUGUCUCUACAGGGAGCCAGCCAGAAGUGGCCAGCAUGGUGUGGUGGUGUUGAGGAACCACCCUUGUUGUGUUGCUGCUUACCUUGAUGGAAGAGGAGUGGGGCAGGGCAGCAGAGGAGGCAGGGCUGCAUGGCAGCAUGAGUGGAACCAAGCUGGUGUUCCUGCUUUUGCACCUACACAGCCCUGGUCCAUCACCUCCCCACCUCAUUAUGGUAGUGAUGCUGCCGCCAGGAGGCUGGUUCCACUAAACUUAAUCAUUUAGUGUGACAGCACUACACUUUGGAACUCCAUUCCUAUUGCUAUCAAGCAGGCAUGUUCAUUGUAUUCUGUUCGGCACCUGCUAAAAAGAUUUCUGUUUAGACAAGCCUACCAAGAUGCUUGAGAGUCUUGCUCUGCUCUUGAGAGUCCCAUGGACUGCAAGAAGAUCAAACGUAUCCAUUCUUAAGGAAAUCAGCCCUGAGUGCUCACUGGAAGGACAGAUCCUGAAGCUGAGGCUCCAAUACUUUGGCCACCUCAUGAGAAGAGAAGACUCCCUGGAAAAGACCCUGAUAUUGGGAAAGAUGGAGGGAACAAGGAGAAGGGGACGACAGAGGACGAGAUGGUUGGACAGUGUUCUCGAAGCUACAAACAUGAGUCUGACCAAACUGCGGGAGGCAGUGGAAGACAGGAGUGCCUGGCGUGCUCUGGUCCAUGGGGUCACGAAGAGUCAGACAUGACUAAACGACUAAACAACAACAACAACAACAACAACAACAACAACAACAACAACCACCACCAAGAUGCUUAGAAGGCUGGUGUGAAUUUUGACCUGUGUUAGUAUUUUAACUUUUUGUAUGUUUUAGAAUAUUGUAAUAUUUUCUUGAUUUUCUUGCUUUAUCUUUUUGUAAACCACUUUGAGAUUGUAUUUUUACAACUGAGUGGUGUACAAGGUGGGGGUACAAGUAAGCUUGGGAGAACAAUUCCUUGCCCCAACUAUUGUAUUGAAUUCCAACCUUUAACACAGCAGUAAGAAGGCUAAUUUGCAACUACUAUGAACAAUGCCAUUAUUUCUUCUCUCUUGGCAGUCUAAAUAUUACCGCUAAUAAGAAUCACAGAAGGGAAUUAUAAUCACUUUGCAAAGUUAGCAUGCUCUCUGCUUGUUACUACUAAUCUUAGCAGGAUUUCAUUUUAUUAGGUUCCUGUGAAAUUGUAACUUAGGUUAAUUCUCCCUUUUGAAGUAGUAUAUGAUCCAAUGCUUGGGUCAUUCUACCUGUGGGCUAUGACUGGCAACUGGAUGCGGUAAGUUCAGUGGCACUUACCCAUUGUUAGCUGCAAGAAGGACGUGUGCCAGAGGAUUCUUGCUUUUGGAUAGCUGAAAAUGAGAUGAAAGCGCUGGGCUGUAAUUAUUCCAUAUUCUCCUGUCAUUGCUUAAAAAAAAAGUUUGAAACUUCCACCAGUGCUUAUGGAACUCUCAUUUAAACAGAGGUGGCUGACGCUGGUUAUUGCUUCUGCUUCUGCUGAUGAAAUGGGCUAGGCUGCUUCUUUUGCUGAGUGCUUGUUUUCUCUGCUGCAGUACUAUUUUCAUGUGCUGUUUUUGAUAUUUUUGUGGCUCUCUAAAGCAAGUGCUACUAUUAGUGGCUUUGGUUUCAUCAAAUAAAAGUGGCUUACUAUUUUAAUAUAUAAAUAAAAAGAAAAGUAGCCAUUUGUUGAAAAUGUUUUCAAUGUUUGAUAUUUUACUCUUUUAUAUAUGUUGUAAGCUGCCCAGAGCAGCUGCGGGAACCCAGUCAGAUGGGCGGGGUAUAAAUAAUAAAAUUAUUAUUUAUUAUUAUCACAGCUGUCAGCUUUGUGGCUUGGUUCAGAAUGUCUGAUUUCAACCAGUCAAAUCAGUGAAUUUCACCAAAAUCAGUUAUUAGAAGUGUAAGUAGCACUGAUGGAUUUCUGUCUUCAAACUAUGGUGCAAUCCUACACAGCUUUACCAAGAAGGCAAUACAUCUGUCUUCAAAAAUAUUUUACCGUCAUGGUAGGAUGGGCUAAUCUGUCAAUGUUGGUUUCUCCCAGAUUCUCAUUUUUCCAAUCUUAAAUUCAGUUCUCCAUAUUUCCACAACAAUUUGCAGGUUGUUGUUUUUUUUAAUGUAUUCAUGAAAAUUUGCCAGAAUUUUAUCACUGCCGUUGAUUCUUAUAAAUUUUCACUGCCAGCUGAAAACUUACUUAAUUGCCCCAUCUUUUAUGUGAGGAUUGCUGCUGUGUUGUGUUGUGCUGUGCUGUGUUUUUAACAUGCUCCAUUUUGUCUGAAGGUGUAUCCUGCAUUUGAUUUUAAUGUAACACACUAUGGGAUUGUUUUGUCAGUGAAGGGCAGGUAGGACAUAUUUAAAAGAAAAUAAUUUUUAAAAAUGCCUUGGAAAAGAGAUGGCAGUUUAAUAGCACCUCUUUCAUCUUGGCAUUGAAAAUCUUCUCAUAGCAUUUUGGAUGUUGGCUGGCUGAAACGAAGAAGGCCAAAUAUAUGACACGACGGAGUGUAGUGAAGAGACAUAUGCAAAUGUUGUCAGACUUUUAACUUCCUGGCUGAUUAGUACAAAUGCAUCGUGCAGUGUUUGCCUUGCGGCGAGGAUUGUGGGGAAGAAAGAAAAAAAAGGCAUUCAAAAUGUUUUUUUUAUGGUCCCCAUGCUAAUGGUGUAUAUGCAGCUGUGCCCAUUUCAAUCACAUAUUAGUGCCUAAUCAAAAGGUAUUGUAUUCCAUUUAGCUUAAUUUCAGCUGCUGUGUGUUGUGCUGCCUGCCUUGUUCUAACUCAUCAUAGGAUUAGAUGACUCACUGGGCAUGGAGACAUCUUGGUAUUCAAAGCAAUGCCUUUUCCUGUAGUCAUUUCUCACCCACAUACAAAACAGAGUGUCAUUCACAAUUAGCAUUUUAACGUGAUUAAAACCAGGCUGACACAAACAGCAAUCUAUGGCGCUCCUUUAACUUAUGGAAGGAAAACUCAAUGUUCUACUGCUGCACGCUCCAACUAUUAUUUCUGUUUUUGCAAACACCAUUGCAUUAACUCAAAAAUAUAUAUAGUGCUCUGUCGACCAAGAAAGAACUCACUGGUGAUUUAACCAUAUUUUACAAUAAAGAGCCACAUUUAUAACUGUACUGUUUGGCCAUGUAGUGAAAGGAAAGGAAAGGAGCCUAGAAUACCCAUGGGAGAAUCUGGUGAGGAAAAAUUAGAUCCAUAAUUUUAUUGUCCCAACAGGUAUAGGAGAUGGCUACUGCAACAGCUAAUUUAGACCAAGUACCUCUUGAGUAAGCUUAGAAGUCACUGGGUAAGAAAAAAUCCUUGUGAAUGAGUAACUGAUUAAGAAACAGGGAGCAGAGAAUACGAAUAAAUGGACAGUUCACCCAAUGGAUGUUAAAAGUGGGGUCCCCCAAGGAUUAUGAUUGGGACCCAUAUAUUUUGUCUCAACAUAAAUGAUCUAGAGUUAGGGGUGAGCAGUAGCCAAGUCGGUUGAUGACACUUAAUUUGCUUACAACAGUAAAAUGAUUGUGAAGAGUUUCAAAAGGAUCUCUCAAAACUGAGUGAACGGGCCAUCAAAAGGCAAAUGCAAUUCAGUGUAAGCUAGUGUAGUUUGAUGAUAUAUUUGGGGGGCAAAAUAAUAUACAUUUCAGAUGUACAUUCAUGGGGCCUGAAGUGGUAGUGAUUGACCAGGAAGGAAUCUCACUGAAUCAAUCAAAAUAUAAAAGCAUUGUUCUAGCCCACUUCUGACCUACAAUAGAGCAGGGGGUCAAUUCUGAUGGGUGCUCCUUUGCAAGUAGCUUCUCUGAGAGUGACCUUUCUGCAGAGAAUUCCCUUGCCAAUGAGUGCCCUGCACCAGACAGCAAGGAAGAGUCAGGAGGGGCUCUUACUUUCUCCCAGAAAUGCAGCCAGUGCUCAGGGCAAGCCUUUCCCAGCUGAUGUCUACCUCUCCUCCUGCCUGAUGCCCUGCCCACUAAGAGCCAGAGAAUAUUCUCGGCCAUCCAGCCUGACCUGAAGUUAUCUGUAGCUCUCUGUACCCAACUCGUCCGAUGCCCAAGUCCCUCUGAAUAAUCACCGUUUGGCUUGGGACUCAGUCAAAUCUGGUGCACAGUCCUGUUUUCCGAAGAACCGUCAUAGGCUUGAAAGGACUAAAAUAUGCAGUGUGGUCCAAAAGCUCUGAGGUUGCAUUCAUUUUUGGUAUUAAUUUUCCAGAAAAAUUUCAGCUGAUAUCUGCACUGUCAUUCAAGCAAGCUUUGCUGUUACACUAAUUCCAGCAGAGAGAAGCAUUAGUCGCUCUCAUAAUCUUUAUACUGUGUGUGUGAGCAUGCAGGUGACUAGGAAAAUUUGUACGUCUUAUGUCUCCUUAUAGCUGAAAUAGAAAUUAAGAUGUGAAAUAUAUAUAUAUAUAUUCUCCCAUUUUAAGCUGUAGCUAAAUGUACACUGUCUAAUCAAGCUAUUGCAUCAUUUCAUCAAUUUUCUUCAUGUCUCACAUAUCUCACUAUCUGCUCCUUGCUAAGUUUUACUUUUAGGUGAAGUCAAACAAUCACAAACAUGCCCCCUUUCAGAUACAGUUUUGUGUUAGCUUUUAGUAGGUUGGGGAUGCUUGGAUAUUAAUGUGCAGUACUUUGAACUUGGUCUUGAAAUUUGUCCAGUUUUGCCUGUCUGAUAAAUCACGAGCUGGAAAAUCAUUGCCAGCUUGUUUGCUGAGUUAUUUUACAUGCUACACAAUUCUCUGCCAGAUCACUAAACCUGGGUUGCCUGGGGUGGAUAAUAUCCAGCAGCAAGGACUCUUAAUAAAGUGAAAGGGAAACCUGUGACCCCCUAAUCCCUCAACUAGAGGUUAAAAGGGAUGAGACACAUUGGAGACAAAAAUGAAAUUUUAUGUAUACACACUCAAUGAGGGUUACAAUCUUAAUUGUUACCCUGAUAGCGCACAGCACUUAGUUUCCAUCAAAAUCACUUUUAAAAAGUAAUUAAGAACUUUACUUAAAACUUCCACUGUAAACCUGUUUCUAAUUAAUCCAAUUCUUCCUAGAAUGGCUAUGUGGUCUACUAAACCAUUAAAUUAUUUCCAGCCCCCUUCUACAAUCUUUUGUUUCCCCUCAAGGAAAUACAGUAAUUUGAACUGUCCUGCCUAGCAAACUCCUAACCGCUCAGCUAAUCCCUAAUGAAGCCUUUUCCAUGCCCAAUCUAAGCCCCAUCUGAUAGUUUAGCUGUCGGGUUUAACUUUUUACUCACUCCUGAUUAGCGGACACUCCACCCAGACCUGAUUGGCUUCUGGGUUUCAAGGAGAAGGACCCAAGGUCCAUCUGUCACAGGCAUGGCUUGGGGACUUUUCUUCUAAAAGCACCUUGUGGACAGCUAAAUGGGUCGUGUUAGUUAGGUCAUGUCAUUUGCAAGCAUCAUCUAACUGGGAGAGAAGUUACUGUUAUGGGCGCACUUAGGCCAAGGGGGUCUCUCCGGCCCCUUCGCCCUGGCCUUAAAUUUGGCCCUGUGACUUUAUUAGUGAAGAACUCAAAAACCUUUGGUGAUAGCUAACUCCAAUAAAUGUCCCCACAUCCCUUUAUCUCUCCGUCCCUCACCCUCUCUCAUCUUCCAAAUGGAUUCAUAGCAUUUAGGAGUUAAGGCCUGUAAUAGAAAUCUAGUGUUAAUUGAUUUGAGACUUUCCAGUAGAUAGACAAACAAAAUACGUCCAUUUGGGGCCAUGGAAGUAUCAGGGAUUUUGUUAAAGUUCAUCCUCACCAGCUGUCAUCUUUUAAUAUGAAGUCACUUAACCUCUGCCAGAAUUCCUUGCUGCUUUUAGACUGAAUGAUCCUAGACAGAUGCCCUGGCAAUGGAUGUGCAAACCGAAACAAGAAUAUUUAUCUUCAGCUACUGCAGCUCCAUAUAAUCCAUCUUUCGCAGGUGCAGUUCCUCAGAUGGUUUGGGGGAAUAUUAAUCUAUGUUCCCACGGCAAUGUGAUGUGUGAUUCUUUUUCUGUGCAAUGUCAUAGGCGCUGAGAAAAUGCAAACUAUUAUUCUAUUGGAAACAGCAGUGGCAACCAGAUAACUCCAGUGACAUUGCAAUUACAUAGCUGUGUAAUCCCAUGAUUGACAGGAAAAUAAUGGUUACUAAAGGGCUGUUUGGUUUUAAAAGAGAAUUGUGUUUACUUAGAUAAAGACUGUUUUCAGAGGCAGGGGCAAUCAGAAGCCUUUCAGUUAGAAAAUUUAUUGAAAGAUAUUGUUUAUUGCUAUUAUUCCAUUGAACAUUUUGCUAAAUGGCUGGUGCCUUUAACAAAUGGCAUCUCAUCCUUUGUUAUCUUGUUUUCAUGCCUGGAUAUUUAAUGUAGGUAGUGCAGCACAUAGAGGGGAAAAUCCAUUAGCAGUGACACAGAUGAUAUUUUAGAAGGAAAAGUCUUGUGGUGCCAUGACUGCAAAGAGCAUAGAGUGGAGGAGCUAACCUAGCCUACUCUCAAAAAUUUCAUGGAAAGAAAAGGGGACAUAGCAUUAACAUCCUUACUGAACUCAUCCUACAUUUCUUUCUCUCUCUGCUCCAUAAUACUAGGACUUAGAAUCACCCAAUAAAGCUGGGUGGAAGGAGUCAAAGAGCAGAUAAAAGGAAGUAUUUUUUCAUGCAGCAGGUCAGUUUUAUUUAUUUUUAUUCAUUUAAACAACCUACUCUGUCCAUACAGUCUUACAGUGAAUGGCAACAUUUUAAAAAAUACAAUACAACAAUAUUUCACUGAGAUACAACUUAGUGUGACAACAGAUCAUAUGCUAACCACAUAACUGCAACAGCCAAAUCAGGGGGCGGUGCCUUAGUCAAAUGUUUGGAUGGUUUUGCACCACACUGACAUUACAGCUUUGUUGGUGUGACUCAUUGGUGCUGCAUAGCUUUUUGUUAUUAUUUUUAAAAGGCUUUAUUUAUUUUGAAAACAUAGAAAGAGAAGCAAACGAUGUUUGUUUUACAUUGUACACCAAGUAGCACAUAAAAGAAACCAUUGCUUGCAAUGCACAAAAACAACAUAACCAAAACCAUUAAUAAUAACUUCAAGGACAAUGGAUGCUCCUGCCAUGUAGAUUCCCCCUAAACCAUAAGUGGAAGAAGAAAAAGCACAUAUUUAAUAUUAUUACUAUCCAAAAACAAUCGUAAUCAUGAAAAGGAAGUCCAAGCCUAUGGAAUGUAUAUAAUGAGUUUAAGCUUUCUGAAUUCUUGCUUAAUAUAGAGGAGGGUUCCUACUGUAUUUUGUCGUGUUAACAAAACUAAGAAAAGCAUACAGAAUUUUAACAAAUUUGUCUGUCUUCGAAUAACCACACUCUAAGUGUCUGUAUCAGCUUUUCCAUGAGUGCAGGGUACCACACCUUUUGGUGCCAAUACUCAUACUCAUCCCUCCUAUGGUUGGCAAUAGUUGAACAUGCUGCAUAGUUAAACCAUGGAAUUUGCUGUUAUAAGGUGUAGUGAGAGUGAACAGGAAUGGCUUUAAAGGAAGCUGAGACAAAUCAGUGAUGAAUAAGAUUAUCAAUGGCUACUAGCCAUGAUCUUGCCUUGAGCACUAGAGGCAGUAAGCCUCUGGAUAUUCUCGUUGCUGGGGAACAUGAGCAGGAGAGUGUCAUUGCCCUCGUGCUGCUUGUGGGCUUCCCAUAGACAUCUGGUUGGCCAUUGUGGGAAGACGAUGCUGGGCUAGAUGGUGCUUUUGUCUGAGCUAGUAGGACUCUUCUUACGAUCUUAUCAGUUCUCCAGCCCUGCCCCCUCCACUAUUAUUGAAGAUUCUUCCAUUCUUGCUUAAUGCUGUAUUCCUUUAUUUUCCAACAGUUCUAUAUUCCACUAAUGUAAAAACAAAUUGUGUUUCAUACAUACAGGGUGUCAGUAAGCUCUCCACAGACAAAGCAGUGUUUUCAAGAGAUUUUCACAAAUGUGGCAGCUUGUUUUCAGAUGUUACAGUUCUGGAAACUGCAAGCAGGAGAUUGUGUCUCAGGAGGACUUGGUUGCCUGUUCAAAGGGAUAUCUGGAUACACCUAAUGUGUGAACCAGCCCGAAUGGUUUGCCUGGAAUGGACAGGUAUAUUUUUAAAAAUGUUAUUAGAUUAUAGUAAAAUAGACUAGAGAUUGACAGUCUAUUCCUGGUAUGUCAGUUCUUCAUAUAUUAAUUCAUUAGUCCUUCCUUUUUCUUCUUUACACAUUAUGUAUCUCACAGAUGAUAGACAGAGAGAGAGAGAGAGAGAGCACGCAUUUAAGCAAGAAUUUAAAUACAUGUUUUAUCUCAGUGAAACUUAUUAUGCCCUAUAUCAUACAGCUUUUGAGGUGAGAAUGGUAUCACAAAAGUUGGAGAAGUGAAAAAUCCAAUUGUGUUUUGAUCCAUAUUUGUCUGGUAGGUAUGAAUUUGGUUGCUUCACUUAAAAAAUGUGGACAUAAUGAUAUUCUUCUCCAUCCCUAAAAUAUACAGUUUCAAGAAUGCUGUGGAAUGGAGUGUAAGUCACAUAUUUAUGAGUUUUGCCUCAUACAUGGUGAUCCUCCUCCUCUGAGAGAGGAUUUAACCAAUCUGGUACUUCUCGCUUCACUAGGUUACUAUUUUCAAUUGCCAUCCAUUGUGCAGGGGUGGGGGGUGAAUUAAGCAUUUCUUCUGAUGUAAGUUCUUAAGCCUUUCUACUCCAUUUAUUUUGCCCUUAGGAUACUAUUUAUAAAGCAUCCUCCCUGUGAUAUAAAUUCUGCAAAGUACAGUCGGCUAUCACCUCUGAGUCUCAAUGUUCCAUAAAGAAUACCAUCCAUAACACUCUCAUCUCUGAAUGUAACAUUAGUCUGAAACUUGCUUUUAUAUACUAGUUCUCCACAUGCUAUUUUAUUCUUUCUGUACAUUUAGUGGCACAUUUUGACAUUGCUUGGAAAGUGGAACAAAGCAUUUUAUAUACAUUAGCAAAAUUAUAGCUUUUAAAUCUGUUCUUCUAUUUUCUUGAUAGCUAAAGGGAGCCAAAAGCCUGUUUGAAAACAUUUGAAUAGAAAAGUUAGGGAGGGCAGUCUGGAGAAGAAUAAUCAGCCUAAAACAGGAUAGUAGAAACUAAUAGCAUUACUUUUACUAAUGAUGUUGUAGCAUUGAGUUAAUGGAAUGGUCUUAAACAUGAAGCCUCUGAGCCCCUCUCUCCCACACCUGGUCAUGAGGUAGGAAGGGCAGUUACCCUAUUUCUCCCUUUCAAAGUGGGAAAGGAACUUGGAAGUGUGACACUCCCGCCUGCUUCCUCUUUCAGCUCUCUAUACGCUUUUCAAGGCUCAGAAUCUACCAAGAUCCCUUGGAAAAGUGAAGUGUGUGCUCUCUCUCACUCACAUUCUGUCUCUUGUUGGUGGACUACUCUCAGGAAACUGGGACAGGGUAUCAAUGGGCCUCACUCAAAAACCCCAAAGUGUCUAGGUGCCUAAAAAGCUAGGCAACCCCUGGUCUGAGCACUUGCGGUCAUCAAAAAAUAAGCAAUAAAGCCUGAGCUGGGCAGUUUAUGAAACAAUCCAGAAGAACACAAUAGGACUGAUAAAUUGAUUCAUGCCAACUCUGGACUUUUGGCUACCUUUGGGAAUAGCAUGACCUUGCUGCAAUAGCUACGAGAGAGAGAGAGAGAGAGAGAGAGAGAGAGAGAGAGAGAGAGGUGGCCUAUGUACACUGUGCAAAGCACCGGAAUUAAUAUUAAUCCAGCUGUGCAGAUGAAAGUAAGUGAUGUCUUACGCAGUCAUAACGUGCUCUCUCUCUGGAGUUUCACUUUAAUCCUCAAGCAAUAAUGUUUGACAUAGCAUUUGCUUUAUUCAUUGAAACGUUACAUGGAGUUCAACAGUCUGAAGGGCUUUUUCCACAAUGCACUCAUCUUUCUUCAUCUCUGCGUCAUUUUGUCGUUAGUCUCGGAAUUUGGUCCUUUGUGCUAUUUGUCCUUUCUGGUACCCUAAAGCAUGCUGUGGGGGUGGGGCAUUUUCUCACUUGUUUUGAUUGCUUCAUCUGGAAACCCCACUUUCCAUUUUGCCUUAUUUACAUUUUGGAAAUGUAAUGGGAAUAGGAAACUGGAGCAAAAAUUGUGGGUGACCUUUUAGACUCUCAGAGUGGCUCAGUUUAAGAAUCCUGAAAUCAACAGGCCCCUCCUUUAUUGUGAUCAAUGUCACUGUUUUUCUUUUAAUCAACAUCACUAUCCAGCACUUUGACAGGAAUGUUUUGCAACCCCAACCAACCUUCCAGGUGUGGGGGAUGGGUUUUGUUUUUUUUUUUUUUUUGCAUAAACUGUGCUGCAGCUGUUGGAUUAGCAUUGGUGAGACCUGACUUCAAAUCCCCAUUCAGCCACGAAGCUCUCUGGGUGAUUUUUGGCCAGCCACCCUUCUCAACCCAAGCCCAAUGGGGUUGUUGUGAAUAUAAAAUCAGGAUGGGGAAUGGGAGAAGGACCUUAAACUUCUGGAAGGAAAGCGGAGAUAUAAAUGUAAUAAAUAAAUAAAUGGACACUUCAGUGUUGUCACAAAAAGCUUCCCCAACUCUCACCUGGCCAUAGAGAUGACUCGGCAAAGACCCUUCAUCAGUGGCGAAGUGGUGCACACAGACACUUGCAAAGUUACGUGGAUCAGGGCCACUGUGUUUUCCAAACCAACUGUUAUUUGAAUCCCCAAAAGCAUUUUGCAAUAGCCGCUGUCUCCACUAUUGUAUUUCCCUAUGAACAUUUCUUCUAGAAUAUAAACUGACUAUUGUAUAGAAGGGCAACGGCACAAGGCAUCGAUAUAUUGAUUUUCUAAAGAUGUGCACUUGGGGUUAAAAAAAAUUAAAGCAUCGCAUGAAUAGCAUGCUUUGGGUUGCCACUACUUUAACCAUGUUGUGACGCAUCAAGAGCCAUGUUAUAUGGAUAGCUAUUUAUUUAAAAACAAGUAAAGGGUACUUAUCACUUUAUGCCUUUGAGAGGGAAGAUUACCCUUCACCCUCAUAAGGCCCUUCACUCCCUCUCCCUCUCCCCCCCCACUCUCUCUCUCUCUCUCUCUCUCUCUCUCUCUCACUCACACACACACACACACACACACACAACCUCCCUUGAAAACAAAGAAGUGGUGUCCCAAACUGGGGGUAAGUCUGUGUUUCUAGGCCAGGAAGGCUGCCAAAAUGACUGAAAGCUUGUAGAAAAACAGCCAAAAUGUUUUCUGAACAAAUACAGAGAUAAAUUUAGCUUCCAGCAAAAAUAGGUACACUUGUAUGUCAUGCAAGACUUCAGGGGGAAAUACAGCCUGGUCCACCCUGUAUCAUUUCACAAAUAAUUCAGCUACUGUUUUCUUCCACACAAUGUUAAUCUCCAAAACAAUUUAUUGCUCGCAAGUGGUUCCUGCUUAUACUAUCUGUCUGUGUGCUCUGUCCAUCAUAUACAUUUAUUCUGUUCGAGUGUUACCAGAGCAGCAUGGUAUUGAGUUAUGCGGAACAAUGAAACAUGGUACUCCAAUUAUAUAUUAGGCUUGUGGAGCAAGUGGAUAGGGAAAAAAUUCCCCCAUCUCUCAUAAUACUACAACUUGGGACAUCCUAUUGCUGGCAUCCAUUUGGUCUCAGGAGACAAUGGAGGAGUGUGCCUUUGUUUCAAACCAUUGGAGUGCCUGCCUGCUGUGGCUGUAGAGACUGAGGCAGGAUAGACAUGCUUUGUUGCAGCUGGGGCAGAUGAAGGCAUCUGGUUGUGCUGCUGCAGAUGCACCAUAACAUUUCCUUUCUCUGUGCUCCUCCCAGCAGCCAUUUCCCCUCUCAUCACUGCUGUGGAUACAUGACCUGUUUGUCUCCAAGCACAGAGGUCGUAUGCAAGGGAUUUCCACAUGGCGGGGUUGAUGUUGCCAGCCUUCAUGUCAUGUUUGCAGACAUCUUGAUAACACAGAGUUAGUCUGCCAGCAAGCCUGGUGCCUGAAUCCAGCUCCCCAUAAAGCAUGUGCUUGUGGAUCCUGUCAUCUUCCAUUCUGUGCACAUGGGGAUCACAGGUGGGAAGAAUACAUUUCCGAGCACAAUUCAAAGUGUUGGUGCUGACCUUUAAAGCCCUAAAUAACCUCGGCCCAGUAUACCUGAAGGAGUGUCUCCACCCCCAUCAUUCUACCCGGACACUGAGGUCCAGCACCAAGGGCCUUCUGGCGGUUCCCUCACUGCGAGAAGCCAAGUUACAGGGAACCAGGCAGAGGGCCUUCUUGGUAGUGGCGCCCUUCCUGUGGAACGCCCUCCCACCAGAUGUCAAAGAGAACAACAACAACCAGACUUUUAGAAGACAUCUGAAGGCAGCCCUGUUUAGGGAAGCUUUUAAUGUUUGAUGCAUUACUGUAUUUUAAUAUUUUGUUGGAAGCCGCCCAGAGUGGCUGGGGAAACCCAGCCAGAUGUGCGGGGUAUAAAUAAUAAUAAUAAUAAUUAUUAUUAUUAUUAUUAUUAAUAUUUAUUUAUUUAUUUAGAUCCUGCUUUUGCAAUUCCCACAGGCAUCUGGUUGGCCAUUAUGAAAACAGGAUGCUGGACUAGAUGGGCACUGUAAUUUCAUGGUGAAUUUGGAAACAAGGGAACUGUAGCUCAGCGUAGAAUGCCCCAGGUUUACAACCUGGUGUCUCCAAGUAUUGCUUAGAAAAACACCUGCCUGCUACCCUGGGAGCUCAGUGGGCUAGAUGGACCCAUGAUCUAACUUGGCAUAACAUCCUUAUGCUUCUUAUAUUAAUUUUUUGGGGAAGUUGCAUAGCUCAGUGGUAGAACAUCUGCUGUGCAUGCAGAAGGUCCAAGGUUCAACCCUCGACAUUUCCUCUUAGGGCUGGAAAAUGCACAGGUUUGAACCCCUGAACAGCUGUUGCAAGUCAUUGGAGACAGUUCUGAAAUCAAUGACCUAAUGGAUAGCCAUAUGUUCCAGUAGGUGGCAUGUGUAGAAUGAGCCCCACUGCAGUUCUUGCACAGCCUAGUGUUCCAGCUUGCACAGCAGAGUGCACCACUUUGCUUCUUCCAUCUGAUUUCCAGGAAGCAUCUAAUAUAGAGUCCCAGUGUAUCACUCUGAAAGCACUGAAGCAGCAGCAAUAAAUGAUCCAAGGUUGUACCAAUGGAGUGAAGGAUGCAUCUCAUUUUCUGUCUGCCAGGUAGGUGAAAGUUCAUUGGGAAUAGUAGUACCUCAUCCCCAUUUUCACAACUUCCAACAGCUUCACCCUUCCCUGAUCACAGACUGGUGGGUACUAUUGGCAAGCUCAUCCUCAGUAUGUGGGUCAUUAUGUAUAUUGCCACCUAUGCACAAGUGAGAAGCUCCAGAAAUCCCAAGGUUUGCAGAAGUAUGAAAAAAAUCUUUAGAAAAAAGCUCUAGUGUGGUGUAAAAGAGCCAGUGUGGUGUAGUGGUUAAGAGCAGUGGUCUCGUAAUCUGGGGAACCGGGUUCGCGUCUCUGCUCCUCCACAUGCAGCUGCUGGGUGACCUUGGGCUAGUCACACUUCUCUGAAGUCUCUCAGCCCCACUCACCUCACAGAGUGUUUGUUGUGGGGGAGGAAGGGAAAGGAGAAUGUUAGCCGCUUUGAGACUCCUUCGGGUAGUGAUAAAGCGGGAUAUCAAAUCCAAACUCUUCUCUCUAAGUGGAAGGAGCGGACAUAAAAUAGCUCAGGGAGGAUCAAACAUUUUCAGUGUCUAUGGAAUGCCAACUCACGCUUGAUGUAGGGAAAUGUGAAACAUGGAGAGUGGAAAUUGAAUAGAAUAUUGUGGGAAAGGGCAUGACUGGCAUCGUGAACAGUCCACACUGCAACAUUUUGCAGAACCUACUUGUAUGUAUGCAUAAUGUAUGAUCCAUGUCCAUGCACAGCCUUAGACCUGACCUUCCUUGGUUUUUCUCUGUCCUAUGAGAACAUACAUAUCUUGACAUCUCUCUGAAGAAUGCCAUCUCCCUAUGCAAGCAAUGAACAGUUCAACAGAGAAAUGCACUGACAAAUAAAAGAAGGAUAUCCCAUCUGGCUCUUUGUUCGGCCAGUAUAAUGCACAGCUCCUUUCCAUUAAUGCAGAUUCUUGCUUGUGAUUCUGUGUUGUAAGCCUAAUUACUCUCAAUUUAUUUGCUCAGCCCUGCAUUUGCUAUCUGCUGUUCCAUAAAUAUGAAAUUAUCUAAAUCCUUUUAUAUCUGGCUGUAAUACCUAAUUAUUCCUCAUUUGUUUUUAUUCUCUCCCAAUUUAGAAUCAUCUGUAAAGUUGAAGAUCGUAUUUUUGUAUCAUAAUAAGAGCUCUGAGAUGCUAAGGAAGGAAGAAAAAAAGUUCCAUUUUCUCCUCCCCUUCUCUCAGAAAAAAAGUAACAAGUGAGAGCUGUAUGAAAUGAUAAGGAAAGGAAUGAACACAAGAGUCAAAUAAAUUAAGGAGAAGUUAAAGAACCACAUCAGAUAACGUGAGAUAUUACUGUGACCAGCACCCAUAUAAAGGCCAUAAUAAAGUAUGGCACAGAAACACUGUAUUUGGUGAAUUGAGAGGCCAGUUGUAUGAGUGAGGCAGUUCCUUCAGGUGGCACAUAUUGAGGGACAGGCUAGCAGUCCCAUAAAUAAGCCAGUCUUGCACCCUUGAUGAUGCCCAGGUGCUGUGGAGGAGGAUGCCCUCUUCCCAGUGUUGAUGUAUCAUUCAGCUGCCAAUCCAGCUGUAUUCGACAUGCUAAAUGAGAGGGUGCCAUGUUGUCCUUUUGCCCCAGGCAACAAAAUGUCUCUGACUGGCCCUGGUGAUUUGUCAGACCUCUCCAUUCAAUCUAAAUGAGAAAUGUUGUCUCUAAGAUCGCCUUCUCCUUUCAUUCAUAAAAGAAGAAAGUUCCAUGUGCAACUGGAGGCAGGCAAGCUCUGCACACAGAAUAAAAUCUAAAAGAGUGAGGCUGGCAGGCUAGGAACUGAAAUUGGUUUUUUAAAAAAAUAAUAACAAUAAUCCCCAAAUGUUCCACAUUCACACUUGUUGCUGCCUUUAACAGGAAAGAUAAUGAGCCAUAUUUUAUCCAUUGUUUCCUCCGUCUGGCUCACUAUUUUUAAAAACAUUGUAAAAUCAAAAAAGUUACAAAGGGUUAUCUGGCCAAUAGCAAGAUCAAUGAUCUCUCCAGCAGAAUGCAAAGUUCUGCCAGGGAACAUUCCAGCUUAGUCCACGCAGCAGCCUCAUCCAGGUGCAGGUGUGACAAAUUUCUGCCAAGAGGCUUAUUACUAUCAUCAUUCUUAAGACUAUCCUCUCUCUUCUCUUCUCUCAGGUGCAGAACCCGGCACCUGUGUUAAAUUGCCAUCUCAUACUGGUCUAACAGCUCUGGCUUCAAUCUCUGUGAACAUUAACCUCAAGAGGAGCCCAUGGGGAAGCUGGAUGUGUUUUGAUGAUGGCUGCUUUGUUUUCUUUGUGAAUCAGGCACGGAAGCAAAGCUUGCUUCCCACAUUAACCCAAGUGGGCUGAGGACGAAGACAGAUGCUUAUUUUCCUUUGACCUUUCCUUGCCAAUGCCACCUUGAAAGGUUUAUCUGAAAAUUAGCUAGCACAAGGAUUAGCCUUAUUCAGCAACUUUGUUGUGAAUCGGAUUUUACAAAAUAAAUGAACAUUGGAUAUAAAACCAAUCUAUAAUAAUUAUCACCCUAGUUAUCUCGUCAGGUUCAUUGCUUGGGUCCAGGUCAAGAUACCAUGGAAACUAUUCAAGCUAUAUUGUUGAAAAGUAAGAGUCCUCUCAGAUUUCCUUAUAAAUAACAAAGUGCCCACCCGCCCUAUAGAUUUAAUGCUGCACUUUAAACAGCCAUGGCUUCUCUCAAAGAGUGCUGGGAAGUGUAGCUUGUUAAGGGCGCUGAGAGUUGGCAGAAGACUGCUAUUCCCCUCACAGGGCUGCAGUUUGCAGAGUGGUUUAACAACCAGUCCCUCUUCCCAGAAAACUAGGGAAUUGUGGCUGUACGAGAUAAAUAGGGGUCUUCUAAGAAUUCUAAACAUCAUUAACAAGCGGCACUUCCCAGGUUUCUGUGGGCGGAGCCAUGACUGUUGAAAGUGCUACAACACAAUAAAAUGCUGCUACUCACCAUACUAGGUUCCCAAACAGGGUUAGGAUUCUCACACUGACUAUUUGUGAAAGACUACUAUGGCAAAUGUGAUGGAUGUAAUGUGGGGGACGGGGGGCCUCCUUAUACUUGGAUACAUGAUUAGAAGAUAGAAGAAACUAAGAAGUCCAUCAGAUCUAGUAGGCUAGAAAGGUGACCAUAAAAAACAGCCUUGUUGGAUCAGGUCAAAGGCCCACCUACUCCAGCAUCUUGUUCUCACAGUGGCCAACUAGAUGCCUCUGGGAAGCCAGCAAGCCAGGACCAGGGCAGAGCAAAUCUGUAAUUCCCAGCAGUUGGUAUGCAGUGAUACUGUAAUAUAUCAUCCCGAGUAAUGUGUGUUUCAGGUAUAACAGUAACGUGGCUGCUCUAUAAGCAAGAGCAGUAUAGAUAUAUUAAUAUCAAUUAACCUAUCAGUAUUAUCAUGCAGUAUUAUCAAAGAUUACACUCACAGAACAUCUAGUAUUGAUUAUAGGAAAAUGCUGCCCCAUCUUUUGCUGCACUGAUUUGCAAAAGCAUACAACGUGUCACACAGUUUCUCUUUCCUUAUAGAAAUAUUUUUAGAAUUAAGCUGUACAAACAUUAUUUUGAAUCUAUUGUAAGUAAAGUGUGCUUAAAAACCUACAUAUGCAAGUGAGGCCACAAAAACAAACAAUUAAAAAAUUGCAAAAGAAAAAAAAUAAUGCUAAAUUUGUACAUCUAGUUUAUUGCUUCAAAUUAUGGAGUAAUUUGAGAACUCUGUGAAGUCAACCUUGGAUCCUGCAAGGCAGACCUAAUCUACAUGUACAUAAUUUAGAUUUUAUUGAGUUAAGAAUGAUAUAAUAAAACGCUGAAAUCAACAAGAUAGAGAGAUAAGAUUGAUUCAUGUAGGCUCAGGCUACAUAUUUUAGGGGGGGAAAUCUACAAAAGCAAAUUAGGAAAUUUUAAUAAGCUGGAGAAUAUUAUCAAAAGCAGGUCCAACAAGCCCAUUGGAAAACUCAAUGCAGUGCCAUUUGCAUUCACGCUCCAAAUUCUUAUCUUGCUUUUUUCUUAUCAACGUGGCAUUUUCAUUCCAGCGGAAGAUAUUUUAGGUUCCGUUUCAGCGUUACUUUCCUCACUGAAGUUACAAUUCAGUCUGGGUAAGUGAGAUAAAUUUUGCUGGUCAGCUGUGCAGUAUUAAUUCCUCCACUGGCUGUUUGCCAUGUAAGCAACAUUCCCCCCCUCCAACUAUAUUUUCUAGUUCUGACAUUCUCUUGUUUAGGCUAGCAUAAUUCUUUUUUAGAAUUCUUUAAACCCAUUCCUGUUUAUAAUGGAACAUUAUACAAGGGUAAUCACAAGACUGACAGUGGAAUAAGUCUGUUUGAAGUUUCUGGGUCACUCCUUUUUUGAAUUUCAUUCUGGUAGGCGGGAUUAGCAGCUAAAAAUUAGCAUUGUAAUAGCAAAAGCCAAACAAAUGUAGGAAGCCAAGUUUAUUGUCACAUCUUAAGGAUGAGGCCAGCUAGGAAUAGCCAUUUUUAUUACAGAAUAAUAAAUCUCACUAAAAAUAACAACAGAGCCUAUAGUCUCUGACGUGAUCUAUUUUUAUCGCAGAUGCAGCUUGCCAGGUGGGGCAGAGCCACUGCCCUAGGUUCCUGGCAGGUGGGUGUCACUGUUGCUCACCUGGAGAGUGAGGGAUGAGAUGGUGGUGAAGUCGACAGGGUGGAAACACACCAGCAGGAGUGCCAUGUUGGUUCUGGCAGUGCAUUUGCACUGUGCCAACCUCCCUGCCACUUUGCACCGCCCAGUAAGACACAGUGGCUCACCUGCCAAGAAGUUGGUUCAGUGGCUCUGUCUCUGCCAGGAAGCCACUUCUGGUUUUUUGUGUUAUCUCAGGCUGCAGUUUGAAACCUAUGAACUAGGGAAUAAGCCCUACUGAAUACAGUGGGACUUCUGAACAGUCACCAAAAUGGUUCCUCACAGGAAUAUUAAUCAACAGUGGCAGUCUUCUGUUCCUGCUGAGUUCACAUUGCCCCAGAGUCUCAUUUCUACUGAACAAUACAUCUGAAUCUGUAUUGGCUCCGACUGCAACUGUUUUAAACGAAUCUAUUUCUCAAGCAGCAUGAAUCUUUCUCUUUGGGCACUGUGUACGGCUAUUAGAACAUGGUUAAACAAUUCAGGCCUAACUAGCAUUAGGCCAUUAAGAAUAGUUGACAUAUUUCAACUAUUCUUGAAGGGUUUUGUAAGAGCGAUAUUUUGGAAUUUUCACAAGUUGUUUCGUGGUUUUCUUUUGUUUUUAAAGGUAUAAAUGAACAGUUGUAGUUAAGUGGGGUUAAUUGGGCUUCGUUUAGCAUGGUGAAGCUCAUUACAGCAGCAAAAGCAUAAUGUAGGAGAAUUAAUCGUCCAAUGCUGUGUGUCUGAAAAUAAAUAGAUCUUAGGAACACUAGGUACAUUUGAAAUUUUGAGAUUGUAUUGUGGGGUGGGUCCCAAACACAAAAUGGCUGCCAUGAGGGCAUGGCAGAACACAUUCUGACUGUCGUGGGGUGUGGCAUAAAUAAGCAUAAAAGAGACAGAACCACAAUGGGAAUAUAGGCACCUAUAUCAGCCACAGCCACACUCAAAGAGAGAAGGACUUUGCAUCUCUUCUCUGCUCAGAAUAGAAGAGUGGAUGGAUAUCCAAUCUUGGCAUCCAUUGAAAGAUGGACGGCAGGGGGGUGUUCAGAGUAGGAGCCAUCAAGCCAGUGCAAACAGAAUAUUCACAGGAAGAGCAAUGAAUCUCUUUUGCGUUGUGAAUUGAUUAUCUAAUGCAAUAUUUUAAGCAUCACAGUGACAGAAAAAGAACGGCUUGUAAAGAAAUGUUUGUAGUAAGCAUUAAGCAUUCCCAUAAAAAAAGUCUGGUUCCAAACAUGAGAUGAUAUAACAGCACUGUCUAAUUUACACCUGCAUCUUUGUCAUCAGAGGACUACAGGAUCCAUGUGAUGAAUUAUUGUAGAUGAACUAUGAAAGAUCUAACCCAACAGAGAGAAUUCAUAUAAACUUUAUUCAGCUAAGCACCAUAUAUCUCAAUGUAGUGAGUCGACUCAUUCAGCUGCCACCAGUCGAGUGUUGAGAAAAGAAUCAUGGGAUGCACAUGCAUAUGUGAACCAGCUCUUAGUGACUGGCUUUUCAAAGAAAUUAAGCUUCCCAGUAGCCUUCUCUGCUUGGCUCCUUUUGUGCAUGGACCUGACAUUGUACCAGCAACAGGACCUAUUGAUAUAAGAUCUGCCAAAAUCUCAGCUGCCAUUGUCACGUCUCUGCCUCUCCCAUCCUUGCAUCUAAUUGCUUCAUUCCAUUGGCUCUUGUGUUUCUUUUUAUAUUGAUCUCAUUAGCAUUCCGCAAGAGUUCCCUGCUGUCAGCUUUCUUGUUUGCCUUUUGCUGUUACUGUGGCUCUAUUUUCUUUGUUCACUUUUCUGUCAUGUUUCAUCUUACCUGUCUGUUGCGAGUACUUUAUGUACCAUUUUUUAACACUGUGCUUCCUUUUAUGAAUCCCGAUUUUUCCAAUAUUUAAGUCAUUUUGCUCAUGUUACAUCUGGAUUCCAGCUUGUGUCUGGUGUCCGUUGGACAUCAGACUCAGCACUUGGACCAUUAAUCUGUCUAGGUCAGUACUGUCAACUCUGGCUGGCAGUGAAUAUCCAGGAUUCCAAACAGGAUUCUCUCCCAGCCCUGCCUAGAGAGGCCAGAGAUUGAAACUGAGACCUUCUCCAUGCAAAACAGGGGCUCUGCCACUGAGCUAUGGUCCUCCCUAAUUCAAGGGGCCUCAUUCAAGUCACCACAACCUGUAGGUGGCACCAAACUGAAUAAGCAAUAUCUUAAAGACCUUGUUUAUUUAAGUUUUGAGGUCUUUAUAAAAGUCCCAGAGCUAGAAGAACAAAUCAUAAUGGUGAUAACAGGGUGUUUUAUUCAUGUAGCAGAUUUUUGAAGAGCAAGAGUUAGGAAUAAAGCAAGAAUAAGCAGAUGGAGUCAAAUGGGGUAGGGUGGAAGGAGUUGGAAAUAUAAGAAAUGUAAUAAAAAGCAUGAUGUCCUUAAAACUGAAGAGAUUAGAAGACAUAUGAGAUCCAAAAACGGACAGAAUUUCAAAACUGUAAUAAGCCAGAUCAAUGACUGGUGAAUGAAGAACAAAGAAAAUCUUUGCAGCUCCCAAUAUUUGUACUUCUGUUAUGCUCUUUGAUUCACAAAUAGUCAUUUAUUACAGCAUGUUUGUGUGCUUUUUUCUGUGAAUUUUAUACUAGGAACUGGCUUCCCUUAGGCUAUUAACUGGCACAGGGCCCAAAUGAAAUUGAUCCUUUUGGACUUGGUAAUUCACACUUUCUGAAACAAUGCGUGAAAUGAAACACAGCCAUCUUUCAAAACUUCUGCUUAUCCAAGUUUUGUGAUGCAAUUCUCCAGCCAAGCAACGUGUACACAAAUGCAUAUACUAAAAAGUGUACAAAAAUACAUUUAUUAGUGAAAAUAGCAUGCAAAAAUGUGUAUAUUAGGGAACAUUGUAGACACAAAUGUGUACAUUAGGAGAAAUUCGCACUAAAAUACAGAUGAAUUUUCAUGAGGAUUUUGGUUUUUUUUAAGAUCAUGAACUAAUGUAGAAAUGUGGAGAACUGAAAACUGGAAAACAGGAAACUGAGAGAGAUAGAAACUAACACAUUUCUGACCUGGGCAGCUGUUAGAUGGGCAGUGGUGGCUUUCGGGAGGGGCACUCUGAGAAAAGGAUCCUGGACUAGAUGGGCCAUUGGCCUGAUCCAGUAGGUUCUUAUGUUGUGGUACUGAGCUUUGUUAACUUCUGGUGUGAAGACUUAUGUGAGUUUGCUGUAACAGAGACACAGAUCCUUACACUCAAGGAGCAAGAGCUACGCAAGAAUCUAGAUUCAUGGUUUAGGGUGGUAGUGAAUUAGACAAAUAAUGAACAUGGCUAUUCUUAAAGUCCGUACUUAUUGGGCAUGUUAGCUAAUAAAAUAUAACUAGAAAUUAAUCAAAUAGUACAACAUUCAAUGAAAUUUGAGGAAACGGCAUUUGCUUCAAGUCUGAAAAUGUAGGUCCAAGGAAUUUUUCCAAAAAAUAGGCAAUAAUAAGUUGGAGAGAGAAUGUGUGAUGUUUGGUUUCAUGUUGGAAGAGUAGCAUUCUAAGACUAAGGUCUCAUUACGUUAUUUCGACCUCCCCCUCCCCCCCGGUCCCCGGGUACAGGAUUUCUAAAGAAACCCCCAAAGGCUACAUCUGGAAGGCUGAAAUAUAUGUUCACCUAGAGAUGAUAUUAGAUGCUUUAUGAUUAUACCAGAACACACCGUUACAUAAAGCACUUUGACAAGACACCUCAUGCAGAUUAAUUACAUUUCAGGAUUCUAAGGGGAACAUGCAUUUAAAAGGACUUGGGAGUGAUUUUUCAUAUCAUAUUAAAGGACAAGAAAAAAGUAUCAAAGGACUAGAGGGUGCCUGAUCCAGUUCUUGUAUUUUAAGAGAUGUGUCAACAGAGAAUUCAGGAAAGAAUAUCAGAUCUCUACAUCUGACUUAUGUUGUCUCAAGAUAUUACUUUUCAGAAGGAUAAUGUAGAAUUUAGAAAUGUAUAAGGAAGAAAGCUCAUUGCUGAUAUAUGAAAGAACCUCCGGAUCUUAUGAGUAUGCUUGAUUCCUCUAUGGAAAUCUUUAAUGGCUCAAUAAAAGUAAGCAAUAGAAUAUAUAUUUUAACAGACCUUGAGAGCUAAAAUACAGUUAUAAAACCUUCCAUCUAUAGUAGAUUAUCCCCCCCCCCAAAAAAAAAAAUUCUUACUGAUGUAGAAAUCCUUGGCCAUGUAAUCUUUUCUGAUGAUUUCCACCCCAUCAUGCAUCAAGGUUAGCAAGUGGACUCUUUGCAACUGGGGAAGCAGGGAAUAGGCAGAUAUGAACUGUGGUCUAGGCUCCAUCUAUAUCUGAAUGGACAUGGAAUUAGCUAAGAUCAGGGUGGAGAGAGGUAGCAUAAGAAGAGGAUCAAAGACCUGUUCUUGCAGUGGCCAACCAGAUGCUUAUGAGGCUAAGUUAGUGAGUGCUCCUCUCCUCAAAGCUGUUCACAAUGUGCUUUGGUCCUAGUUUCUGAUCGGCAGCACUCAGGAAACUAUGUGCUGGUGAUGCAUCACGGUGCUGGUGAUGCAUGCAGGCUACAGCAGAAGCAGAAACAAUUCUAGUAAAAACAGUAAAAGUGAGUGAUAUUGAAUACGAGUGGGACCUGCAACAAACAAUUGUUAUGUAGAGAGAUCCUGUUCAGUGUUCCAGUCAGUCAACCCUCAUGCUUGAUACCCCAAUCCAGUUUAAAAGCAAAAUGGGCCAUCAAACAAAUAAGGCAGUGGUUUUUACAUACUGGAGAGACUCCCUAGAUAUGCAUAAAUAUUUUAAAAUCUUUUUUUUAAAAAAAACUUAAAUGUAUGUAAUAACCAGUGCUUUUUUUUUCUGGGGAGGACGCAGGGCUACACAUACCCCUAAACAUUUUAUGAAUCUAAGUUUGGCCUCAAGGGGCAAUCUUUCAAUAUGAGUAGGAAAAUGAGAGUACCCCUAAACAUUUUUUUAGGAAAAAAGCACUGGUAAUAACCCAUUAGUUUCCAGACUUAAUGGAUUAAACAAACCUCCUCCUCCAUUGGUGAUCACUCAUAGCUGAGUAAGAUUGUCUUCCAUGAACACGGUCUUAACAGUGAGUCUGUAAGUGACUAUGGAGACCAAUUCUGGAUCUACACAUCCAUCCACAGUGGGGACAUAGGUUUCCUUGUGAGAGUUGAUCAUGAUGAGGGUUUGCCAAACGUGCCUUUCUCUUACCUUGUUUCUCCUUUUUGUCCUGAGUUUGAGUGUCCUUAAAGUCCAAACCAGGCAGAUUUCAGGCAGAUAAAUGCAUCUUUUCCAUCCUCAGCCUUCCUGCAUUGGGGCAUUGGGUAGGAAGGUCUAAUCCAGGUUUCCUCAACCUCAGCCCUCCAGAUGUUUUUGGCCUACAACUCCCAUGAUCCCUAACUAGCAGGACAAGUGGUCAGGGAUGCUGGUAAUUGUAGUCUCAAAACAUCUGGAGGGCCAAGGUUGAGGAAGCCUGGUCUAAUCCUUAUACAGUGGUACCUCAGGUUAAGAACUUAAUUCGUUCUGGAGGUCUGUUCUUAACCUGAAACUGUUCUUAACCUGAAGCACCACUUUAGCUAAUGGGGCCUCCUGCUGCCGCUGCACCGCUGCUGCACGAUUUCUGUUCUCAUCCUGAAGCAAAGUUCUUAACCCAAGGUAAUAUUUCUGGGUUAGCGGAGUCUGUAACCUGAAGUGUCUGUAACCCGAGGUACCACUGUAGUAAACACUGAUCCUGUCCUCCACACAAUUGGGAGCACUGAGUAUUCAGCCCAGCAUGCUCACAAUCUGCACCAGACCUUUGCACAAAGAGUGGUAAUAGGGCUGGGAGGUGAUUUUCCUGUAGCCCCUCCAAAUAUACAACUUAAGAUGUCAGCUGUUGCUGGCUAGUGUUCAUACAUUAAAAACACUUGAUAAAUUUAAUAUUGCCAGAGAGUCUUGUUCCUGAGGGUCCUGAUGUAACAAAUUUGCACCCAUGAUUCCUGGGGCGGCAAAUGAUACAGGGCUGUUUGCCUGCUUCCAUACAUGGCUCUUCUUCUCUGAGUCAUCUUGACACAAAAAAGUUUGCAGUGUGAAAUCGGGAGCAUGUCAUUUUUCAGAGUUCUCUAAUCAGACACUUCCCUUAGACUUGCUUGAAUACAAGUGCUACACACUGCGUUUGCUUUGCUUGUGGCUGGUAUUUCCCAGGAAAGAUUUCUGUUCCCUUGUUUAUACUUACUUUGAUGAUCAUUCUCAAAUAUUUGCUCCCCUCCCCCAGACUUCUCUCAGAGGUGUGCCCCUAUUGAAAGGAAAACUUUCUUCCAUGUUCAUACAGGAAUGGACAUAUCUGUCUAGUUCUGGCCUGUAUCAUUUUCAUAUGUGUUUGUUCAUAACUCCUCCUCUCCAUCCUGUUUGCACAUCUAUCUGCAUUUUUAAAAUACAAAAAUCCACACUUAAACACAUAUGUAAUUACAUAUUUAAUCACAAACUACUUAUUUGACUCCAUAUAAACAUUUCUAAAGUUAUUUAUUUAUUGCUUUUGGGUACCCUUUGUUCAGCCAAAAACUUUAUUGUCAAAUUCAGAGAAGUGUGAAAUCUGAAGGAUAAUUAAUGUGAUCCCUGUGUCAGUCUGGGAGGUGCAAAUUAGAUCAGUUUCACUUUGAAAAUAUGAACCAAAUGAAAUUCUUGUCUAUCCCUGUUCUCAUGUAGUUACGCCAAAGCAGCAGCACUAGCUGUGUCUCAGGAGAUGGGCCAGUCAUGAAAAGCUAAGCAUUGUUAUCACUCAACAGUAAAAAGAUGGUGUGGGCAGUAGCUGUGUGGCUUCAGAUUUAUUUGAGGCUAACUCUUAAUAUCCCCCCCAAAUGUGCUGUUUACCCUUCAGAUCCAGAAAGAAAGUGAUGAGCUUUCCUUCUUUUGUAACCUUAAAAUAAAGCACAUAAAGGAAAACAUUGUCCUCAUGGCUCAAUAGAUUAAACCUUGAAAUGACACUUGAGAAGCAAGAGCUGUAGAUAAACAUACCUUUGUUUUAUAAGAAUUCACAGAUAGUAGCUUGGAGGGUUUCCUAUGUGGAGUUUGUUUCCACUUUUUCUGUUUAUGAGCUUCAGAAAUGUUUUAAGCCAGAAGGGCUGAGGCAUGGAAAAUCAAUAUGGAGCCCUUCAAAUAAUUUGAACGGAAACUCCCCCCAUCCCCAAAUGUUAGCUAUGCUGGCUGGCACUGUUGGACUUUGGAAAACACCAUGCUGGUCUGAGGGCUGUUGGGUUGUGCUAAUAUUGUGUGAGUGCUUUGUUUGUUUGUUUGUUUGUUUGUUUGAUUGUUUUAUUUGCAAUCUGUUGUAAGCUGCCGAAAGAAUUUUUCAGUGGAAACAUGAGAUACACACCUGUAAAUUAAAUAAAUAUGCAUAUUAAUAAUAAUAAAUACAUAUCUUUCCAUGGGUUUGAAAAGCAACUUGCAGGCAAGUCAUGUGUGGAAUUGAUGCUGGCCUCAUUUCCUACUUCGACAGCCCUUGUUUAAAAUAAAAGAUUGAGAAGAAGAAGAAGAGUUUGGAUUUGAUAUCCUGCUUUAUCACUACCCUAAGGAGUCUCAAAGCAGCUAACAAUCUCCUUUCCCUUCCUCCCCCACAACAAACACUCUGUGAGGUGAGUGGGGCUGAGAGACUUCAGAGAAGUGUGACUAGCCCAAGGUCACCCAGCAGCUGCAUGUGGAGGAGUGGAGACGCGAACCUGGUUCACCAGAUUACGAGUCUACCGCUACACCACUACACCACACUGGCUCUCUUUUAGGCACUCAACCUAGACACCCAAGGGCAAAAGCAUGUAGAAGGACGGGGGUCCACACAUAGAACUUGUCCCCAGUCUCACUGGCUGUGCCUGCUUCUCCCCUGACCUUGGCAUGUUUAGCCUGCAGGUCUGAGGGGGACUUGUAAGUGCCCUUACAAGCCUCCUCAUAAUCAAGAUCCCUGUCAAUGGCAAUAUGCAGAACAUGAUGGAUCCAUCCGUUCCUGCAACUUCUUGGUGAUUAUUGUGUGAUCACAGUGACAAUUUUGGAAGCUGCUGCUGCUGUUGUCUUAGCUAUUGUGGUGUGGUGCUGCUUUCAAAGUAUAGCACAGGUGGAGCCUGAGUGGAUAUUUCAUACAUGAAUUUCACUGAAGUGAUCAAACCUUCAUGUCGACUGCCUGGGCACCUGCACUUGAACUCAGGAUGAAAGGGAGAAAUGAGCUAAGAGCAAGGCAUGUUUGGCAAACCCUCACCAUGAUCAACUCCCACCCGGAAACCUAUGUCCCCACUAUGGAAGGACAUGUGGAUCCAGAAUUGGCCUCCGCAGUCACUUAUGAACUCACUUUUAAAACUGUGUUUAUGGAAGAUAAUCUUACUCGGCUACAAGUGAUUGCCAAAGAAGAGAAGAAAGAUUAUGUAAUAACUACAAAAGCAAAAAGAAUACGAUAAAUGUUUGCGAAGAGGCUGUAGCUGGCACCUGUUGUGUGCCAAUUCACCAGCAGCCCACAAGAGUCAAAUGGCACACCAGCCCAAUCACAACUUGCUCCCACAUCCUGCUGUGUAGAAGAAAAAGGGAGCAGGACAUCUGGUCCUAGAUUGGAAGGAAUAUAUGAACAGUGUAUCAGAUACAGUGGGGCCCAAAUUAACAUGCAGUUAGGGGAGACUUUGAAUGAGAUUACUAGCUGCACACACACACACACACACACACACACACACACACACAAUUCCCAUCAUGUUGCGUGUUCAAGAGUGACUGUCUGCUGUUGGAAGGUUUCAUGUACUCCGGGUUCAAAAGCACACACCCCAUGGGGAUAGGAGCCUUGUCUGCUGCGAGACAACUGCCCUUGGAUGUGCGAAGGGCAAUGGAGAUGUAGGUAGCAAGUUUUUUUGUACAGACUUACAAUUUGCCCUGGAAUUUGCACAGUGCAGAGUGGUGUAUAAAUAUUUUAAAUAAAAGGCAUACAUUUUCCAAUUCUGAUAUUUUAUUUUGUGAGAUAGGGUGGCCAGACCUAUAUGGGGUGACUUUUAUGUGGAAUCUAUAUGUGGCUACCUCGUCUAUUUAUAUAAUGGCAUCAUACUUGCUGUUAUUUGCUACUGGAAAGAAUGAAACAAAACCAAAAACUGUUCAUUUUUCAGUUCACCUAGGCUAGUUUCUUUCUGAAUGUAUUCAUAUUUCUGUCUGCUACAGUACCCUGUGGUACAUCUAGCUCCUAUAACAGGCAUAUUUCUCCCACAUCUGCCUUUUAUCCCAACCAUGCAACUAGAUCAAGCUUGGCAUUCACAACCUCUAUUUAUCCACAACCUCUCUUUAUCACUCUUUUGAAUCUAUAGGGUGCAGUUCUAUUAAAAAUGAGAUGACAUAAAUGGACAGACACAAGAGGUAGGAGUCUAAUUCUGUCAUUCACUGUGGUGAGCAGCAGAGAUGCCUUAUCACCAGGGGUCAGCAAACUUUUUCAGCAGGGGGCUGGUCCACUGUCCCUCAGACCUUGUGGGGGGGCAGACUAUAUUUUUUUUGGGGGGGGAGAACGAAUUCCUAUGCCCCACAAAUAACCCAGAGAUGUGUUUUAAAUAAAAGCACCAGGCAGGUGCUACAAAUAAUCCAGAGAUGAAUUUUAAAUAAAAGGACACAUUCUACUCAUGUAAAACCACGCUGAUUCCCGGACCGACUGUGGGCCAGAUUUAGAAGGCAAUUGGGCCGGAUCCGGCCCCUGGGCCUUUGUUUGCCUACCCAUGCCUUAUCACUGUGGCUUCAUACAACAACUCCAUUCCUUCAUCCAUGAGGCCAACAUGACAAAAGAGAGCAAAAAAGUAAAGAGCUAUGCAAGAAGCAUUUGCAAGAAGUGUCAACAACAAUCAUGCUAUAUUUUUGUAAUCAAUGGAACCUAAGGAUUAAUCAUAAAUUCCAAUUCAGUCCAAGCUAGUGUGUUUACCCUUUACAUGUAACAUUCAUUUACACAUUUUUAACAGAAUUGUGGCAAAUGCAUAGGUCACUCACCUUUGAGCUUUCGUAAAGUCUGUAUCUGUUGUUUAUCUGUGUUCGGGUUCAACUCCAGCAGCUCUCCAUCUGUUUGCUGUCUGUUUUCUAAACGGAGGCAGCAUCCUGAGGGGCAAAGAAGACAGGCAACAAUUAACACUGCAGCAUACUAGAGAGGAGGCAGUUUUCAGUGGAACUGUAUAGAUACCCAUAUUUUCCAUAUGUUUUUAUUGUGUGCAGUGUUGUGAUUUCACUCUCUAAAACAGAUGAUAUGCUGCGGGGUUUUGUUGACUCACACCACUUGUUCCACAUAGACAAGCACUUGCAGCAGAUCCUGCCAUCUGCAUUGCUAAAAUUAAGGGGUGCCAGGGGCACAGCUCCCCCCCCCAUUCACUUCUUUCUCUAUGCUGGAGCAGGGGAAUCUCAGGGUUGUAUUCAAUUAAGUCCCACUCAUAGUAGGUCCACUGAAGUUAAUGAACCUAAGUAAGUAAUGUAUAUGAACUUCAAUAGGUUUACUCUCAGUUGGACUAGCAUAGAUCCUCACAUUUUAUGCUGUCAGAGCAAAGUAUUAUGCUACAGUAGCGAUGGAUGGAUCAGUUCAUUUGGUUAUUUCCAUUCCUGAUGUUUUCCAGUCUUAAAUUCAGUUCUGAAUUUUCCAGUUUUCCAGUUCUUAAAUUCAGUUUUUCUACAAUCUGUGGGAUUAAAAUAAUGAUAAUAAUAAUGAAAAUUCAUCAGCAUUUGAAUGCUCAUGUCCUAAUAUACCCUUUUGCAUGAAAUUUCCCCUAAUACAAGGUGUUUUUGUAUAUUAUUUUUACUAAGUAUAUUACGCAUACUUUCCCCUAUUUUAUGGACUUUUAAAAAUACGGUUUGGUUGCAGAACUGCACCACAAAAUUCAAGUAAGUGAAAAUUUCAGAGGAUGCCUGUGUUUCAGUACUUUCUUAAGUGAUAAUUUGACAGGUUCACUUGUAAAUGGAAACCGAAUCAAAUUUCUUCCUCCGCCCUACUCUACAUUUUAUUGAAGCCUAUUAAAGGAGCACCUAAGACAGUCACAUAUAAUGUGAGGACAAAGGAAGACUUCAUGGAGAGUUGUAGGUUAAGGUGUGGAACAGGAAGCCACCUGUGCAGUUCAUAAUAUGAUUAUUUCAUGAGGCUUUGUUUGGGAUGUCUGUUCUAAAAUUAGAUCCACGGAAUCCCCAGUUUGCUGCUACAAUAGAGUUGUGAGUAUGAAAGAAAUAGAUAUUCUCGGUUCUGCUUCUAAGCCUCCCAACAUUACUAAAGGGAUAAUAUUAAAGCCUUUCAGCCUAUACCAAGGCACCAGACAGGGCUGUCCUCUCUUCUUUAUUAUUUAAGUUGGCAUCAGAAUCCCUUUCUUGUGCAAUUCAGCAAAACCUCACAAUUAAAGAAAGGAAUAAAAUUUAAAGACUCUGAUAUUGCCCUCUGUGCUAAUGAUGCCAUAGUAUUUGUUGAUGACCCUGACAACUUCAGUCAUAGCUUUAACUGAUUUGAUUCACAAAUUUGAUAGCCUUUGGAGAUCAGAAUUAAUGCCAGAACUAACACACACCUUUUCAAUCAGAAUUGACAUAUACCUCUUCACCUCUUUUAUGUUUGUGGGGCUUCAGCAUCCAAACCAGAGGCCUAAUAUAUCUAGGAAACAAGGUCAAAGAAUGGCUCACACCUUGCUGCAAUAAAAGAUGACUUGGAUAGGUGGGCUAUGUAAUCUGUAAACAUCUGGGGUAAGAUUAAUGUUAUGAAAAUGAAUGUGGUAUAAUGCUUGUUUUUUUACAUGGCUUACCAAUAUACAUCUCAGGUUCCUAGUUUACACAUAUCAAUAAGUUUUUGUAAGGCCUUAUAUGGUGCAGUAGAGCACCCCACAUUUUCAUUAUAUAAACCUCAGCUUUGAUCUAAGAAGAUUUUAACUUCCCCAAACUCUUUAUAGAGCUUUUCUCCUUUCCCAAGUACAUAAAUGUCACAGCCAGAAUCCUCAUAUCAACAUCAGCCUAGACAAUAUUAGAACAGCCCUUUCUACAUUGAUGGGGUAGACAACCCUUAGUUUCAGGUAUAUUCACAACUUUUCUGAUAAACAUCUGAUACCCUCCACCCCCGUAUCCUAGACUGCCAACACAUUAUUGAGCCUUCCAUCGGUGCAAGGGAAAUAACACUUUGGCAUAAUCCAGAACUAAAAAAUUGCUGGUCUCACAGUUUAGUAAAAGACUAGGGCAGAUAAUCAAAUUCUCACUUUGGAUCAAUAAACAGACAAGGAAAGUAAUUUUGUCCCCUUCUCUUGCUUUCAAGAAACAUACAGAUCACCUGAUACCUCCCAGUGAUAUUAUUUACAGUUGAAAAGAGUAUUAGUUUCUUUGGAUUGUAUCCAAUGAAGUUUUCUCAUUGGCACAGGGGUUUCGAACCAGUGUGCCGUGGCACCCUGGGUGGCUUGAAUGAUGGUCAAGGGUGCCAUGGGCAACACUGACAUCUGUCCCUCUUUCCUCCCCUUCCUCCCCUGAUGCCCUCUUGUGCCUCUGCCUCCCAAAGGAUUGCACAGCUGCUUGUUGCAGAAGCCCUGGCUACAAACUCCGUAGGUUAAUGGUGCCUCUGGAGUUGGCUGGGAGAGCUGGUUGCCACGAGCUGAGUGAGGCAGCCUCAGAGUAAGCAAGCAAGUGGGGAAGGGAGCCCAGCCAGACAGUCCAUCAGCCCUUGCUGCUGGGAAUGGACAGACAAGUCCCAAGCCCCUGUGGGCCAGUGUGAGGAGGCACCUCUCUUUUGGGCAGGGAGGCAACUCAGAGACCAGGGGCUGCAGCAGCGGCUGCCCAGAAGACUCCCAAGGAGAAGAGAUGAGGCUGAGGGAACACUCCACAAGGGAGGGUGUUCAAAAAAGCAUGAGAGGCUGCCGGCUCUGCAGGAAAGGGGUAACAUAACUGGGCUCCUGAGCCCCACAGGGUUGCCACAGAAAGAAUGUAGUUGGUCAAGAGAGCUGUGGACUUUAAAAGGUUGAAAACCUCUGCAUUAGAAGUCCUUGAGCUAACAGGAUUACUUUGUUGGAUACAACCCUUAAUUUGGUCAUGCUGCCUGCAGUGCUUCUAAACUGCCCCCUCCUCAUAUUAAUUAGGGGGUCUACUUCCCUACACUACUCAAGCCAACUAUAGUUUUUAACCAUUGACUUGUGGAUAAAACUAAAUGUUAUACAACACCCAUGUGUGCAGAAUGGAACAAGGAGCUGGAUAAUCAAACUCUUCCAAAUCAAUGGAAGGCUAUGCUCUCGUCAAUUAAAAUCUCAACCCUAGUUUGAGAUGGCCCUGCAGAAUUUAUUAUAUCUCCUUUACAAUUUUGUAAGAAAAAUAUGCUUUCUUUUUCCAGUUGCUGGUGAUGUCAGUGACAGAGAAUGCUCCUUAACAUACAUGAUGUGGCACUGUUCUUCAGUUUUUCAAUUCUGAGGUCAUUGUCUGUAUCAACUUUGGCCUGGAAACACAUUGCAAAAAUUGGGGUGGGGGAGAGAGAAUUGAUAGGAUACCUCCCUGUGGUGUAUUUUAUGCCUUCAUAUCACUGAGCAGAUGGGUGCUAGAGUCUAAAAAUAUCCAGAGGGCCAUUGGUUGCUCAUCUGUCUCCUGGGCCCAACCUUGAGUUUGGGUCAGCAUAAGUUCUCCUCACUCUUCUCCCUCUAAUGGAUGAGGAUAAAAAUCUUAACAGCUAAGACUUUGUCAAAUACUGACAAACUAUUGGGACCUACCAGGAACAUGUGAAAAGCCUCCUUAGAUAAUUUGCUAGGAAUAUGGAAAUUCUCACAGGUUCCUUUGGAAUUCUUUGGAUUUAUUUAUUUUAUUAAAUUUAUUCACAGCUCCCCACCAGUAGGCAAAUAAUUCACUGUGCCUGAGUUCAACACAGUGUAAAGUCUGGCAUUAAAUGUGGAUUUGUGUUUUUCUCAUUCCUUGUAACCAGAACUUAUUAAAUAGAAAAUCAUUUUCUUAUACUUGCUUUUUUCAUUGCUUCAUAGACAUUUCACUUACACAUUAUUUCAUAACUAUGCAAAACAAAUGAAGAGAUAAUGAGGAGAAAGAAGGGUGCGAUGAAAUGCAGUUGUUGGAAAAUAAUGUCAGACAAUAUAAGAAUAUUGCCUAAGUGUUCUUUCCUUGUUAUUAGUGAGGAAUCUGGUAAGGGAAACAUGCCAUGCUACUUUUGUGGGGAAAGGAUGUACGAGAGACUCAUUUAGCACAACUUUCGUGCCUCAAGGGAGCAAAGUGUCAAUGUAGCAAGAAUAUAGCAAGUGCAGCAUUUUCAUGCAUAACUUUGCAAAGGAUGUUUCACUUCCCCUUACAAUGCUGUAGCUGGACUUCUGUUGAUGUCUGUUUCUGUUGCUGUGGCAGUGAUUGCAACCAGACACUCAGAUGUGGAUCAGCUUCUUCUGUGCAGCUUUAUGUGACUAAAUUCAAGCACAUCUCUCUUCAUGCACCCCUCCCGCAUUGAAUGGAAUGAGAUUUUCUGAAUAGACCCAUCAUGUGAUGCAUUCCAAGCUUGGUACCAUCUGCUGUCACAAACUCAGCUUGAUUAAAAAAGACAGUCAUUCAAGGCCAUCACUUGCUGAAACCCCUUGGGACAACGGUGUUCCACUGGAAUCCCUGGUGCAAAAAACAAAACAAAACAUUGGAACAAAGACUGGUUGCCUGAAUGCUUCCUACAGAGUAUCUAUGGGAUGCUACAACAAAAACCAGCAAACUCAGUUGUGUGCUUAAACCAGAUGCAGGAAAUCUUUGGCCCUCCAGAUCUUGCUAAAUUACAAUUUCCAUUAUCCCUGGCCAUUAGCCAUGCUUGCUGGGUAGUUCUGCAACAUCUGGAUGACCAAAGGAUCCCUAUACCUGGCUUGAACUGAUGUUGUCUGGGACAGCUAAUGCAGAUGUUUGAUAAUGGCUUGGAAGCAUUAGUAGUCCAUAGGCUGGAGAAUCAACAGCCUACUUCAACAGGUUUUAUUGGGUAUAUUUAGGCAAUACAGCAUUGGUACAAUAUUUUACAAAUUACUUCAAUCCCAGUAAAGAAUCUAUUACUCUGCAUUACACGUCACUCUCCAAUCUCAGGUGUGUUUGUUUUUAAAUGUUUCCUCUCUGUCCUUCCCUAUGUGCAUAUAGCCCAUAUAGCCUUUUAGAAAACACCUAAUGAAUUUAUCUUCAUAUUUCAGGGAGGCAACUGA